AUGUCGACACAGGCGCCGACGUUCACGCAGCCGCUGCAGAGCGCCGUGGCACUAGAGGGUAGUGCCGCGGCGUUCGAGGCUCAAGUUAGUGGUUCUCCAGUUCCUGAGGUGAGCUGGUUCCGCGAUGGUCAGGUUCUUUCCGCCGCCGCUUUGCCCGGCAUUCAGAUCUCGUUCAGCGACGGCCGCGCUGUUCUGAGGAUCCCGGCUGUGACCGCCGCACACAGCGGGAGGUUUUCUGUCAGAGCCACCAACGGCGCUGGACAAGCCACGAGCACCGCUGAACUCCUUGUUACAGCCGAGACGGCGCCUCCGAACUUCGUCCAGAGACUGCAGAGCUCCACGGUGAGACAGGGCAGCCAGGUGAAGCUGGACGUCCGAGUCUCCGGCAUCCCGUCGCCCGUAGUGAAGUUCUACAGAGAGGGAGCCGAGAUCCAGAGCUCCGCCGACUUCGGGAUCCUCCAGGAGGGAGACCUGUACAGUCUGCUGAUCGCCGAGGCCUUCCCAGAGGAUUCUGGGACAUAUUCUGUGACCGCCACCAACAGCAGUGGACGUGCCACCUCCACCUCCGAGCUGCUGGUUCAGGGUGAGGGUGAAGAAGCCGUCCCAGCAAAGAAAACAAAGACCGUGAUUUCAACCUCUCAGAUUUCACAGACCCGUCAGACCAGAGUGGAAAAGAGGAUGGAGGCCGGCUUCCAGGCCACCGGCCUGAUGGAGAUGCAUGUAGAGGGAGCCGAGCUGACUCAGCUGCUGGCUCACAAGACUCCGCCCAAAGUUCCUCCCAAACCCAUGUCCAAAUCCCCAACUCAGUCCUUGUUGGUGGCAAAGGUGACCGGAGGCCGCCAACAGUCGCCGUCACCUGUCCGUCAUGUGAAGGCACCAACGCCAACACCCGUCAGGGCUGCCUCUCCCACUUCAAGACUCUCAGUCUCCCCCAUCAGGCCGGUCAAGUCCCCCAUCACCGCACGUAAGCUGGCGGCGGCCGCCGGCGACGUCCUGCCGCCCUGGAAGCAGGGAGAGUUUAUGGCAGAGGCCAGCUACACCAGCAUGACCAGUAUGACCAGCAGCACCGUCACCCAGCUGGGCCAGGAGCAGCGCUGGGAGCAGCAGGUCGCCGGGGGAGAGGCUGAGGGGGGGGGGAGAGCCGGGGCAGCGGCCAAAGUAGUCGCUGCCUUGGACCUGGCUCGCGUCCGUCAGCCUGUGCAUGUCGAGGCCUCUCGAGCUGAAGAGGAGGAGGCUGUAGAGGCAGAGUUAAGACAGCAAGCCGCCGCUGUCGAUCUACAGUAUCGAGCCGGCUGGACGUCCACCACAGCUCAGGCUGGUCAAAUGCUUGCUACUGCUCAGGGGUUCACACCUGAACCACCCCUGCCUCAGAUUCAGAGAGCAACAGAAAUGUGGACACACUCCCAUGUGGACUCUGGUCUCGUCUCGUCUCCAGUUCCACAUUUCACAGUUUCUAAAGUUUCAGUCCCAAAACAUGAGUCUAGCUCUGAGGUGUCCAUCGCCGGCUCAGCUGCCGCCGCUCUGCAGAAAGAGUUGUCUUCAUCCUCUGCCGCUACUAGAAAGAUCAUCAAGCCCAUCAAGUCUCCCAGUCCGUCGCGUACAAUGACCAGAGAGACACUGGUGCCCCUCCCUCCACCGUUCAGAGACCAAUACCAGAGUCAUGUUGAGUCACAGACGGGGGUGGUCUCACGGGAGAGGCUGUGUGAGGACUGGGGAGCCCAGGUGAUGGAGGCAGCCGUACCUAUGGGUGGCGCCGUGACCCCGGCCACACUGGUGUCGGGCUUGAAGAACACAAACGUGACGGAGGGCGAGUCGGUGACCCUGGAGUGCCAGAUCAGCGGUCACCCCAAGCCCGUCAUCCUGUGGUUCAGAGAGGACUACAAGAUUGAGAGCUCCAUCGACUUCCAGAUAAGCUACGAGAGCGGGUUCGCUCGGCUGGUGAUCCGCGAGGCGUUCGCCGAAGACAGCGGACGCUUCACCUGCACCGCCACCAACGAGGCGGGAACCGUCAGCACCUCCUGCUACCUGCUGGUCCAGGUGUCCGAGGACAUCGAGAGCAGAGAGGAGAUCGCUGUCGUCACCGAACAUGUUGAAACUGCUGAGAAACUAGAAACCGAAGAAGCCAGAGAGGAGAGUGUGUCUCAGGUGAGCGUGGCCGAGUCCGCUCCCUUCUUCAUCAGGAAGCCCACCGUCCAGAAGCUGGUGGAAGGAGGAAGCGUCCUGUUUGAGUGCCAAGUCGGGGGAAGCCCCAAACCUCACAUCAUCUGGAAGAAGAGUGGCAUCCCGCUCACUACCGGAUACAGAUACAAAGUUGCCUACAAGAAGGAGACAGGAGAAUGCAAGUUAGAGAUCUCCAUGACCUUUGCUGAUGACGCCGGAGAAUACUCUGUCUUUGUGAAGAACCAGCUGGGAGAAGUCUUGGCCUCUGCCGAUCUGCUGGACGAAGACGAAUACGAAGUCUACAUGAAGAAACAGGAAGCAACCUUUAAGACUGAAGUGAUAGCGAUGGUGCAGGAGCCCAAAGUGGGCGACGUUCCUCCCAUUUUCAUUACGACAAUGGAGCAGAUGAGCACUACCAUUAUCUCUGGACAGGAAUUCCAUAUUUCUACCAUUGAGCAGAGGAUCAUGCAUGAGAUUGAACUGUGCAUUAUGAAGAUUAGCUAUAGAGAGAUAGUGACAGAGGACGGAGAGUUGAUGGUGACUGCUGACCCCACGGAGGCCGUGCAGCCCAUCUUUGACACUCCCGUCAAGAACUACAGGAUCAUGGAGGGAAUGGGAGUCACUUUCCACUGCAAGAUGGCUGGAAUGCCGCUCCCCAAGAUUGCUUGGUACAAAGACGGACAGCGCAUCAGGCCUGGUGACCGUUACCAGAUGGAGGCUCUUCAGGAUGGUCGAGCCAGCCUCCGCCUGCCUGUGGUGCUCCCAGAGGAUGAGGGCGUGUACACCGCCUUCGCCGCCAACAUGAAGGGAAACGCUGUCAGCUCUGGGAAGCUCUACGUCGAGCCGUCCGAAGUUGUGACACCUCAGAGAUUCACACCGCAGCCAGCGAUGCAGAGGAUCAGAUCCACAUCUCCUCGCUCUCUGAGCCGCUCACCUGGACGUUCCUCCAGUCGUUCUCCCGGACGUUCUCCGGCCCGCCGACUUGACGAGACGGACGAGGCUCAGCUGGAAAGACUCUACAAGCCUGUUUUUGUCCUGAAACCUUCCUCAUGCAGAUGCUCUGAGGGGCAAACUGCCAGAUUCGACCUGAAGGUCGUUGGCAGGCCGAUGCCCGACACAUACUGGUUCCAUAAUGGACAACAAGUGAUCAACGACUACACCCAUAAGAUAGUGAUCAAAGAGGACGGUACCCAGUCCCUGAUCAUCGUCCCAGCCAUGCCACAUGACUCUGGAGAGUGGACAGUCAUCGCUCAGAACAGAGCUGGACGGUCGUCCAUCUCCAUCACUCUCACAGUUGAUGCUAAAGAAACCUUGGUACGCCCCCAGUUCAUUGAGAAGCUGAAGAAUAUCAGUGUAAAGCAGGGCACUCUGGUUGAACUGGCCGUCAGAGCCAUUGGAAACCCCCUGCCUGACAUCGUCUGGCUGAAAAACAGUGACAUCAUCACCCCACACAAGCACCCCCAAAUCAGGGUUGAGGGAACGAAAGGAGAGGCCAAAUUCCAGAUUCCUUCAGCAGCCGGCCCAGACAGCGCCUGGUACACAGCUACAGCCAUCAACAAGGCUGGCAGAGACACCACUCGUUGCAGAGUCAAUGUUGAAGUGGACUAUGUUGAACCUGAACCAGAGAGGAAGCUCAUUAUUCCCAAAGGAACCUACAAGGCCAAGGAUAUCGCCCCUCCCGAGUUGGAGCCCCUUCAUCUGCGGUAUGGUCAAGAGCAGUGGGAGGAGGGCGACCUUUAUGACAAAGAGAAGCAGCAGAAACCACAGUUCAAGAAGAAGCUGACCUCCAUCAGGAUGAAGCGUUUCGGUCCGGCUCACUUUGAGUGCAGACUGACCCCUAUUGGUGACCCCAGCAUGGUGGCGGAGUGGCUGCACGACGGCAAACCCUUGGAAGCUGCUAACAGGUUGCGCAUGGUCAAUGAAUUUGGCUACUGCAGUCUUGACUACGAAGCCGCUUACGCCAGAGACAGUGGCGUCAUAACCUGCAGAGCCACGAACAAGUACGGAGCCGACCAAACCUCGGCCACCCUGGUUGUCAAGGACGAGAAGGGUCUGGUUGAGGAGUCGCAGCUUCCUGAAGGCAGGAAGGGAGCACACCGAAUGGAUGAGAUUGAACGCAUGGCUCAUGAGGGAGGACCCUACGGAGUUACUGCUGAGGAAGAUACUGAUAAAAUUAAACCUGAGAUUGUCCUCCUUCCUGAACCAGCCAGAGUGCUGGAAGGCGACAUUGCACGAUUCCGCUGCCGAGUGACCGGCUAUCCACUACCCAAGGUCAACUGGUAUCUCAACGGACAACUGAUCCGCAAAAGCAAGAGGUACAGACUUCGUUACGACGGUAUUUACUACUUGGAGAUCACUGAAAUCAAAUCCUAUGAUUCAGGAGAGGUCAAAGUAGUAGCCGACAACAACUUGGGCUCAGCCCAGCACACCGUGAAGCUGGAGAUUCAGCAGAAAGAGGAUUUCAGAACUCAUCUGCGCCGUGCCCCAGAGGGUAAAGCAGCUGAGGCCGCACCUGAACCUGGAAAAGUACAAUUUGAGGUGGUGAAGGCUGAGAAACCUGCAGAUGACUCUUUAAAAGAGGUGGUCAAGCUGAAGAAGGCUCACAGAAUCAUCCACGAGAAAGCCACGGAGGAGUCGGACGAGCUGAGGGGCAAGUUCAAGCGCAGGACGGAAGAAGGCUAUUACGAGUCCAUCACUGCCGUGGAGCUCAAGUCACGUAAAAAAGAUGAGUCCUACGAGGGUCUGCUGAAGAAAACGAAAGAGGAGCUGCUUCACCGCGCCAUGGCGAAGGAGGAGGCUGAGAGGAAGAAGGAAGAGGAACGCAAGGUCACAGCUAAAGCUAUAAAACCAGAGAGGGUCAAGCUCUCAGCUAGCAUGGAAGCUCCGAAGAUCCUGGAGCGUAUCACCAGCCAGACUGUCGCACAGGGCGACGAAGUCAAGUUCAGAGUCAGAGUCAUCGGCAGACCCGAACCAGAGUGCCAGUGGUUCAAAAAUGGUGCUCUGCUGGAGAAGUCUGAUCGUAUUUCCUGGUUUUGGCCUGAGGAUCAUGUGUGUGAACUGGUGAUCAGGGAUGUGAGAGCAGAGGAUUCUGCGAGUGUCAUGGUUAAAGCCACCAGCACUGCCGGAGAGACUUCAAGCCAUGCUUUCCUGCUGGUGCAAGCCAAGACCGUGAUCUCCUUCACGCAGAAGCUGGAGGAGGUCAACGCUAAAGAAAAGGACACCAUGGCGACCUUUGAGUGUGAAACCAAUGAGCCUUUUGUCAAGGUCAAAUGGCUGAAAAAUAACGUGGAGAUUUUCUCCGGAGACAAAUACAGGAUGCACUCUGACAGAAAGGUUCACUUCCUGUCUGUGCUGACAAUCGACAUGAGAGAUGACGCAGACUUCAGCUGCAUGGUUAUAGACGAGGACGUCGGCACAACUGCCAAGCUCAAUGUUGAAGGAGCUCCGUUGGAGAUCCUGGAGCAGCUGGAGAGCACAGAGGUUCCUGAGACGUACUCUGGAGAGUUUGAGUGUGUCGUGUCCCGUGAGGACGCUGAAGGCAGCUGGUUCCUUGGAGAAAAGCUGCUUUCUCAAAGCAGCAAAUAUGUCAUGUCCUCCCGUCGUGGAAGACAUUCCCUGUCAGUCAAAGAUGUCAAGAAGGAGGACCAGGGAAAAUAUACCUUCAAAGUGGGCAGUUUCAAGACAAGUGCAUCACUGAAAAUGAAAUUGCGUCCCGUGACCCUGAUGCAGCCUCUGACUGAUAUAACCAUCUGCGAGGGCGACAUCGCUCAGCUGGAGGUCAAGUUCUCCCAGGAGAAUGUUGAAGGAACCUGGAUGAAGAACGGACAGCCGGUCACAGCCUCCAACCGUGUGCACAUUGUUAUCGACAAACAGACCCAAAAGCUUCUGAUUGAAGACACCAACAAGGACGACACUGCAAUGUACUCCUUUGUGGUUCCCGCCCAGGCGAUCUCCACCUCUGCAAAGCUGGUCAUUCAGACCAUUGGCAUCUUGAUCCCACUGAAGGACACUAGCGCUGUUGAGGGCACCAAGGCGGUCCUGGAGGCCAAGAUCUCUGCUCAGGACGUCAACUCUGUCAAAUGGUUCCACAACGACAAGCUGCUGACGGCCAGCGACAGAGUCCAGAUCGUGGCGAAGGGAUCCAAGCAGCGUUUGGUCUUCAACCGGACCUUCGCUUCUGAUGAAGGACGAUACAAACUGGUGGUCGGCCGUGCCGACACCAGCUGCCAAUUCUCGGUUCAGACCGUCCAGAUCGUGAAACCGAUCCGGGACCAGUCCUGCUCCGAGUCUGAGAACGUCCUGUUUGAUGUUGAGGUUUCUCACCCCGGCAUCGACGCCUUCUGGACCUUCAAGAGGCAGCCGCUCAAAGCCGGCGCCAACUACAAGAUGGAGUCCAAGAACAAGACCCACACGUUGACCGUCAUGAACGCAAUGAAGGACGAGGAGGGCGAGUACAUGUUCGCCGCCGGAGAGAAGAUGUGCAGCGCUUCCCUCACCGUGUCAGGUGGCGCUAUCAAGAAGCCCUUGCAUGACUUGGUGGUGGCGGACUCCCAGACCUCAGUUUUGGAGUGUGAGGUGGCGAAUCCCUCCACCGAGGGCAAGUGGCUGAAGGACGGCCAUCCUGUGGACUUCAACGAGAACACGCUGAGCGAGGUGAACGGGGCCGUCCGGCGCCUCGUCAUCGUCAUCACCAAAGCCACCGACGUCGGAGAGUACACCUACCAGGUGGCCACCUCCAAGACCUCAGCCACCCUGAGAGUGGAGGCUGUAAAGAUCAAGAAGACCCUGAAGAACCUGAACGUGGUCCAGACUCAGGAAGCCGUCUUCAGCCUGGAGCUGACCCACGAGGACGUGAAGGGAGCGCAGUGGAUCAGGAAUGGCGUUGAGAUGCAGCCCAGCGAUAAAUACGAGAUGACAUCCGAAGGCACAGUCCACACCCUGAAAAUCAUGAACUGCACCACACAGGACGAGUCUGUUUACUCUUUCAAACUGGGGAAACUGUCUGCCAACGCCAGGCUCAACGUUGAAACCAUUAAGAUCACAAAGAAGCCAAAGGACGUGACCUCGCUGUUGGGUGCAACUGCCAUAUUUGAGGUGGGCAUCUCGGAGGACGACAUCCCUGUGAAAUGGAUGUUCAACAAGGUGGAGCUGAGGCCCAACAACAACUACAGGAUGCUCUCCGAGAAGAAGACCCACAAACUGAUCGUCCAGGACGUGGACACCAGCAAAGAGGGAGAGUACACGGCCAUGGUGGGCCACCUCCAGUGCAGCGCUCGCCUCAUCGUUGAGUCCCUGCGAGUCACCAAACCCCUGAAGAGCGUCCAGGUGCCAGAGACCCAGGUGGCCGCGUUCGAGUGUGAGGUUUCUCACUUCAACGUGCCGUCCACCUGGCUGAGAGACGGCGUGGAGAUCCAGAUGAGCGAGAAGUUCAGGAUCGUGGUUCAGGGAAAACUGCACCAGCUGAAGAUCAUGAACACCAGCAGGAACGACUCAGCAGAGUACACCUUCGUCUGCGGGAACGACCGCGUGUCUGCCACGCUCACCGUCAGCCCCGUCCUCAUCACAACAAUGCUGCAGAACGUGAAUGCUCAGGAGAAAGACACAGUCACAUUCGAGGUGAACGUUAACUACGAGGGAAUCACGUACAAAUGGUUGAAGAACGGCGUGGAGAUCCGGUCCACGGACAGAUGCCAGGCUCGCUGCAAACAGCUCAUUCACACUCUGAGCAUCAGGAACGUUCACUUUGGGGACAGCGCCGAGUACACCUUCAUGUCCGGUUCUGCAGUCACGACAGCUAAACUCGAUGUUGAGGCCCGCGUGGUUGAAUUCACCAAAGACCUGAAGGACCUGAAGAUCACAGAGAAGAAGAGAGCAACUUUUGAAUGUGAGAUUUCUGAACCGAAUAUCCAGGUGGUGUGGAUGAAGGACAGUCAGGAGCUGGAGAUGUCUGACAGACAUAAAAUGACCUCAGAUAAGUUUUUGCAUCGCCUAAUUCUGCCAUCGGUCCGCCUGUCCGAUGCCGGAGAAUACAUCGCUGUGGCCGGGUCAAGCAUGUCCAAGGGCAACCUGGUAGUGGAGGGACGCGACAUCCAGAUUUCAGAGCCCACCAGCCGGGACAUCACCGUUGUUGAGAAACAAAGAGCGACCUUCGAGUUCGAGGUAAACGAGGACGAGGUGGAGGGCCGCUGGCUGAGGAACGGGGCGGAGAUCCAGUUCUCGGUGGAGGAGAGGUUCAACUACGUCGCCAUCAGGAAGCUGCACCGUCUGACCAUCUCCGAGACCUACAGGGGCGACGCCGGCGAGUACACCUUCAUCGCCGGCAAGAACCGGAGCACCAUGCAGCUCCUCGUCAGACUCCCGGAGCCUCCUCAGAUCGUCCGGCAGAUUCAGGCCCAGACGGCAACGUCGGGUCGAUCGGCUCGCUUCUCGGUGCAGGUGAGCGGCCUCCCGAAGCCUCAGGUCUGCUGGUACAAAGACUCCCAGGCUCUGUCCACCAGCUACAAGUGCAAGUUCCUCCACGACGAAGACGAGCACUCGCUGCUGCUGCUCGAGGUCUUCCCCGAGGACGCCGCCGUCUACAGCUGCGAGGCCAAGAACGACUUUGGAGAGGCGACCAGCUCCGCCCCUCUCACGGUGGAAGUCCCUGAGGUGGUUGAAACUCGGGUGACCGCUCCGGUCCUCAUUGCUCCCAUGCGGGACAUCCUGGUCUCAGAGGGACACCCUGCCCAGUUCCAGUGCUCCGUCUCUGGGGAAGAUUUGAAGAUGUCUUGGUUCCGAGGCAGCAGAGAGAUCCAUCAGUCGGACAUCUUCAGGAUGUCUCAUUACGGUGAAACCUGCCAGCUGGACAUUUCCAGAGUUCUCCUGGACCACGAGGGAGACUACUCGUGUGUCGCCACUAAUUCUGCAGGAAUGGUCACAUGUGCUGCGACUCUGAAUAUCGACGAUCAUGCCUUAGCUAGUGUGUGGAGCACUGGGGCCGAGACUAAGCUCAGUCAUCGGAAGGCUCACACAGAGACCUUCAGCUCUCUGUCGGUGGGACAAACAGAGCUUUGUGAGAGGCUCUCUGAGAGCUCCUCCAUGUCUUGGAGGACGGUUGAGGUUCAGAUGGAGAGCAUCAGCUCCGAGAGCAGCUUUGAGAUCAAACUCUCAGCCGGCCCCAACCUGCUGAUGGGACUGAGCGAUGUCCAGGUGAAGAGCGGCGAGAAGGCAGAGUUCAACUGCUCGUUCGAGGGUCAGCCCUUCACCGGGGUGGAAUGGGAUCAUAACGGCCAGAGUGUGGCGGACACGGAGCGGGUGAGGAGCUCCUUGACUGGGGGGCUGUUGUCCCUGGUCAUACAGGGGGUUGGUGUGGCGGACCAGGGUGUGUACUGCUGCACCGCCACCAACCAGCAGGGCCAGAGCAGCUCCUCCGCCCAGCUCACUGUUGAAGCAAAAGAAGCAAAUCUCAAAGCAGAAACCCCAAUCCCUACCGAUUCUGUGCGUAAAGUGUGUCCGACAGACACGGAGACCGCUAGAGGUCCUCCUGACCGAGACCAGCAGGAGACGGUGGAGAAGCCGGGUCCGUUGCCUCCAUCUUCCCAGAGACCCCACAGCCUCCUCAGCCACCUGUACUUCCCUGAUGUCGUGCCUCAUGACAAGCGAGGACACCGCCUCUCCAGCGGCCCCGACUUCCUGAUCAAACUGCCGCCCGAGCUGCUGGUCCGAACCAGAGACAGCAGCUCCUUGUAUUGCGUAAUGAAGGGGGUCCCCACUCCGUUCGUCAUUUGGCUUUACAAUCGGUUGAAUGUUGAGGAUUCUGUGUCUUACUCUCUGAAACACGACGGCCCCCUGUGCUGCGUAAAUGUUAACAAUGUGGGACCCGGACAAGGGGGCUCUUACUCUUGCAAAAGUGUCAACUCAGCCGGGGAGGCUGAGUGCAGCACAGUGACGACAGUAACUGCAGCGCAGCAGGAACCUAUGAUUCAGUUCCAGCAGGAAAUGAAAGCCUUCUCUAGCUCGACCAUCACUGUGGAAGAGGAAACCCGGGACUCGUACUACACCGGCUUAAAGUUACCAGAUAAAACCAGAGCACUUGAACUUAAGCCAGAGUCCAAACGUUUCUCCAGCACUUUGGUAAAGAAAAAAGAAAAACCAGUUUUCCUCAGCCAACUUUCUCCAGCAGUUGUGACUGUUGGAGAAACAGCCACGUUUACUGUCACAGUUUCUGGGUUUCCUAAACCCGCCGUUCAGUGGUUCCACAACGGGCAGACCAUCGCCGGUUCGUCUACAUACACGUUGGUUCAUGAGCGAGAUGAGUACAGCUUGGUCAUUCACAAGGUUCAAAGGGAGUUUGAAGGAGAGUACUCCUGUACUGUCAGAAAUAGAUUUGGCCAAUCAAGCUGCAGUUCUUAUUUGCAUGUUCAGGUGAAGGAGCCAGAGAAAGAGGAACAAGUUGAAAGGAGGACAUUUGUCUCAACUGGAAAACCUCCAGAAUUUACUAAAACUAUUGAGUCUCUUGGGUUGUGUGAGGGAGGUCAGACUUUCUUCAGGUACAUCGUGACCGGAGAACCACUCCCUGAGGUUCAGUGGUUCAAAGGCAGCUCACACAUUCAGCCUGGUGGGUUCUGGAUAAUUGUGAACAACCCAAAUGGAUCAGGCUUUCUUAAUAUUCAGAGUGUCAAACCAGAGCACAUUGGUGUGUACACAUGUAAGGCCUCUAACCAACAUGGGGAAGCCUCUUGUUCCGCUGACCUGCUGGUGUUCAGUGAGAAAGUCCAGGAAGAGCAGACGUUAGUGAAGAAAACAAAAGGCUUGAAAAUAUCCAUGACUGAACAAACCACAGAAUCCAGACUAUACCAGAAAAGAACUCUGUCUGAUCAGAUGAUUUACACCAUCAGCACUGAGGACCGGCAGAUUAUCCCCAGCGAGGAGGUGGGAACCCUCCGAGAGCUGGAUAUCUCUGCCGCCACCCUCCAUCUAGAGCAGCUCACCCACCAGGCGGCAGUUCUGCAGGCUCAUGAAAUACAGGAGAGUGUUUCUUUGGCUCCCACUCAUCCGCCUCAGGUCUCCGCUGUUCCAGUGAAACAGCUUCAAAUGGCCACUUUCUUAUCUUCAGUCCAGGAGAGACAGAAGAUCACUGAGCAGCACUCCGAACGCAUUCUCAGCCCUGAGAUUGUUGAACUCCAGUUGGCCAAAGAGCAGCCGUCUAAACUCAUGUCGGCCAUAUUUGAAGAAGUCCUCCCACUCAGCACAGUGAGGGCCGAGGCCCUGACGGACCGGGCCCCAGAACAUGGGAACCCGUUGAACGAACCCAGGCAGCUUGUUAGUGGUCACCAAGUAGAGUCCACUCUGCCCAUCCUUGAUGAAACCUUAGGUGUCACCCACCGGCCCGAGGAAGAGAGGAGUUUUAGAGUCAAAGAGGGGGUGAAGAUUUUAUACUCGGCUCAGUCUGCAGUACAACUGCCAGUUUCAGAAAGACACUGUGAGCCUCUUCCACCUUCAGAUGCAGCCACUCAGCCCCUGAUUGAGAAAGAGAAAUCCAAACCAGUGGUAGCACCAGUUAGUGAAACUAGAGUGGCUUUAUCCAAAGAGCAGACGUUUGAAAUACACAGACCAGAGCAGGAGAGUAUCAGGCCACAAAAAGACGUGUUUUAUAAGUCAGCUAUAACUGCUGAAGAGAAAUAUGAACUCCAAGGUGAACAGGCAGGACAGCUGCAGAGCAUCGCGUCUUCUGUGUGUCUGCAGCCUCAGCAAGAGGGAGAAAGACUCCUGAAUCUGCAAGUUAUCAGUGAUCAGGAUGUUUUACAGUCUGAGGGAAGGUUCAGCAGCGAGAAGCCCUCUACGCAGCAGGCAGAGGCGAGGAAGAGUCCCACUUUGUUGCAUUCGGUGACUCAAGAAGAGCAAAGAACUGCGGUGUGCGAGGCAACCUCAGAGUUCUCAGCAAAGACCGAAGCCACGUCCGUACAGUCGAAGAAAGAGUUACCGCCCACCAAAUACCUACAGUCGAUUCAUUCAGUAUCAGUUCUACCAAAAGAAGGGAUCCUCACCAUCACUAAACCUGACCAACAGAUGGCCAUGCAGAAACAGGAAAAGGCGAGAAGGCAUGCAGCUACAUCCGAAGAGAGAAGGGAGAUCACAGCAGAUUAUCACAAAGAUCUGGAUGUGUCGGUGACCGGGGUUCAGUCACAGCUUCGCACUGAGCCCAAGCCUUCCAGCAUCCUCACGGUAUCUUCCCAGACAAUGCAGUUGCAGAAGGAGAUGCCUUUCAUUAGCGAUGUCAAGCAGCAGCGAGCGCUGGUCCAGAAAGAGGACUACUGGAACAUCAUGCAUUCUUUGAACGUUACAGACACGCACAGCCUCGAGGAGGGUCACACCAGGAACCUAAAAACUGAUGAGGAAUUCAAGUCUGAGACAAAAGUUGAGCCUAAGAUACCCAAAAGAACAGUUUUUAUAGAGGAGAAGGCAGUUGCCAAUGAGAGCUGUACUAUCUUAGAAGCCACUGAGCAGGACUUUGCAGUCCAGAUCCAGGAAGGCCAGUCAGUCCGGCAGUCAGUGUUGCUUGAAGAGAAGCAAGUCCUUAUGGGAGAGCAGUCAAGUGAGAUACAUACGUCUGAGGGCUCGACUGUCAACAUCGUGAUGCAGCCUAAAGGCCUUCUGUUUGCUCAUGAGUCUCAGGACACUCUAACUCUCCCUAAAGAACUCAACUUUGUAAUUCAGAUUCCCAAACCGUCCAGUCUGAACAUCCGGCGUCAGCUCAGAAUCGCUCUUCAGUCUGCUGUGGCCAGUGAACAACCAGUGUUACUGGCUGAUGUCGUAGGAGGGUUCCAGGCAGUAGAGGUUCAGGAGGUGAAGGUUCAGAGAGAGCCCAGACGGGCCACUUCUACAUACCUGAUCACAACACCAGGCGCCCCCAUGGAGAUCACUCUGUCUUUUGAAGGUGAAUACCCUCAGACAGCUGACCUCAGGUCUGAACUCCAGGUAGCUCUGCACGCGAUGGUUUUCCAGGAGCAGCAGAGUCUUACAUCGGAGCAACCCGGCACCUUGCAGAUAGACAAGCCUCAGAGAGCGCUGCUCAGCUCAGCGCCCACCAAAGAGGUGCUGUCAUCUGUGGUGGACACCAUGAUGGUGGCAGAGAGUGCAGUUGGGUUUCCUUCUGCUGAUUCUCAAUCUGCAGCCGUCAAAACUGAAGCCAGGACUUCCUUCCAAAGCGCAUCAGUUCAGAGUCGGUCUGAGAUCCAAGAGUCCAGGCAGGUGAGCAGGAAGACAGUCAGGUCAGAGAGGGAUGCCAUCGCUGCUGAAGUGACCACCACUGUGCCUGUCGGUCAUGCUGCUAUUGAGCAAUCUGUGGACAUCGUUGUCCACAGAGAAACCAGAGAGGAGUAUCUCUCAGAGGCGAUCAUGAUCAGUGAGUCCUCCGAAAGUCUGGUGGAUUAUCCUGCUGUCAUUGAUUCUCUGAAAGAUGUUUGCACUGAGGAAAAGAGUAAGGCCAUCUUUACUGCCACCAUUAAGUACGUCACGAAGGUAAACUGGUUUUUCAAUAGACAAUUGGUGAAAUCUGGCAAAGAGUUCAAGUGUUCCAAAGACCACGACACAUACACACUGGUUAUCGACAAAGUUGUCAAGGAGAGGCAUCAAGGAGAAUAUGUUUGUGAGGCUGAGAAUGAAGCCGGCAAGACGACAACAUCAUCAAGACUCACUGUGGUCUCAAGAGUGAAACCAGUGUUCAGGCACAGAAUGGUCCCAGUGGAGAUCAACAUUGGCAACACGGCCAAGUUUGAAUGUGAAACUGAGGACGCUCCGAAUGUGAGCUUCAAGUGGCUCAAAGAUGGAAACCCCAUCAAAGAGGGGGAUAAGUACAGGAUUAUCAGUCGCUUCAGCACUUCCUCUCUGGAGCUUCUGAGCCCAAACAAGGACGACAGUGCUGAAUACACCUGCAAGGCGUCCAAUCAGCACGGCAGUGACGAAUGCUCUGCCUCUCUCAGUGUGACAGAGCAUUGCCCUCCGGCCUUUAUAGCUAAACCUGACCCUCAGAUUGUGUAUGCUGGAAAGAGGGCAAUAAUACAGUGUGUGAUAACAGGAUCUCCUCCACUGAAAGUUGUCUGGCUGAAAGACAACCAGGCCGUACCCAAAGAGCCUGCACACUACCAAACCUCUUGUGAACAGAAUAAGCACUCUCUUGAGAUCACCAAAGCUGAGCCGGCUAACGGGGGGCUUUAUGUGUGCAAAGUGUCUAAUAAUAUUGGGACAACUGAGUGCAGCACGGAGCUGCGAGUCAUUGAUAAGCCCGACUUUGUGAAGCCCCUUGGUCCGGUGGCGGCUGUGGUCGGAGGCCCUCUGCAGCUGGAGUGUCAGGUGGAUGAGGACACUGGAGUAACUGUCUCCUGGACCCGAGAUGGUAGAAAGGUCCACCAGUCUCCAGACUGUAAACUGUCGUUUGAGGAUAAGACAGUUACUCUUGAUAUCCUAAAGACCACACUGAAAGAUUGUGGAAAUUAUGUGUGCACGGUCACAAAUGACGCUGGGAGUGCAACCUGCUCCUCCUCGGUGAAGGUUCAAGAGCCACCAGUCUUUGUGAAGAGGCUGGAAGCCUCCACAGUUUGGAAGCAAGGCAGCACUGUACGGCUGCAGUGCACCGUCAAAGGAUCCCCUGAACUCCACGCCAGCUGGUUCUUUAACAACAGCGAGCUGUUUGCUGGUGGGAGAUAUGACAUCGCUCUAAAGGAUGGUGUCACGACUCUUGAGAUAAAGGAUGUCAUGUUGAGUGACAGUGGAAACUUUACCUGUGAGGUUCUGAAUGAGUCUGGGUGUGAAAGCUGCAGCACUAAAUCAGCAGUGAAAGAACCGCCGUCUUUCAAAAAGGAGUUAAUCUCCCUGGAGGCGGUCAGAGGAUCUCUAGCUGUACUGGAGUGUGAGAUUGCAGGCUCUGUGCCGUUCGAGGUGGCCUGGAAAAAGAAUAAGAAACCUCUGUCAGCAGAUAAGAAGUACAGGAUUGUGUCACAGGGAUCUCUGACCUCUCUGGAGAUCCACUCGUUUGAGAGUGCUGACGCUGGUGAAUACGAAUGUGUCAUAUCAAACGAGGUCGGGUCAGUAACCUCAAAGUCGUCAGCUAAACAGAGAGAGCCUCCUAUGUUCUCAAAGAGGGUUGAGAGUGCAACAGCAGUGUUGGGAAACACAGUUAAACUGCAGGGAACCCUGAAAGGCUCAGCUCCCAUCACUAUCCAAUGGAUGAAAGACUCUGAGCUGCUCAGAGAUGACGAUCCAAAUGUCAAAAGGACAUUUGAGAACAACAUUGCUCACAUCUCCUUCUCAUCCGUUGAGAUAAAGCACGGCGGCAAGUACACUUGCCUUGCCACCAACGAGGCGGGGCAGCAGAAGUGUGAGGCUGUCUUAACAGUUCAAGAACCCGCUAAGAUCUUAGAAUCUGCAGAGUCCAUCAGUGUGACUGCAGGAGAUUCUGCCACGUUGGAGUGCACGAUCUCUGGAAGCCCAGACCUCAAAGCGAAGUGGUUCAAAGACGGCAAAGAGAUGAUCAGUGGCCGUAAAUACAAGAUGACUGUGAAGGAGAACACUGCCAUCCUCAAGAUUCUUUCAGCAGAUAAAGGAGACACUUCAGAGUACAAGAUGGAGGUGUCCAACAAAGUCGGGAAAGACCAGUGCACAUGCUCAGUCACUGUUAUCGAUCGUGCAGUUCCACCAUCCUUCACCAAAACUUUAAAGAAAGUGAACGGGAGUGUUGGUAGUAAUGUGACCUUGGAAUGCAGAGUUGCUGGCUCUCAGCCAAUGGUUGUUUCUUGGUACAAAGACCAGAAACAAAUCCACAGCAAUGGCAAAUAUAAACUUGACUUCAGUGAGAUUACGGCUUCUGUGACCAUAAGUGGCCUGGAGAAAAGCGAUGGAGGAGUUUUUACCUGCCGAGCCUCGAACGAUGCUGGAGAAAAGGAGACCAGUGGUACUCUGUCCAUCAAAGAACCUCCUGUCUUCACGGUGAAACCUGAAUCCCAGGACGCUUUACCGGGAUCAAACGUUGUCCUAACAGCAGCCUUCACAGGAUCAGCUCCUCUGGUUGUGAAAUGGUUCAGAGAGGAGAGCGAGGUUUUCACUGGAGGAAAGUGUUUCAUAAAGAAAGAUGCCUCUUCGAGCUCUUUGGAGCUUCACUCUGUGAAACCUAGUGACUCCUCAAAGUACACAUGCCAAGUGUUCAAUGAUACUGGGAAGGUGGAUUGCACCGCAGUCCUCUUUGUGAAAGAAGCCCCAACAUUUACAAUGAAGCUUGAGCCUUCACAGCUGCUGAAAACUGGACAACCUCUCAAGUUGUCCUGCAAAGUGCAGGGAACCCCUGUUAUUAGCAUCAAAUGGUUCAUCAAUGGCUCAGAAAUCUCUUCAGACCUCAGACACACGAUGUCCUUCGACAGCUCAAUAGCGACUCUGGUGAUGGAGAACUGCUCUGUGGAGGAUAGUGGAGAUUACGUCUGCAUGGCGUCCAGCGACGCCGGCAGAGACCAGAGCAGCAGCUCAAUAACCGUGAAAGAGCCUCCAGUGUUUGUGAGGCCUUUCGAAUCAGCUAAGCUUGUAAAGGGAUCCGAUAUUAUCUUGGAAGGAACCGUUUCCGGUUCUCCUCCUUUUGAAAUCAGUUGCUUCCUCAAUGAUAAACUGAUCAGAAGCAGCAAAAGACACAAGAUGAGUGUUGAGAACGACACGGUCACUCUUCACAUCUCAAACUGUGAGGCUGGAGACGCUGGCACGUACCAAUGCACUGUUGCAAGUGAUGUUGGGGAGACAGCUUGUUGUUGCCAGAUUUCACUGAAAGAACCGCCAUCAUUUGUUCAGAGACUAGAGGAUAUUUCCUGCAUGGUGGGCUCUGAGAUCUCUAUGAAGUGUCUGUUGUCUGGAUCACUUCCCAUGACUCUUUCCUGGAUCAAGGACGAUCAUGAGCUCAAAGAAGACGAGCAUGUGAAGAUGUCCUAUGAAACCAAAAGUGCCGUGUUGAAUUUGAAAAAUGCUCAACUAUCACACGGUGGAAAAUAUGUGUGUCAGGCCCAGAACCAAGCCGGGACUCAGAGAUGCGCCGCCAUGCUCGUAGUGACAGAGCCAGCAAAUAUUUCAGAACAUGCAAAGUCCAUCAGUGUGACCGAGGGCGACUCGGCCUGGCUUAAAUGCAGAUUCUCAGGCACCAAACCGCUCAAGUCCAGAUGGAUGAAGGCUGGAAAGGAGCUGAAGUCGGGCCGGAGAUACAAAGUCCAGAGCGCAGACAGAACCUCUGUGCUCCAGAUUCCUAAAGUAGAGCAAAGCGAUAGCGGCGAAUACACCUUUGAGGUCUCAAACGUUGCCGGGUCCAGUACUUGUGAGGCAGCCAUUACUGUUUUAGAACCACCAUGUAUUCUUGAAAAGCCUGAUUCCAUGAAUGUUUUGCCUGGCUCCAAAGUCCAGUUUAACGUACUGGUGUCUGGCACGCUGCCACUGACCACCAAAUGGUUUAAAAACAAGAAAGAGAUUUCAUCCAGUGCCGACUGCUCUGUGGUCAAAGACAACAUCUCCACCUCACUGGAGCUCUUCUUUGCUAAAACCUCUGAUUCUGGAGAUUACGUCUGUGAAGUACAGAACGAUGUGGGCUCCACUUCAUGCCAGGCAACACUCUUUGUCAAAGAACCUCCAUUUUUCAUGGAGAAACCUGAUGGUGUAUCAGUAGUACGGGUCGGAGACAGGAAGCUGUUUGAGUGCAAGGUGGCUGGUUCUCCAGAGAUCACUGUGCAUUGGUUCAGAGAUGGAGCUGAGCUUCAGCAAAGCGUCAAACACGUGAUGUUGUUCAUGAACUCUGUUGCCAGCUUAGAGAUUUGUGAAGUUAGUGAAAAUGACAGUGGGAAAUACUUCUGCGAAGUCUGCAAUGAAGCAGGAACAGAGAGUUGCACCGUUGAGCUGGAAGUGAAAGAGCCUCCUUUGUUUGCUGAAGAGCUGACGUCUCUCCAAGUUGUUGAAGGUUCCACCGCAGCGUUUGCGUCCAAAGUGGACGGAAGUGCUCCGUUCAAGGUCACAUGGUUCAAAGAUAACAAGCCAAUCAAAUCCAGCAAAAAACAUAUUGUUGACAGUGAACAUGUGAUCUUGAAAAUCCAGAAGUGUGAUGUGGAAGAUGUUGGUGCUUAUCAGUGCGUGGUAGCCAAUGAGGUUGGAAGUUGUACUGGCUUUGCCUCUUUGUCUCUGAAAGUUCCUCCAGCGUUUGUUAAGAAGAUAGAAAGUGUGUCAUCUAUUCUGGGAGCUGUGGCGGUCUUUCGCUGCUCCGUAGAAGGUUCUCCUCCUCUUUCUGUGCAAUGGCAGAAAGACGAGAACUGGAUCCCCGAGGAUCCAACGGUUGAGAGAACGUUUGAGAACAAAGAGGCCACUCUCAGGAUUCCUUCCUGUGAGGCGACCCACGGGGGGAAAUACACCUGCCAGGUGGUCAACGAGGCCGGGCAGGACAAAUGCACCGCCACCCUCGCAGUGCAAGAACCACCUCAGAUCCAAGAGAAGACCGAGGUAGUCCAAGUGACUCGAGGAAAUCCAGUUAGUCUCGAGUGCAGGCUAACUGGAACUCCUCAGAUCAGGGUGAGAUGGACUAAAGAUGGUAAAGAGCUCCAGUCGAGCAGAAAGCAUCAUCUGUCCUACAAGAACAACCUCAGCAGUCUGAACAUGAAGUCCACUCAGAUGGAGGACGGCGGGGAGUACUUGUUUGAAGCCACAAACUCUGUUGGGACUUGCAGCUGUAAAGUCAUGCUGCUUGUUUUAGAAGAAGUAAUUCCUCCGAUGUUCAUGAGGAAGUUAACAAACAUUCAAGCCAUUAUGGGUUCAGUGGUGACCAUGGAGUGCAAAGUGUCCGCUUCUCUUCCAAUAUCGGUCGAAUGGAGCAAAGGGAAAGAAAAGAUUACCAAGAGCUCCAAAUAUGAACUUGUGCACAUUGAGAACUCAGUCUCGCUGGAAUUCAAGCUGACUGAGGGUGCUGAUACAGGAGAGUACUCCUGUAAGGUCACCAACGAAGCAGGCAGCUGUGUGUGCAGUGGAGUGCUUACAACUAAAGUGCCACCGAGGUUCACGGCUGAGCCCGAAUCUCAGGCUGUCAUUCAGAAGUCCACCGUGCUCUUCCGAAGUGUCUUUGAAGGAACGCCUCCGUUUAUGGUGAAGUGGUUUAAGGAUGACGUGGAACUCAUCACUAGGCCGUUGUGUACGAUCCGGAAGGAGGAAUAUUCUUCUUCUGUCGAGCUCCCCUCUGUGGGGACUCUGCAAUCUGGGAUGUAUUCUUGCCAAGUGUGCAACGAAGCAGGCCAAGUGAAGAGUGCUGCGGAGUUGUUGGUGAAAGAAGCACCUCAGUUUAUCCAGAAACUUCCUCCCACUACCUUUGUGAAGAUGUGUGAGGGACAUCGUUUUGAAUGCAAAACCACCACCGCAAACUUCCUGGAUGUGUGCUGGUACAAAAACGACCAAAAGAUUAGCGACGGAGGCAACUAUAAAACAAUGUUUGUUGAUUCGACUGCGUACCUCCAGCUGAGCAGCUCAAGGUUUGAGGACAAUGGCGUCUACACCUUUGAGGCUCAUAACGAUGCUGGCAGUGCGAGCUGCAGCACCGUCCUCACAGUCCAAGAGUCGCCAUCUUUUACGAAAACUCCGAGUCCAGUAGAGGGCAUUAAAGGGAAAGAUGCCAGCCUCCACUGUGAGAUGUACGGCACUCAGCCUUUCCAGCUCAACUGGUACAAAGACAAAAGGCCACUGAAGGAGAGCAGGAAGUAUAAGAUGGUCAGUGACGGCAGCUCUGCCACACUUCACAUUAUGAAACUGGAGCAGGAUGACGCCGGUCUUUACGAGUGCAGAGUGUCAAACAACGUAGGAAGUGAAACCUGUCACUCGACUAUUAGCCUCAAAGAAAAACCAGCGUUUGUCAAGAAACUGUCCGAUGAGUCGGUGACAGACGGUGAGCAGCUGAGGCUGACGGCGACAGUGAAAGGCUCGGAGCCUCUGUCUGUGUCCUGGAUUCAGGACAAGGACCACAUCCUCAGAGACGGCGACAACAGGAAGAUCACCUUUGAGAAUAACGUAGUCACCCUUGUGGUGCCCAGAGCCGACUCCACCUCAGCCGGUAGAUACACCUGCCAGCUCAGGAAUGACGCUGGAGUUGUGGAGUCUGUCUCCCAAGUGACCGUUCUAGAACCCGCUGCUAUUGUGGAUAGCCCCGAGUCCUUGAACGUGAAGUCAGGAGACAACACAGCUCUUGAAGUCAAAGUGUCUGGCUCACCAGAACUGAAAACUAAGUGGUUCAAGGAUAACAAAGUGCUGUCUGCUAGUGCCAAGUAUCAGAUGUCCUUCACAAAGAAGGUUGCCUCCCUGAAGAUCCACUCUACUGAUAAAGCAGACGCUGGGGAAUACAAGCUGGAGGUCACAAACCAUGUGGGCACAGCCUCUUGUAUGACUAAGCUCUCUGUCUCAGAUAAAUUGAUUCCUCCGAGCUUCAUAAGGAAGCUGAGAGACACCCACCUGGUUGUGGGUAAGCCUGGUGAGAUGGAGUGUAAGGUCACUGGCUCUGCUCCUUUAACAACCUCCUGGUUCCACAACGGCCAGGAGAUCAACAGCGGACCAAACUGUGACAUUAGCUGCACUGAUAAUAGCUGCAAACUGAGCGUUUCCACAAUCGCGAUGUCCGAUUCUGGCAAGUACACGUGCAAAGCUGUGAACGCUGCAGGGGCCAGUGAAACGAGCGCUUCAAUGAAUGUGACAGAACCUCCAUCUUUUGUGGAAACGCCUGAAGCGAAGGAAACUUUGCCCGGCAAGAACGUGUCUUUCUCGGCUAAAGUGAAAGGCAGUGCCCCCCUGAAAGUGAAAUGGUUCAGGGGACCCAAGGAAAUGCAGCAUGGAAGAGGCUGCGAGAUCGCCCUCAAGGACGACGUCGCCACUUUGGUGCUUCACAAAGUGGAAAGGUCCCACGCAGGAGAGUACACCUGCCAGAUCAUUAACGAUGCGGGGAAGGAAAGCUACCCCGUCAACCUGUUUGUGAAAGAACCGGUCCACUUCAUGAAGAAGCUGAGGGACAUUUCCUCUGAGAAGGGGAAGCCUCUGAGGUUUGAGGUCACAUUCGCUGGAACCCCCAGGGUCAAUGUGGUCUGGAAGAAGGAUGGUAAUCUCAUCUGGGCCUCAUACCAGUACAAUGUGACAACCACAGACACCUCCUGCAUCUUGGAGGUUCUGAACGCUGACAGGAUGGAGGCAGCCGGUAGAUACUCUUGUGAAGUAGACAACGGGGUCGGAAGUGACAGAUGCGAAGCUCAAGUGUCUAUUCUAGAACGGCCGUACUUUGUUGAAAAGAUGGAGCCAGUGGAGGUCUCUGUGGGCGACGCGGUUACUCUGAAAUGCCGUAUUUUAGGAACUCCCGACAUCUCCGUUGCUUGGUUUAAAUCUGACGGGAAGCUGCGCAAGUCCAACACUUGCUCGUCGGACUUUAGUAACGGUGUUGCCACUUUGAAACUCACCAAAACAACCACCUUCGAUCAAGCCGAAUACAUCUGCAAGGCAGAGAACCGGGUCGGCUCGGCCUCUGCCAGCUGUCAGGUGGCGGUGAAAGAAUCGGUGCGCUUUAUCAAGAAGCUGGAGGACAUUACGUUCAUAGUGGGUCAGCCACUGAAACUAGUGUGCUCGUACGCCGGGAGCCAGAGGGUGUACGUCACGUGGAAAAAGGACGGCAAGCUGAUCUGGGCCUCCUACCAGUACAAUGUCAGAACCACAGAUUCGUGCUGUCUUCUGGACAUCCUCAACAGCGACCGGCCCGAGGCAGCUGGAACUUACACUUGUGAAAUUUCCAACAGCGCUGGAACGGACGUCUGCCACGCUCGCGUCAGCUUAGAACCGGCUCGUUUCGUGGAAAAACUGCAGGACACUUAUUUUAGACUCCGAGAUCCUUUGACCCUCAAGUGUAAUUUCACUGGAAGCCAAAGAAUCUGUGUGACCUGGAAGAAGGACGGCAAACUGAUCUGGGCUUCUUAUAAGUACAACGUCAAGACCACCAACGACACCUGCAUCUUGGAAGUCCUCAACAGUGACCGAGAAGAGGCCGUCGGAACAUACUCUUGUGAAAUCUGUAACGCCGAAGGAACGGAUAUCUGCCACGCUAACGUCAAACUAGAACCCGUUCGCUUUGUGAGAAAACUGAGAAACAGCUUCUAUAAAAUCGGCCACCCUUUGACUCUGGAGUGCACGUUCACCGGCAGCCAGAGGAUUCACGUCAGCUGGAUGAAGGAUAGCAAACUCAUCUGGGCGUCGUACAAAUACAACGUUAAAACCACCAACUUCUCCAGCACCCUGGAUGUUCUCAACAGUGACAGUCGGGAAGCCGUCGGGAAAUACUCCUGUGAGAUUUGUAAUUCAGAGGGCACUGAUAUCUGCCAAGCUCUGGUUAAGAUAGAACCUGUGCGCUUUAUAAAAGAGCUGGAGGAUGCCACGUUCAGACUGGGCUGGCCCCUGUCGCUCUACUGCGCUUACAGUGCCAGUCCUAAGGUCUCCGUGAGCUGGAGGAAAGACGGAAAACCAGUCUGGGCCUCCUACAAGUACAACGUCAAGACCACAGAGAACGCCUGUUUCCUAGAGGUCCUCAACAGCGACCGCAUAGAAGCAGCAGGGAGAUACUCCUGUGAAAUCUCUAACUCUGAGAACACUGCUAUCUGCUAUGCACAGGUCAAACUAGAACCUGUGCGCUUUGUGACGAAGCUGGAAGAUAUGACCUUUAGGGUCGGCCAGCCUCUGAGGCUUCAGGUCACGUACACGGGCAGCCAGCUCGUGUACGUGAGCUGGACCAAAGAUGGCAAACCGGUCUGGGCUUCAUACCGGUACAACGUCAGCAAAACAGACAGCUCCUGUGUCUUAGAGGUCCUCAACAGUGACAGAGAGGAGGCUGCUGGGAGAUAUUCCUGUGAAAUAUCCAAUGCCAAACCUGUGCGCUUUGUGAACAAGCUGCAGGACGCCUCGCACCGUCUGGGCGACCCGUUGAGUCUGACGUGCACGUACACCGGCAGUGAGCGAGUGCACGUGAGCUGGACGAAGGACGAACCGGCUCGUUUCAUCAGGAAGCUGGAAAACACCACGUUCAGAGUCGGCGGGCCGCUAACGCUUAGAGUGGCGUUCUCCGGCAGCCAAAGAGUGAAUGUAAGCUGGAGGAAAGACGGGAGACCCGUCUGGGCCUCUUAUCAGUACAACGUCAAGACCAGCGACUGCAGCUGCGUGCUGGACGUCCUCAACAGCGACCGAGAGAUCGCUCAAGGAACAUACACUUGUGAAAUUUCCAAUGCAGAAGGCUCUGAUAUCUGCCACGCUAAUGUCACACUAGAACCCGUACGGUUUGUGAAGAAACUGGAGGACGUCAGCCACAAGCUGAGUCAGCCUCUGACGCUGGAGUGCUGCUACGCCGGCAGCCAGAGGGUCUACGUGACGUGGAAGAAGGACAACAAGCUGAUCUGGGCCUCUUACCAGUACAACGUGAAAACCAGCAACUCCUCCUGCAUUCUGGAGGUCCUGUACAGCGACAGAGCCGCGGCAGCCGGAAAAUACACUUGUGAAAUAUCCAAUGCAGAAGGAACUGACACCUGUCACGCUCAUGUUUACAUAGGUAACGCACGCAAAGUGCCUCCAAACUUCACCAAGAAACCGUCUGAGUCCAUGAUGGACUCUGUGGGUAAGACGGUGAAGAUGGAGGGUCGAGUGUCCGGCUCCCAGCCACUGGAGGUCACCUGGUACAAAGAUGACAGGGAAAUCUACAGCGCCGACAAGUACGACGUGAGCUUCGAGAACAACACGGCGGUGCUGAGUGUCAGAGCCUCCAGCAGCUCAGAUGGAGGUGUUUACACCUGCACGGCAUCCAACGAGGCUGGACAAGCGUCCUGUCAGGUUUCUCUCUCCAUCACAGAAAGCGGCCAGGCUCCAAAGUUCGACAUCCCUCUGGAGCCGGUGACGACAAGCGAGGGCGAGAAGCUGAGCCUCAAAUGCCUCGUCAGUGGCUCUCCUCCUCUGACCGUCCAAUGGAUGAAGGACAGGAGGGAGCUGAAGUCCAGCGGAAAAAUCAGAAUCACAUUAGUUGGAGGGGCGCCGUGUCUGGAGGUCAGCCCGGUGUCAAAGAGCGACGGCGGGGAUUACCUCUGCAAGGCCAGCAACGCUGCAGGCAGCAACUUCUGCAAGUCCAGGGUCACGGUGAAAGAUAAAGGAGCCAAAGUCCCCUCCAGCGAGGCUGCCACCCCGGCCGCCGCCCCGGCUGCCACCCCGGCCGCCGCCCCGGCAGCCGCUGCGCCAGUCAAAAGGCUGGAAAACCUCUUCUUCAUCGAGGAACUACAAAACAUUUCCACCACAGAGAAGGGCACCGCGACCUUCAUCGCCAAGAUCGGCGGCGAACCGAUCCCCAGUGUGAAGUGGAUGAAGGGCAAAUGGAGGCAGAUCACCCCCGGUGGUCGCAUCUCCAUCGAGCACAAAGGCCAAGAUGCCAAAAUGGAGAUCAAAGAGGUGACCAAGUCCGACUCGGGCCUCUACAGGUGCGUCGCCACCAGCAAACACGGAGAGAUCGAGUGCGGCGCUGAGAUGGAGGUCACCAAGAAGGAAGAGGCGGUGGGACACGGAGACAUCAGGACGAUGCUGAAGAAGACUCCCUCCAAGCAGAAGAGUCCCAAGAAAGAGCAACUCCACGACCUCAAUAUCGUGGAGUUGCUCCGAGGUCACGAACCCAAAGAAUACGAGGGAGUUCUGCAGGAGCACGGCAUCCACGACUUCCGCGCCAUCCUGCAGGCUGUCGAGUUCCUCAAGAGGGAGAAGGAGGUGACGUCCGGAAAAGUGGAGGUGGAGCAUGGCGGCCUUGUUGAAGAGGAGGACAUGGCCCGACUCAUCCAGCAGCUGGAGGGACGCGCUGGCACAGAGCCCGUCUCCGUGAUGGAGGACAUCAGCGACCAGACGACGGCUGAGGACCAGAGUGCCUCCUUCCAGUGCCAGAUCCGGAUAAACUACCCGGAGAUCACCCUCACCUGGUACAAAGGCACCCAGAAGCUGGACGCCGGCGACAAGUACGACAUCAGCAGCGUGGGAGACCUCCACUCUCUGCGCAUCAAGAGCUGCCAGGUCAAAGACCAGGGCAGCUACCGCGUGGUGUGUGGUCCUCACAUCGCCAACGCCAAGCUCACCGUCACAGCCAAACAAAUUCAGUUCACUAAACGCAUCCGACGCAUCGAGGUCAGUGAACGCCACUGUGCCACCUUCGAGUCCCUCACUGCCGUCACGUGGUGCAAAGGCUCAUGGGAGCUCAGCGUUGACUCUGUGAUCACCCGUCUGGAGUCGUUGGGAGAAGCUCGGCUCUCCGCUGAGCUCCACCUGUCAGACAGAGAGGUUGAGUUAGGGAGGGUUCCUCAGGACGUCACCGACUCGUAUCUUCAUGUUCCAGAAGCAACUUCUCUCCUGACGCUGGAAGAGGAGUCGCAGCCGAGGCGCUGGAGAGGACGCAGACGAGAGCAGACGCCCCUGCAGACACAGAAGGCUCCUGAGCUGAAAGAGUCUGAAGUGAAGCCUGAAGCUGAACCUGCAAAGAGUAAACCAGUGGCCCCUAAAGAGACAGAACCAAAGUCAUCUGAACCUGCAAGAAAACCACAUCUUCUGGCUGGUAAACCUGAGCCAGAAGCACGGAGGUCUGAAACAAAACCAGAAGAACCCAAGAAGGUUCUGGAAGAAACAAAGAGGGUUGCUGAGGUGCCAAAGAAGGUUUCAGAAACCCCCAAAAAGGUUUCAGAAGAGCCAAAGAAUGUUUCAGAAGAGCCAAAAAAGAUUUCAGAAACCCCAAAGAAGGUUUCAGAAGAGCCAAAGGAGGUGUCAGAAACCCCAAAGAAGAUUUCAGAAGAGCCAAAGAAGGUUUCAGAAACCCCAAAGAAGGUUUUAGAAGAGCCAAAGAAGGUUUCAGAAGCCCCAAAGAAGGUUUCAGAAGAGCCAAAGAAGGUUUCAAAAGAGCCAAAGAAGAUUUCAGAUGAACCAAAGGUUUUAGAAACCCCAAAGACGGUUUCAGAAGAGCCUAAGAAGAUUUCAGAUGAACCAAAGGUUUUAGAAACCCCAAAGACGGUUUCAGAAGAGCCUAAGAAGAUUUCAGAAACCCCAAAGAAGGUUUCAGAAGAGCCAAAGAAGGUUUCAGAAGCCCCAAAGAAGGUUUCAGAAGAGCCUAAGAAGAUUUCAGAAACCCCAAAGAAGGUUUCAGAAACCCCAAAGACGGUUUCAGAAGAGCCUAAGAAGAUUUCAGAAACCCCAAAGAAGGUUCCUGAAGAGCCAAAGAAGGUUUCAGAAACGCCAAAGAAGGUUCCUGAAGUACAAAAGAAGAUUUCAGAAAGCCCAAAGAAGGCACAAGAAGAGCCAAAGAAGACACACAAACUAGCUGAAACAGAGAAAACUGAAAAGUUACAAACAGAGGAAGCAGUGCUGAGCCACCGAGCAUCAACAACACCAAAAGAUUUGGAAACACCACAGCAAAUUCUUCAGGCUGAAAAGCCUCCACAACAAGAGAAAGAGAAAGAGCAGAUCAUGUUAAAGCCUUUCACCAAAGUCACCAAGCCUGAGGAGAAGCCAGAUAAAGUAGCUGAGGAAGAGAAAUCAAAUGUACCCAGUCCAAGAGAUGAAAGUUCAAAAGAACUGAAGGAGCAGCAGCUUAGGGAAGUUGAAAAGACUGAAACACCUCAAAAAGAAGAUGAGAAACCUCAGGAUAAAGACAAGCCAGCUGUUCCACCCAAGAAGCCCAGUCCACCAGGAAGGAAACCAGCUGAGAAAGAGAUCCCACCAAAACAAACCGGUAUCCUGAAAGGUGUCGAACUCAAAAAGACUCCUUCGCCUCGAAUGCCGAAAGACAAGGUCGAAGUAGAAAAGCCCUUCAAACCUAUCGAGCAGCUGAAGAAGGUUGAGCUGAAAAAGACUCAAUCACCAAAGAUCGAGAAGCCGAAACCGAAAGAACUUGAGCACGUCCCCAUUGAGAAGAAGCUAAAUGCUGAAAAAUUAAAACGGAUUCCCAAAACGGUUUCACCAAAAGACUCUGUUGAAGCUGUGACACUCAAAAAGGUCCCAAAGAAGCCGUCACCAGAGGAGGCUCCGCAACAAGAACAGCCUGAUAGAAGGCGGAUCCCCCUGGUGAAGGAGGUCUCUCCUGGAGCCGUGCAGAUGAAGAAGGUGCCCACCCAACCGGAAGAGGAGGUGUUCGAAGAGGAGGCUGAAGAAAGGGAAGGCGAGGAAGAAGAGGAGGCCUGGGGCUGGGAGCUGGUCCCCCCCGAUGACUGGGAAAGUGAAGGGGUCGAUGGGGAGGUCCAGACUCCAGGAACGCCUGGCAGCAAACGAGAUGGAAAACCCACCGAGGAACCACCAAAAGCCCGAGGCCGAGGACUUGGGGCGAGACAGACCCCGUCUCCUGGUGACGGUGGCCGGGGCCGCGGCCUGAGGCCCGGCGGAAAAGGCCCGUCGCCACCAGAGGAACCCUUUGGAGGAUUCAAGCUCAAAGCCGUCCCCCUGAAGUUCAUCAAGAAGAUUCAGGACAUCGUGCUGCAGGAGGCCGAGUCCAUCGGCUCGUCUGCUGUGUUUGAGUGUGAGAUCUCGCCUUCCACUGCCAUUGCUUCAUGGAUGAAAGAUGGCAGCAACCUGCGUGAGGACCCCAAACACAAGUUCAUGGCUGACGGCAAAGAUCGCAAGUUGCACAUUAUUGAUGUGCAGCUGUCCGACACCGGGGAAUACACAUGUGUGGCCAAGAACGCCGGGAAGGAAAUAACAUGCACAGCCAAGCUCAUUGUUGAAGAGCUGCCUGUGAAAUGGCUGAAAGAGCUGGAACCAGAGACUUCCUGCAUGAAGGGUCAGCCCAUGUAUCUGACCUGUGAGCUGAACAAAGAGAAAGAUGUCACCUGGAAGCGUAACGGCGCCCUCCUGAAGAAACAGGCUGGAAAAAUAGCCGUUAAUAUCAUUGGAAUGCAGCACUCCGUGACCAUCCAGAACGCCACUGAGGAAGACACCGGCGUCUACACAUGUGAGGUGGACGGACAGGAAGACAUCAAGACCACAACCAACAUCAAAGUGAUUGAAAUCAUCAAAGACUGGCUGGUGAAGCCUCUGCGGGACCAGCAUGUGAAACCGAAGGCCAAGGCCACGUUCAAAUGUGAGCUGUUCAAAGACACUCCCAACUGGAAGUGGUUCAAAGGAGACACCGAGGUCACUCCUUCUGACAAGGUGGACAUCCAGAAAGAUGGAAAGGACAUGACGCUCACCAUCAACAAUUGCCAGCCUGACGACGUCUCGGAAUACACCAUCGAGGUGGAGGAUCGCAAAUACGUGGCCAAGCUCACACUUGGAGAGCGUGAAGCUGAGAUCCUGAAGCCGCUCUCCAGCGUGGAGGUGGUCGAGAAGGAGGAAGCCAACUUUGACACUGAAAUAACGGAAGACGACGUCGUCGGUGAAUGGAAGCUGAGGGGACAGGUGUUGAUGAGGUCUCCGAGCUGCGACAUUAAAGCUGAAGGCCGGAAACGUUUCCUGACGUUGAAACACGUGCAGCUGGAUCAGGCCGGUGAAGUGUCCUAUCAGGCUCUGAACGCCGUCACCAGCGCCAUGCUCACCGUCAAAGAGAUCGAAAUGGGCUUUGUUGACCCUCUGAAGGACGUUUCUGUGCCUGAAAAGAAACAGGCCAAGUUUGAAUGCACUGUCACCAAGGAGGUGUCAAAGGUCAUGUGGUUCAGGGGGGCGGAGAUCGUCACCCCGAGCCCUAAAUAUGAAAUAAUCGAUGAUGGAAUGAAACACAUGCUGAUCGUAAACAGCUGUGAGUUUGACGACGAGGCUCAGUACACCAUCGAGGUGUUGGGCCACAAGUCGUCCGCCCAGCUGGCGGUGGAAGGCAUGAGGCUCAAAUUUGUGAAGCAGCUUCAGGACCAAACAGUGAAAGAAGGUAAAGCGGCUCGGUUUGAACUGGAGCUGACGCACGACAACGUGCCGGUUGUUUGGUACCGAAACGAGGUGAAACUCCACAUGAGCCGCACGGUGCUCACGCAUGUGGAGGGAAAGAAACACACUCUAGAAAUGAGGAUGUUGACUCUAGAUGAUACCUGCCAGGUAAAGGCAGAGGCCAAAGGGAUUCACUCCAUGGCAAAGCUGACUGUCAUAGAGGGCGACGCCGUCUUCCUGGUGAAGCUGCAGGAUUACACGGCCACGGAGAAGGACAAGGUGACUCUGGACUGUGAACUGAGCAAAGACGUCCCCGUGGUCUGGUACCGCAGCGAGAAGGAGAUCAUCGCCUCCAAGCUGGUGGUCAUGAAGUCGGAGGGAACCCGCAGGUCUCUGGUCCUGACGAGAGUGGAGCAGAGCGACAGUGGACAAUACGUGUGCGACUGUGGAACCGACAAGACCUCGGCCAACAUCAACAUCGAAGCUCGCGACAUCAAGGUCGUUCGGCCGAUUUACGGCGUGGAGCUCUUUGAUGGAGAGACGGCUCGUUUCGAGGUGGAGAUCUCUGAGGAAGACGUCCACGGCCAGUGGAAGCUGAACGGAGAAGUCCUCAGUCCUUCUUCUGACGUUGACAUCAUCGAGGAGGGUGGCAAACACACGCUGAUCCUGUACAACUGUAAAGUCUCCAUGACGGGCGAGGUGGCGUACACUGCCGCCAACGCCAAGUGCUCCGCUAACGUGAAGGUCAAAGAACUUCCUCUGAACUUCCUGUCGGCGCUGAGUGACGUUCAGGUGUACGAGAAGGACGAAGCGAGGUUCGAGCUGGAGCUGUCGAGAGCUCCGAAGACUUUCCGCUGGCUGAAAGGUUCUCAGGAGCUGCAGAGCGACGACAAGUACGAGAUGAUCCAGGAAGGGAACAUGUACGUUCUGGUGAUCCGACUGGCCGCCUACGACGACGAAGCCAAGUACAUGUUUGAGGCUGAAGACAAGAGGACGACGAGCAAACUCGUCAUCCAAGGUAUUCGCCUUGAAUUUGUCAAGCCCAUUAAAGAUGUGACUGUGAAGGAGCGUGAAACCGCAGAGUUCAGCGUGGAACUCUCCCACGACAAGAUCCCGGUGGUCUGGUACAGAAACGACGUCCGCCUGCACCCCAGCAAGGUGGUGCACAUGUCGGACCUGGGAAAGGUCCACACGCUGGCCUUCAAGGAGGUCACCAUCGACGACACCUCCAUGAUUAAAGUGGAGGCCAUGGACAAGGCCGUGACCGCCAUGCUCACCGUGAUCGAGGGAGAUCUGUAUUUCACCACCAAGCUGCAAAACUACACAGCCGUGGAGCGCGACGAGGUGAAGCUGGUUUGUGAACUGAGCAAAUCCAUCGCCGACGUCAAAUGGUUCAAGGACGGGAAGGACAUCACUCCCUCCAAGACCAUCGCCAUCAGCACCGACGGAAAGAAGCGCAUCCUGACCGUCAGGAAGGCGGACAAGGCCAACAUCGGAGAGUACACCUGCGACUGUGGUUCAGAUAAAACAACAGCCAACCUCAACAUUGAAGAGCGGGACAUCAAGGUCGUUCGUCCAUUGUACAGUGUUGAGAUCACGGAGACGGAAACAGCCAAGUUUGAGACAGAGAUUUCAGAAGAGGAUGUCCACGGAAACUGGAAACUGAAGGGAGAAGCUCUGCAUCAGUGUCCCGAUGUUGAGAUCAAGGAGGAAGGAACCAAACACAUGCUGAUCCUCUUUAAUGUCCGCAUGGACAUGGCCGGAGCCGUCGACUUCUCAGCAGCCAACGCCAAAUCCAACGCUCAGCUCCGAGUGAAAGCUCGGUCCAUCGGGCUGCUGCGUCCCCUGAAGGACGUGACGGUGACGGCCGGAGAGACGGCGACCUUCGAGUGCGAGCUGUCGUACGAAGGCAUCGAGGUGGACUGGUUCUUGGGGGGACACAAGAUGGAGGCCAGCGACCGGGUGAAGACUCGUGUGGUGGGGAAAGUUCACACUCUGACCAUCAGAGACAUCACGCUGUCGGAGGCCGGCGAAGUCAAACUGACCAGCAAAGACUUCCAGACUCAAGCUCAUCUCAUCAUCAGAGAGCCGGCGGUGGAGUUCUCCAAGCCUCUGGAGGACCAGACGGUGGAGGAGGAGGCGACCGCCACGCUGGAGUGUGAGGUUUCCAGAGAGAACGCAGAGGUACGAUGGUUCAGGGACGGACAGGAGAUCAGGAAGACCAAGAAGUACGAGAUGGUCGUCGACGGACGCAAGAGAGCGCUGGUGAUCCACGACUGCUCUCCGGACGACGCCAAGAUGUUCACGUGUGACGCCAAAGACUUCAAAACCUCCUGCUUCCUGGAGGUCACGCCUCCUCAUGUGGAGUUCAUGAAGCCGCUGACGGACGUCGAGGUCAAAGAGAAAGAAUCCGCUAAGUUUGAAUGUGAAGUGUCCCGCGAGUCGGCCAAGGUCCGCUGGUUCAAAGACGGCAGCGAGAUCAGGAAAGGAAAGAAGUACGAGAUCCUCGCUAAGGGGGUCCAGAGGAGCCUCAUCGUCCACAAAUCUGUGUUCGACGACGAGGCCGAGUACGAAUGUGACGCCAGAACCUCCAAGACCUCCGGCAUGCUCACGGUCAUCGAGGAGGAGGCCAGGUUCACUAAGAACCUGUCCAACGUGGAGGGGACGGAGACGGACAGCGUGAAGAUGAUCUGCGAGGUGUCGAAGGCCGGCGCCGACGUCACCUGGUACAAAGGAGACGAGGAGCUGCCGGAGGGCGGCCGCUACGAGCACAUCCCCGAUGGACGCAAGAGGAUCCUGAUCAUCCAGGACCUGAGGAUGGAGGACGCCGGCGAGUACAACUGCAGGCUGAGUCCGGCCGUCAAGACAUCGGCAACGCUCAAACUCAACGAGCUGGCAGCCGAGUUCAUCGCCCGCCCUCAGAACCAGGAGGCGGUGGAGGGCGAGAAGGCCGAGUUCGCCUGCUCCGUCUCCAAAGAAACCUACGAGGUCAAAUGGUUCAGAGGAGACAAGGAGGUGGAAGCCGGGGACAAGUACACCAUCGUCUGUGAAGGAAAAAGGAGAGCUCUUAUUGUGAAAAGCUGCGAGCGGAAGGAUGAGGGGGGUUACGUUGCCCACAUCGGUGGAGUUAAAGCCUCCGCCGAUCUGUAUGUGAUUGAAAAACUGAGGAUCAUCACACCAAUUAAAGACACAGAGGUGAAGGAGGGAAGUGAAAUUGUGUUCAACUGCGAGGUGAACGCCGAGGGAGCGAAGGCCAAGUGGCUGAAGAACGAGGAGACGAUAUUCGAGAGCAGCAAGUACAUGAUGGCCCAGAGAGACAACGUCUUCUCCCUGAGGAUCAGAGACGCCCAGAAGGGAGACGAGGCCAACUACACCAUCAGCCUGACCAAUCAGAGGGCGGAGCAGGCCAAGUGCACCGCCGGCGCUAAAGUGUCCGAGGAGAAGUUGAAGUUCCUGGACCCCAUCGAGGACGUGGAGACUCAGGAGAAGAAGACCAUCAGCUUCAUCUGUAAGGUGAACCGGCCCGAGGUGACUGUGAGGUGGAUGAAGGCCGGCGAGGAGGUGACGCUCAGCAAACGCAUCGUCUACAGAGCCGACGGCCUCAAACACACCCUGACCGUCAAGGACUGCAUGAUGGAGGACGAGGGCGAGUACACCGCCGUCGUCGGCGACGACAAGUGCGGCGCCGAGCUCAUCAUCAGCGAGGCGCCGACGGACUUUGCGGCGCAGCUCAAAGACCAGACCAUCACAGAGUUCGAGGACGCCGAGUUCGCCUGCAAGCUGAGCAAAGAGAAAGCCGUGGUGAAGUGGUACAGGAACGGACGGGAGAUCAGAGAAGGACCGAGAUAUCACAUGGAAAAAGAAGGCAAGACGUGCAGACUGGUUGUCAAGGUGUGCAGACCGGAUGAUGAAUGUGAAUACGCCUGUGGUGUGGAUGAGAGGAGGACCAGAGCCAGACUCUUUGUUGAAGAGACCCCGGUGGAGAUCGUCAGACCUCCUCAGGACGCGUUCGAACCCCCAGGCUCCGACAUUGUGUUUGAGGUGGAGCUCAACAAGGACCGGGUGGAGGUGAAGUGGAUGAGGAACAACAUGAUCAUCGUUCAAGGAGACAAAUACCAGAUGAUCAGCGAGGGUAAAGUCCACAGGCUGCAGGUCUGUGAGAUCCGACCUCGAGAUCAGGGAGAGUACAGGAUCGUAGCCAAAGACAAGGACGCCAGAGCCAAGCUGGAGCUGGCAGCUGUUCCAAAGAUCAAAACCACUGACCAGAAUCUGGUAACGGAUGCCGGUAAGCCCUUCGUCAUGAGCGUGCCGUACGACGCCUACCCUCGUGCCGACGCAGAGUGGUUCCACGAGGGCGCCGGUCUGCCCGUCCAGAACAUCGACACCUCCGCCGACAAGACCGAGUUCCGCCUGAAGAGCCCUUGCAAGAUGGACCGGGGCCGGUAUAAGGUAGUGAUCAAGAACAAGCAUGGCGAGGGAGAGGCGUUCAUCAACCUGGACGUGAUUGACGUCCCCGGCCCCGUCAAGAACCUGAGAGUGGUCGACACCGCCGAUGGUGAGGUCAGUUUGGCCUGGGAGGAGCCUGAGAGCGACGGCGGAAGCAAGAUUGUCGCCUAUGUGGUGGAGAGGCGUGACGUGAAGCGUAAGACCUGGACGUUGGCUACAGACCGCGCUGAUACUCCAGAGUAUUGUGUCAGCGGCCUCCAGAAGGACUCCAUGUACCUGUUCAGAGUCUGCGCUCGGAACCGAGUCGGCAGCGGACCCAUCGUCACCACCGAGGACGCCGUCCAGGCCAAGAACAAGUUUGAUGUUCCAGAUGCUCCGGAGAACGUCGCCGUCGGUGGGGUGAACAGGUACGGUGCCACCGUCACCUGGGAGCCUCCAAAGUUCGACGGUGGCUCUGAGAUCAUCGCCUACGUGAUUGAGCUCCGCGACAGAACCGCCGUGAAGUGGGAGGCGGCCCUCGUCUGUGGUGCCAACGACUGCUCGGCCACGCUGAGCGACGUGGUGGAGAACAAGGAGUACAUCUUCAGAGUCUGCGCUGAGAACAAGGCCGGCAUCGGCAAGCCCAGCGCUGCCACCAAACCCGUCCAGAUAAUGGACCCCAUCGAGCGGCCAAGCCCACCUCUGAACCUGAACUUCAGCGACCAAAUCAAGACGGCGGUCACACUGACUUGGGAGACGCCCACCAGCAAUGGCGGCAGCAUGAUCACCGGAUACAUUAUUCAGAAAUGCGACGAUGGCACCGACAAGUGGGUCCGCUGCAACGCCAGACUGUGCCCCGACCUCUCCUACCGGUUGUCCGGUCUGAAACCCGGUCAGAAGUACCUCUACAGAGUUUGUGCUGAGAACGCCGCUGGCCUAUCCGAUCCAGCCGAGCAACUGGGACCGCUUCUCGCCGACGAUCCUCACGUUGGUCCGACCUUUGACCUCAGUGGCUUCAGGAACGGCCUGGAGGUGAUCGUCCCUCAGCCUCUCACCAUCAGAGUCCCGAUCACCGGAUACCCAACGCCCAUUGCCAAGUGGACCUUCGGAGAGAAGGAGCUGACCACCGCGGACGAGCGCAUCUCGAUGGUGACGAAGCCCGCGUACACAGAGCUAACGGUCACACCGAGCGUCCGUCCGGAUAAGGGCACCUACACCCUGACACUGGAGAACGACAUCUCGUCCGUCUCCGGAGAGAUCGAAGUCAACGUCAUCGCAUGCCCUAGUGCACCUAAGGACUUCAAGGUGGCCGAGGUCACCCGUCACCACGUCCACCUGAUGUGGGAGACUCCGGAGCACGAUGGUGGAAGUCCAGUCACCCACUUCCAGAUCGAGAAGAGAGAAGUGUCUCGCAAGACCUGGGCCAAGGUGGCUACCGGCAUCCUGGACCUGGAGCACACAAUAACAGACGUGGUUGAAGGAAAGGAGUAUCUGUUUAGUGUCAUCGCCUGCAACAAGUGUGGACCCGGAGAGCCGGCGUACAUCGACGAGCCCGUCAACGUCUCCUCUCCUGCCACUGUACCCGAUGCUCCUGAGAACCUGAAGUGGCGCGAUAGGAGUGCAAAGAGUAUCUUUUUGUCCUGGGAGCCUCCAAAGUACGAUGGCGGCGCCCCGAUCAAAGGCUACGUGGUGGACAGGUGUCAACGCGGCACCGACAAGUGGGAACCCUGCGGUGACCCCAUCCCUGAACUCAAGUUCCAGGUGACCGGCCUGAUCGAGGGCCAGUGGUACGCCUACAGAAUCAGCGCGUUCAACAAGCUGGGAGCCAGCCGACCAUGCAGGGCCACCGAUGAGAUCCAGGCCAUUGACGCCAGAGAGCCUCCAGAGAUCCAGCUGGAUGUGAAGCUGCUGGCCGGUCUGACCACCAGGGCCGGGACCAAAAUCGAGCUUCCGGCCGACGUCAAAGGAAAGCCUGAUCCCAGGGUGAAGUGGACCAAGGCUGACCUGGUCCUCCGGGCAGAUGACCGUAUCACCAUUGACACCCAGCCGGGACACUCCAAACUGUCCAUAGCCAACACCACGAGAGGAGACACCGCCACCUACAUCAUCGAGGCGGUCAACCCCUGUGGACGCGCCACCGCCACCAUCGAUGUCAACAUCCUUGAUAAACCCGGACCUCCAGCCGCCUUCGACAUCUCCGAGAUCACCAACGAGUCGUGCCUCAUGGCAUGGAACCCGCCCAGGGACGACGGCGGCUCGCCCAUCACCAACUACAUCGUGGAGAGCCGGCUGACGGACAAAGAGGAGUGGGUGAAGCUGUCGGCCACGGUGAAACACACCACUUUCAAGGCUUGCAAGCUUGUCGCUUUGAAGGAGUACGUCUUCAGGAUCAGCGCUGAGAACCAGUACGGCAUCGGUGCACCUGCAGAGCAUGUGCCAAUCAUUGCAAAGUAUUCCUUCGAUCCCCCUGGUGCUCCAACCAGAGUCACUCCCUCCGACAUCGCCAAGGAUGCCGUGACUCUGACCUGGUUCGAGCCGGAUGAGGAUGGUGGCAGUCCCAUCUCCGGAUAUUGGGUUGAGAAGUUUGAUCCAGAGAGUGACAAGUGGAUCAGAUGCAACAAACUGCCCAUCAAGGACACGACCUUCAGGGUGAAGGGACUCCCCACCAAGAAGAAGUGCAGCUUCCGGGUUCUGGCUGAGAAUCUGGCCGGACCUGGAAAACCGAGCGUAGAGACCGAUCCGGUCCUCAUCAAAGAUCCCAUCGAUCCUCCAUGGGCUCCUGGUAAACCCGUCAUCAGAGACGUCGGCAAGACCUCGGCCCUGCUGGCAUGGACCAGGCCAGAGCACAAUGGUGGGGCAAAGAUCGAAGGCUACAUCAUCGAGUUCCAGAAGGCCGGCAGCGAAGAAUGGAUCCGCAUCGCAGAGGACGUUCCUCAGACCGAGCACCAGCUCCAGGGCCUGAUAGAGAAGCAGGAGUACUCGUUCCGGGUCAAGGCCGUCAACAAGGCCGGCGAGAGCGAACCCAGCGAGCCCAGCGACCCCGUGGUCUGCAAGGAGAGACUCUAUCCUCCGGCGGCUCCUCAGUGGCUGGAAGUGGCCAAUAUCACCAAGAUCAACGCUGACUUGAAGUGGCAGGCUCCCAGCAGCGACGGAGGCUCACCCAUCACCAACUACGUGGUGGAGAAGAGGGACGUGCGGCGGAAGGCCUGGCAGUCGGUCGACACCACCGUCAAGGAGCUGAAGUACACGGUGACUCCUCUGAACGAGGGCUCGCUGUACGUGUUCCGCGUGGCCGCUGAGAACGCCGUGGGGACGGGUGAAUUCUGUGAGCUGGAGGACGCCGUGCUCGCCAAAGACACUUUCACAACUCCUGGACCGCCUUAUGCACUGACGGUGGUGGAGGUCACCAAGAGACACGUGGAGCUGAAAUGGGAAGCUCCCAAGAGCAACGGAGGAAGGCCCAUCACUAAGUACGUGAUUGAAAAGAAAGAGAAGCUGGGAACUCGCUGGCUGAAGUGCUGCAAGACUCCAGACAAACAGACUCAGUUCAAGGUGACGGACGUGGACGAAGGCUCCGAGGUUCAGUUCCAGGUCCGAGCCGAGAACGAGGCCGGAGUCGGAGAUCCGAGUGAACCCACCGAGAUCCUCACCAUCGAGGAUGCAACCAGCGCUCCAUCUCCUCCUCUGGAAGUGACCAUCCCCGACGCCAGCAGGGAGCACAUCAAUGUCACCUGGAAGCCACCUGCCAAAGAUGGCGGCGCCCCAAUCACCGGCUACCAUGUGGAGGUGGCCGAGGCCCGUCCCGAGCUGAAGUGGCUCAGGGUCAACAACAGACCCAUCAAAGAGCUCAAUUUCAGAAUUGACGAUGGAAUCAAACCAGAGAAGAAGUACGUCAUCAGGGUCCGUGCCAUCAACUCUAUCGGCGUCAGCGAUCCCUCCGAGAUCUCUGACAAGGUCUUCACCAAGGAUCCCGACUGUGCUCCGACCAUGGAUUUGGAGGGGCAGGACGUAGUCGUGGUUGAAGGCGAGAAGCUGCACCUGAACAUCCCCUACAGGGCGAUCCCCACACCCAAGAUGGUUUGGCAGAAGGACACGGUGGAGUGUAAGGCUGACAACCGACUCUCCAUGAUGGUGGAGAUGAACAGCGCUCACCUGGAGCUGCUCAAGUGCACACGGGCCGAUGCCGGCGCCUACGCCAUCACCCUGGAGAACAGUCUGGGAACUGCCACCGGGACCGCCAAUGUCAAAGUCAUCGGACUUCCCGGACAGUGUAAAGACAUCACCUCCAGCGACGUCACCAAGAACUCCUGCCAGAUCAGCUGGGAAGCCCCGGAGGACGACGGCGGCACCCCGAUCCUCAGCUACACCCUGGAGCGCCGAGAAGCCUCCAAGAAGACCUACAUGCCCGUCACGUCGGGGGAGGACGUCCUGACCUGCACCAUCAAGGACCUCUACGUCAACUGCGAGUAUUACUUCAGAGUGAAGGCCGUCAACAAGGUCGGAGCCGGAGCACAUCUGGAGCUCCGCAACCCGGUCAUCACAGAGGAAGUCAAGCAGAAACCCGACCCACCCAUCCAGGUGGAGGCUCAAGACCCCACAUCCAAGUCCAUUAAAGUCACCUGGAAGGCUCCGGACUGCGACGGCGGCUGUCCCAUCCAGGGCUACAUCGUGGAGAAGAUGGAGAAAGAUGGCGACCGCUACGAGAGGGUCACCCCUAGCCUGGUCCCCGGUUUCUCCUACGUGGUGACAGGCCUGCAGGAGGACGUGGAGUACCAGUUCAGGGUCCGAGCAGAGAACGCCGCCGGAGUCAGCGAGCCGUCCCGCAGCACUCAGCUCAUCAAGGCCGCAGACCCCGUCGAAAAACCGAAGGUGACUCUCCACGCUCGUGUGCAGUCCGGUCUGUGCAUUAAGAAGGGCGAGGAGAUCCGCAUUGACGCCUUCAUCUCCGGCUCCCCGUAUCCCAAAGUCAGCUGGCUGAGGAACAACGAGGACGUCACCAAAGAGCCGACCAAGAAGGUCGUCCCCCUCGUGAAGAAGAAGAAGACAGGGGCCAAGGUUUGUGUUCCUGAACCAGAGGAAGAGUUUUUAACUCCGAUGCGUGAGCGUCUGGGUCUAGAUCAGACCCAAAGGGGUCAGGCUGCACUGGUGAUCCGCGAUGCCGUCAGAGUCGACCACGGAGACUUCACCAUCCAGGUGGAGAACACUCACGGCGUCGCCAGCGCCUGCUGCGUCGUCAACAUCCUCGACAAACCCGGCGCUCCGAUCAACUUCACCUUCGACGAGAUCAGGAAGACCUCGGUCGUCUGUAACUGGGAACCUCCGGAGGACGAUGGAGGCUCCGAGAUCCUGAGCUACAUGCUGGAGAAGAAGGACAACAAGAACGAAGCGGUCGGCUGGAUCACCGUCACCUCCACACUGAAGGGCACCAGCUUCCCCAUCACCAAGCUCAUCGAGGGGAAGGAGUACAUCUUCAGGGUCACAGCCGAGAACAAAUUCGGCAGCGGGCCGCCGUGCAUCUCCGAGCCGGUGGUUGCCAAGAACCAGUUUGAUCCUCCCGACGCUCCCAACACCCCGAGAGUCCACGAGGUGACGGCGAGCUCCGCCCACAUCUCCUGGCACGAGCCGAAGGACAACGGCAGCCCGAUCCUGGGCUACUGGAUCGAGAGGAAGGAGGUGAACAGCAAACACUGGACCCGAGUCAACCGAGCUCUCCUGAACUCUCUGGAGGUGAAGGUCAGCGGCCUCAUGGAGGGACUCACCUACAUCUUCAGAGUGUGUGCCGAGAACCUGGCCGGGCCCGGGCCCUUCAGCGAGCCCACCGAACGCACCGUCGCCAUGGACGCCAUCCUGCCUCCCGGCCCCCCCACUCCAUGGAUCGUGGACACUGGGAAGGAUUCCGUCAUCGUGGCCUGGAAGCCCCCUCUGUACAACGGUGGAGGAGACAUCCUGGGGUACCACCUUGAGAAGGUUUUGGCCGGAGAGAAGGAGUGGACUCGAAGCACAGAGUUCAGGUGUAAAGAGCUAACGUACACUGUGACCGGUCUGACCGAGGGAGCAGAUUAUUACAUCCGCGUCAUCGCCAUCAACGAUGCCGGACCUGGAGCUCCCGGUGUGACCGAACCCGUCACCGUCAAAGAGCCUGAAGAACCUCCCGCUGUGGACUUUGACUCCUCUGUGAGGAACGGCGUCAUCAUCAAGGCCGGCGAGCUGCUAAGGCUGCCCGCCUUGGUGACCGGCCGACCCCAGCCCGAAGUCAAAUGGGCCAAAGACGACGCGGAAAUCGACAAAGAGCGUAUGAUCGUAGAGACGGAGGGCAAGAACAGCACUCUGUUCAUCAGGAAGGCUGUGAGGGCGGAUCACGGGAAGUACAAGAUCUCCGGCACCAACGGAAGCGGGACAAAGACCGCAGAGACCCGAGUGGACGUGAUGGACGUCCCCGGACCGGUGGUGGACCUGAAGACAGUGGUGGUGACCAAGAAGAACAUCACCCUCACCUGGUCAGACCCCUUGGAUAACGGUGGCAGUGACAUCUUUGGCUAUGAGGUUCUGAGAAAGGACGCCAAGAUGAAACUCUUCCGUCAGCCCAUUGAGACAGCGUCCUGCAAGUGCGACGUUCAGGGCCUUCUGGCCGGCGAGGAGUUUGACUUCAGGGUCAUCGCCAGGAACAAGUAUGGCGACGGAGCUCCGGCCGAUCUGGGACCCAUCCUGGCAGAGGACCCCAAAGGAACUCCUUCUGCUCCCAAGAAGCUGCACUACACCGACAGAAGCAAGAGCACCAUCACCUUGGCUUGGCUGCCGCCUCAGUCUGACGGCGGCAGCCCCAUCAUAGGCUACUACGUGGAGAAGAUGAGGUCAGAUGGAACAGAGUUCGAAGUGGCAAACCGCAAGCUCCUCACAGAGUGCUGCGCGAUCAUCGAGAACCUGUCGGAGAACCAGGAGUACCAGUUUCGCGUCAAAGCCGUGAGCGAGGUUGGGGACGGAGAUACCUCCAAGCCCAUCAGCGCCAAGAUCCAAGACGAUGAAAUUUCUCCAGUUAUCACCAUACUGAAGUUCUUCAAGAGCAACGCCAUCAAUGUGAGGAAAGGCACAGCCAUCGACAUCCCGGCGGAGGUGAAGGGACUUCCUCUGCCGACGCUCCAGUGGAUCAAGGACGACGUGGUGAUCGAGAAACCUGAAAACGAAGAGAAGAUGACGAUGGAGACUGAAGAGGUGACCCGGACCACUCUGAGGACUAAGAUCGCUUUGCCAGAAACCAUCAGGCAGGACAAGGGCAACUACAAGCUGGUGGCUGAAAACUGCUACGGCAAAGCUGAGCACGUCGUCCGGGUCGAGAUCCUGGACCGUCCUCUUCCUCCGAGGAACAUCGUGGUCUCGGACAUCAAGGCCGACUCAUGCUACCUGACCUGGGAUGCCCCGGAGGACAACGGGGGCAGCGAGAUCACCAACUACAUCGUGGAGCGCAGGGACGCCAGCAAGAAGAAGUCCGACUUCGAGGUCCUGACCGUCAACCUCAUCGACAGGAGAUACGGGGUCAACAAACUGAACCUGAACGGCAGCUACCAGUUCAGGAUCAAAGCCGAGAACAAGUAUGGUUUGAGUGACGGCUGCGAUUCAGAGAAGGUCCAGCUCAAGGAUCCGUUCGGCCUCCCGGGACCUCCACGUAACCCCAAAAUCAUUGCGGCCACGGCGACCAGCAUGACCGUGACCUGGGACCCGCCUCUGGACAACGGCGGCUCCACCAUCCAGGGGUACUGGUUGGAGAAGAGGGAGCGCGGAGCCGUUUACUGGGGCCGCGUCAACCGGGCUUCGCUCACCAAGCCGUCCGUGAAGGGCCUGGAGUACACCGUGCUGAAGCUCAUCGAAGGGUCCGAGUACCAGUUCAGGAUCGCAGCCUGCAACGCCGCCGGAGUCGGACCGCCCUGCGAGUCCAGCGAGUGCCGCCUCGCCGCGGAUCCAUGCAAAACCCCCUGCCCUCCCGGGUACCCCGAGGUUAAAGACAAGACCAAGAGCAGCAUCACGCUCACCUGGAGCCCGCCAGAGAGAGAUGGCGGCAGCCCCAUCAAGGGUUACAUCAUCGAGGUCCACGAGGAGGGCUCUCCUGAUUGGAGGAGGGUGAACCCCGCCGACAAGCUCCACCCGUCCACAGAAAUUACCGUCCCCGAACUGAAGGAGGGCAAGAAGUGCAAGUUCAGGAUCUACGCAGUGAACGCUGCCGGAAACUCCGAGCCCGCCAAGACGGGAGACAUCCUGGUUCAGGACAUCCUGAUCGAGCCGUCAGUGUCUCUGGACAUCAGCGCUCACGACCUGCUGAACUGCAGAGCCGGGACCCCCAUCAGGAUCCCCGCCACCAUCACCGGACGACCCGUUCCCAAAGUCACCUGGACCUUCGAUGGAACCGCCGAGACCGAGAAGAAAAACGAGCUCCACACGCUGCCCGUCGACUCCGAGAUCCAGACCACCGACACGACCUCGGUGGUCCUGAUCCCAGAGAGCAAACUGAACCACAGCGGCCGGUUCAUCAUCAACGCAGAGAGCGUCGCCGGACACAAGGUGGUCAAAGUCAGAGUCAACGUGCUCGACCUGCCGGGACCACCAAGAGACCUGAAGGUUAGCGACGUAACAAGGGGAACCUGCAGACUCACCUGGAAACCUCCAGAGAACGACGGGGGCGAGAGGGUGAAGAGCUACUUCAUCGAGAAGAAAGCGGUGGACGGCAAAGCCUGGACCAAGGUGAACCUGGCCUGUGCUGCUCAGUCCCUGGUGGUUCCAGACCUGAUCAACGGGCAGGAGUACCUGUUCCGCAUCCGGGCUGAGAACCGCUUCGGGUUCGGCCCGCUCGCCGAGACCACCGAGGGCACCAGAGCCAGAGAUCCAAUCCAUCCUCCCGAUCCUCCAACCAGGUUGAAGAUCCAGAGCGUGAGGAAGGGCGCCGUGAUGUUGACAUGGAAGGCUCCAAAGAACGAUGGCGGUUCACCCGUCACCCACUACAGCGUGGAUCUGCUUUGCUGGGAGGCCAGCAGCGCCCAGAAGGAGUCCUGGAGGAGGUGCAACCGGAGGGACGUGGACACCACCAGCUUCAAGGUGGAGGACCUGACGGAGGGAGACGAGUAUGAGUUCAGAGUGGUGGCUCACAACGAGGCCGGACCCAGCCGACCUUCCACCACAGCCGGACCCAUCGUCGUCCAGGACCAGACCUGCGCUCCGUCCAUCGAGCUGAAGGAGUUCAUGGAGGUGGAGCAGGGCUCCGACAUCAGCAUCGUGGCCACAAUCCGCGGCUGUCCGUUCCCCACGCUCACCUGGUUCAAGGCUCCGCCCCACAAGACCGACGACAAGGUGGAGGUUCAGUACGACGAGCACAUCAACAAGAUGGUGUCUGAUGACAGCUGCACGCUGCUCAUCCAGCAGGGCAAGCGGCCCGACACCGGCCUCUACACGCUGGUGGCCUCCAACAGCCUCGGCAAGGCCUCCAAGGAGAUGAGGCUCAAUGUGCUCGGCCGACCCGGUCCUCCCUCCGCUCCCAUCAAGUUUGAGGAGAUCGGUGCCGAGAGGAUCACGCUGUCGUGGCUGCCGCCGGCGGAUGACGGCGGCUCCAAAGUCACGAACUACGUCAUCUGGAGGCGCGUGGCCAACAGGAAGACCUGGGUCUCCGUCACCAACGAGCCCAAAGAGCGGAUCUGGACGGUGGAGAGCCUGAUGGCGGGACACGAGUAUGUGUUCCGCAUCAUGGCCCAGAACAAGUACGGCGUCGGAGAGCCGCUGGACAGCGAACCGGAGGUCGCCAGAAACCUCUACAGCGUCCCUGGUCAGUGUGAGAAGCCAACGGUCAGCGGCAUCACCAGGGACUCCAUGACCGUCAGCUGGGAGGAGCCCGAGGACGACGGCGGCACGCCGAUCACCGGCUACUGGCUGGAGCGCAAAGAGACGACGGGCAAACGCUGGACCCGCGUCAGCCGCGACCCCAUCCGGUCCAUGGGCAUGGGCGAGUCGCUCGUGGUCAGCGGACUCAUUGAGGGCUCACAGUACCUGUUCAGAGUAUCCGCCAUCAAUGCCGCAGGACCCGGACCCACCAGCCCCCCCACAGACCCCGUCUUCGCCAGAGACCCCAUCUCCCCGCCCUCUCCUCCGACCCCGAAGGUUUCUGAUUGGACCAGGUCGACAGUGGACCUGGUGUGGAUCCCUCCUCUUAAGGACGGAGGCUCCAAGAUCAUCGGGUACUGGGUGGAGUUCAAGGAAGAGGGCACCGAGGCCUGGGUCAAGGCCAAGGAAACAGAAAUCCGUGGCACCCGACUUGUGAUCGCCGGUCUGAAGACUGGCGGAAAAUACAAGUUCAGGGUGAUUGCAUUCAAUGCUGCUGGUAACAGCGAGCCAGGAGAAGUCCCGGAGGUGCUCGAGGUCAACGACAGAAACAUCGCCCCCGAGGUCGAUCUGGACGCCUCCGUGAAGGAGCGGAUGGUGGUCCACGCCGGCGGCGUCAUCCGUAUCAUCGCCUACGUGUCGGGCCAGCCGGCCCCGGAGGUCACCUGGAGCAGAGACGGAACCGAGUUGCCUCCUGAGGCUAAAGUGGAGACGACGGGCAUCAGCUCGUCUCUGGUCAUCAAACCCUGCAGCAGGAAACACCUCGGCGUUUACACGCUGACCGCCAAGAACGCUGGAGGGGAGAAGACCAAGAACAUCACCGUGGAGGUUUUGGACGUCCCCGGGCCCGUCGGCAUCCCCUUCACAGCAGAGAACCUGACCUCUGACUCCUGCAAGCUCAACUGGUUCUUCCCCGAGAACGACGGCGGGUCUCCCAUCAGCAACUACGUCAUCGAGAAGCGCGAGGCCGAGCGUAAGGCCUGGACCUCGCUGUCCUUUACCGCCAGCAGACAGAACGCCGUGGCUCACGGCCUCACCAUCGGAAAGUCCUACUUCUUCAGAGUGGCCGCCGAGAACGCCAUCGGCCUCGGACCCUUCAUGGAGACCGCAGCCGAGCUCCUCGCUAAGGAGCCAAUCAGUGUGCCCGACCGCCCCGAGGAGCUUGAAGUCACCAAGGUCACAAAGGAUUUGAUCAGCAUCACCUGGAAGGCGCCCAAGUUUGACGGCGGCUCAGAGAUCACCAUGUACAUCCUGGAGUCGCGUAUGAUCGGCAAAGACAAGUUCACCAGAGUUACAAAGGAGAAGCUGAUGGAGAGGAAAUACGACUACGAUGGCCUGAGGGAAGGAGACACCUACGAGCUCAGGGUCAUUGCCGUCAACGAAGUGGGACCCAGCAAGCCGUCAUUCUCCACCAAACCAAUCACCUGCAAGGACGAACUGGAGCCACCGACCAUCGAGCUGGACUUCCGCGAUAAGAUCAUCAUCCGUGUGGGCGAGAGCUGCCUGCUGCAGGGCCGCUACACCGGCAAACCCUCUCCGUCCAUCGCGUGGUACCGAGACGACGAGGAGCUGAAGGCCGACCAACACGUCAUGUUCAAGAACACGCUGACCACCAUGUCACUCGGCCUGAUGAAGGCUGAGCGCGAGCACAGCGGCAGAUACGUGGUGGUGGUGGAGAACAGCACCGGAUCCAGGAAGGGGGUCUGCAACAUCACAGUUGUCGACCGUCCAACUCCUCCUGUUGGCCCAGUGGUGUUUGAGGAGGUGCACAGGGAGUACAUGGUUGUCUCCUGGAAAGCUCCUCUGGACACCGGUGGCGUCGAUGUGUCCAACUACAUCAUCGAGAAGAGAGACACCAACAGAGAAGCCUGGACCACGGUGACGUCUGCCUCCACCAAGACCAUAUGCAAGAUCCCCAAGUUAACGGAGGGCAAGGAGUAUAUCAUGAGGAUCUUUGCUGAAAACAUGUACGGUAUCAGUGACCCUCUGGAGUCCGAGGAGAUGAGAGCCAAAGAUCUCUUCAGAGUUCCCGAGGCCCCUGAGAUGCCAACAGUGCGGGAGGUGUACGGCACCAAUGCCCUGGUGCUGUGGAACCGGCCUCGCGACGGCGGGAAGCCCAUCAUCAACUAUGUUCUUGAGAAGAAGGAGCCCACUGCAAAGAGGUGGUCCAGAGCCACCAGAGACCCGCUGUACCCGGCCACUCAGUACCAAGUCCAGGACCUGGUGGAGGGCUGUCAGUACGAGUUCAGGGUCAUGGCUGAGAACGAGCUGGGAACCGGAGACCCCAGUGUCCCCUCCAAACCCAUCCUCGCCAAAGAUCCCAUUGUGUGUCCGAGCCCUCCAGUGACCCCUGAGGCCUACGAUAAGACCAAGGACUCUGUCAGCCUGAAGUGGAAGUUGCCCCGUCAUGACGGUAAGGGCCGGAUCUUUGGCUACCUCGUUGAGUACCAGAAGCCCGGUACUGUGGAGUGGAAUCCGGCCAACGAGACCCCAGAGCAGUGCCCAGACCUCCACUAUGUAGCGACAGGCCUGGACGAUGGACAGGAGUACAACUUUAGGAUCUUCACCGUCAAUGCCGCCGGCAAAUCUGACCCUGCAUAUGUGAAACAGACCAUCAAAGUCCACGACAGACUGGAGGAGCCAGAGUUGCUUCUGGACGCCAACAUGGCACGGGACCACCUGGCCAUGCUGGGCACUGACAUCACCCUGAGUGCCACCAUCAAGGGUGUACCGACGCCCACCGUCAGCUGGAAGAAGAACGACGGUGACGUUCCUUCUCACGUCACCGUCGCUGUCACCACCAGCAGCAGCAAAGUCUUCAUCCCCAAGAGCAUCCGGGCAGACUCCGGCAACUACACGAUCACUGUGGAGAAUGCUGCUGGAAAGAAAUCAGCAACCGUUGCUGUACUUGUUCUGAACAAGCCGUCUCCUCCCAGAGACCUGGUGAUCUCUGAGGUGACCAGUGAGUCGGCCUACCUGACAUGGAAGGUUCCCGAGGACAAUGGUGGUGCCAUCAUCUCCCACUACGUCGUGCAUAAGAAGGACGUGGCCGCCGAGCAUUGGGUUCCCGUCGCUGCAUCCAAUAAGAAGCUAAGUCUGAUGGCCAUGUACUUGAUGGAAGGAAUCCAGUACCUGUUCAGGGUGGCUGCUGAGAACCAGUUUGGCAGGAGCGAAUAUGUGACCACCAGGACACCCAUUAAGGCUCUUGAUCCUCUCUAUCCUCCUGGCCCACCCAAAAACCUGCACCACACCGAUGCAGACAAGACAGAGGUGUGGUUGGAAUGGGAGUGGCCCGACCGCACCGGUGGAAGUGAAAUCACCGGCUUUAUUGUAGAGCACCAGGAAGAGGGACAGACUGACUGGGUCACAUUUAAGACCGUCAGCAACAACCAUGCCCACGUCACCGGUCUAGUGGAGGGCAAGACCUACCGCUUCAGGGUCAAGGCUCAGAAUGCCAUUGGUGUAAGCCGCCCUGACACCAGCGUCCCUGUCACCUGUCAGGAAAAGACAAUGCCACCAACUAUUGAAGUUGAUGUGAAGCUUAUUGAGGGUCUUGUUGUCAAAGCUGGUGCUGCCAUUGCCCUUCCAGCCAAGAUGACAGGCAUUCCCAUUCCCACUGCCAGAUGGGUGACCGAUGACAAGGAAAUCACAUCUGAGGGCCGCUAUCACAUUGAGACAGCUGGAUCCUCAACCAUCCUCAGUAUCCCUGAGAGCCAGAGAGGAGACACCGGAGAGUACAUCCUCACUGUGACCAAUCCUGCAGGCAGCAAGACCGUUGCCCUGCAUGUCACAGUGCUGGAUAUUCCAGGGCCACCCGUUGGACCCAUCAAUAUAUUGGAGGUUACCCCUGAUUACAUGGUAAUCCAAUGGAGGGCACCCAAGGAUGAUGGUGGCACACCCAUCAUCAGCUACGUGGUGGAAAAGAAGGAUGUGAAGAAGUCAUGGGAGCCCUGGUCGGUCGUUAGCUCCAGCGGCACCAGCACCAAAGCCAAGGUGUCCAGGCUGGAGAAGGGCCGUGAGUACAUCGUCCGCGUUCGUGCUGAGAACAAGAUUGGCAUCGGCGCAGGGCUUGAGAGUCCACCCACUAUUGCCAAGCACAUGUUUAACCCUCCUGGUCCACCAGGCCAGCCAGAGUGCUCUGAUAUCACUGAGAAUGCUGUGACAGUGGAAUGGACCCUGCCUGACUAUGAUGGAGGCAGCCCCAUCAGUGGAUAUGUGAUUGAACGCAGAGAAAUGACAGGAAAGUGGAUUCGUGUCAACAAAACUCCCGUGCUAGACCUGAGAUACAGAGUCUCAGGCCUGUUUGAAGGCAACAGCUAUGAGUUCAGAGUAUUUGCUGAGAAUAUUGCUGGUAUCAGCGGGCCUUCUGCCACCUCUGACUCCGUCAAGGCCACUCGUGCCAUCACCAAACCCGGACCCCCUGGCAAUCUGAAAUUGAAAGACUGGAGCAAGUCUUAUGCUGACAUCUGUUGGACCAAGCCUACAAGGGACGGAGGCAGUCCUAUUCUGGGCUAUGUUGUUGAGGUUCAAAAGUCAGGAUCCGCCCAGUAUGACAGAAUCAACAAGGACCUUAUCAAGAUGUGUGCCUAUAGAGUGCCAGGCUUCAUUGAAGGAAUGGAGUACAGGAUUCGCAUCAGAGCCACUAACAAGGUUGGAGACAGUGAACCCAGGGACCUGGCCGAGACUAUCUUAGCAAAGGACAUCCUGGUGCCACCUGAGGUCGUUGUCGACGCAUCCUGCCGCGACUCUCUGACUGUCAGGGCAGGUCAGAUCAUAAGUUUGAUCACAAGGGUGAAAGGCAGACCAGACCCAGAGAUCACAUGGACCAAGGAUGCCAGAGCUGUAUCCCGGGACAAGCGCAUUGAGAUGAACAACAACUAUCCUCUGUGUGAACUGGUCAUUAGCGAUGCAGUCAGGUCAGACUACGGUAAAUAUGCCAUCAACGCCAAGAACAGUAGUGGACAGGCACAAGCCACCAUUAUUGUCAAUGUUCUGGACACACCAGGGGCUUGCCAGAACCUGAAAGUGGCUUAUGUGACCAAGAACUCAGGCAUGGUUUCCUGGGAGAACCCUGAAGACAAUGGAGGCACUGAGAUCAACCAGUACCUUAUUGAGUGUCGUCAGUCCAGCCAGAGAGGAUGGACUGUGGUGUCCAAUGACUGCACCAAGCGCUUAAUAAAGGCCCCUCUUACUGAAGGCUGUGAGUACUUCUUCCGUGUCAGCGCAGAGAACAAGAUUGGUGCUGGUCCAGCUACUGAGACCAAGAACCCUGUGCUAGCAGUUGAUCCCAUUGAGAAGCCUGGUGAACCCAUUGACUUGCACAUUUCUGAGAUCGGCAAGACCUUCUGCUUCCUCAAGUGGAGGAAACCAGACUAUGAUGGAGGUAGUCGUAACCUGGGUUAUCAUGUUGAGAAGAAACCAAAGGAGGCUGAGGAGUGGGAGAGGCUUCAUAAGGGUGCUAUCAAGGAGACUUACUUCAUGGCUGACAGGUGCAUCGAAAACCAGAUCUAUCAAUUCAGAGUUCAGACUAAGAAUGAGGGAGGCGAGAGUAACUGGGUGGCCACACCUGAAGUCCUGGUUAAGGAACAGCUAGUGGAGCCUGAAGUCAAGAUUAAACUGGAUGGAACAAUCGUGGUCAAGGCAGGAGACUCCAUUCCUAUUGAGGCAACAGUGAAGGGCAAACCCCAGCCUGAUGUCAAAUGGACCAGAGAUGAGAGCACAAAGGAGAUAAGGAAGGGCCCCAGGCUUCAGAUCGAAACCGGUGCUGACUUUUCAAAGCUGCUGAUUACCGGCGCCAGGCGCACUGACACUGGUAAAUAUGUUGUAACCGCCUCAAACAGUGCAGGAACCAGCUCUGCUCAUGCUAAGCUCAAUGUACUGGAUAGACCAGGCCCCAUCAACGACCUCAAGGUGUCUGGUAUAACCAUCGACAGAUGCCAUUUGGCAUGGGAAGUGCCAGAGGAUAAUGGUGGCUGUGAUAUCUACAACUACAUCAUUGAGAAAUGUGAGACCAAGAGGGGAGUCUGGUCGGUCCACUCCAAUGCUGUCAUCACCAAUAAAGCUAACGUCACCCGUCUCAUUGAGGGCAAUGAGUAUGUCUUCAGAGUUCGUGCUGAGAAUAAGAUGGGUCCUGGCCCUGCAGUGGAGAGUGAAUCGAUUGUUGCAGGCACCCAGUUCAGUGUACCUGAUGCUCCUGAGGCACCAGAGGUCACCAAGAUUGCCAAAGAAGAGAUGACUGUGCAAUGGUCAGAGCCCGAGAGAGAUGGUGGAAAGCCAAUCACAGGGUAUCUGUUGGAGAAGAGGGAAGAGCAUGCUGUUAGGUGGUCGCCUGUCAACAAGGAUCCAAUCCCUACUACUCGUUUCACGGUUACUGGACUUCUGCCACUCCAUGACUACCAGUACAGAGUCAAGGCUGUCAAUGAAAUUGGCAAUGGAAGCCCAAGCAAGCCUUCAUGUGCCAUCACUGCCAAGGACACAGUUGAGCCUCCUGCACCUCCUACCAACAUGAAGGUCCUGGACAGCACCAAGUCCUCCAUCACCCUGGGCUGGACCAAACCUGUAUCAGAUGGUGGAGCUCCCAUCAUUGGCUACGUUGUAGAGAUUAGGGCGCAGGGAAGUGUCAAGAAAGGGGACGAUGGUUGGAAGAGGUGCAAUGUGGCAGCUCAGCUGAUCGUGUGCGAGUUCACGGUCUCAAGUCUGAAUAACGAGCUUGUGUAUGAGUUCAGAGUGUCAGCUCAGAACCAGGUGGGCAUGAGCCUGCCCUGUGACCUGGAGGGGGGUGUGAUCCCCAGGGAGAUUCUAGAGGCACCAGAGAUUGACUUGGACGCAAGUUUGAAGCAGGGUCUGACGGUGAGAGCCGGCUGUCCUAUCAGACUAUGCGCCACCAUCAGGGGUAGACCGCCACCCCAGGUCACUUGGAGGAGGAUGGGUAUUGACAACGUGGUCAGGAAGGGAAAAGUCGACAUCAUUGACACCAUGACUUUCCUGGUCAUCCCCGACAGCACCCGCAAUGACUCUGGCAAAUACUGCCUGACGCUUCGCAGUCCUGCCGGAGAGAAGGCUGUAUUUGUCACCGUUAAGGUUCUGGACACUCCGGGACCGGUGGUGGAUCUGGAAGCGACCGACAUCAAACAGACAUCAGCUCUGCUGUCCUGGAAUCCUCCAGAGAUCGAUGGUGGCAGCGAAGUCACUCACUACAUUGUUGAGAAGCGCGAGAUCGACCGCAAGACGUGGGCAACUGUCAAAGCCGAGGUUGCAAAGGAUAAGAUUCCCUUCAAAGUCAGCGGUCUCAUGCCAGGCACCGAAUACUACUUCAGAGUCACAGCUGUCAAUGAGUAUGGUUCUGGAGUUCCUAAGGUGUCACCCACUUCCUACAUGGCCUCCGAUCCUGUCAGCAAGCCCGAUCCUUGUGAGAAGAUCGAAGUUCUGGAGAUCACUAAGAACAGUGCCGCAGUCGGCUGGGUGAAGCCCGCAAGAGAUGGUGGUGCCAAGAUUGAUGGUUAUAUCAUUGAAUACAUUGAGGUCAAGCCUCCUCCAGAGCCUCCAGCACCUGUGGAGGUUUAGGGAGAGGAAGCUCCUCCACCACCUACAGUGGUAGAGGAGGAUGAAGAACCUGAAAAGGAAGUGUGGAACUCCUACACCACAGUGAAAGGUUUGACAAUCAGCAUCAGCGGCUUGAAGGAGGGCAAGAGGUACAAGUUCAGAGUGGCUGCUAAGAACAUCAUGGGCCACAGCUCGUUCACCGAGACCAGGGAGCCAAUCGAGAUCAAGGAACAGAUGAUGGAACCAAAGAUCGUCAUGCCAGAGACAGUGAGCGCCAGAGCCGGAGCCAAGCUCAGAGUGGAGGCGCUGGUUUCUGGAAAACCCACCCCGGCCUGCAAAUGGAUGCGUGGUGAGGACGCAGUGGUCCCGUCCAGCCGUCUGGCCGUGCACCAGUCUGGCAGCAUCUGUGUCCUGAUCAUCAAAGACGUGUCAAGGACUGACAGCGGAGAGUACAGCCUGGUGGCUGAGAACAGCUCCGCAAAGGUGGUUGAGUCCCUGAAGAUGGUCAUUCGAGACAUCCCCGGCGCUCCCGAAGGCCCCGUAGAGAUCAGCGACAUUGACUCUGAUGCCUGCUCCCUGUCCUGGAACAAACCAUUGGAGGACGGAGGCAGCAAUAUCACCAACUAUGUGGUGGAGAAAUGUGAUGUGACACGAGGCGACUGGGUGACGGCAACCUCUUCUGGUCAGAAAACCAGUUGCAGGCUUGGGAAACUCAUCCCUGGGAAGGAGUAUGCAUUCCGUAUACGUGCUGAGAACCGCUUCGGGGUGUCGGACCCUAUUCAGUCCGACAGGAUGGUUGCAAAGUUCCCCUUCGAUGUUCCGAGUGAGCCCCUCAACUGCCGUAUCAACAAGACCAACAAGGACUGUAUGUUCGUUGCCUGGGAUAAGCCCGAGACCGACGGCGGCAGUCCCAUCACAGGCUACUACAUCGAGCGUAAGGAGAGGAACAGCCUGCUGUGGGUGAAGGCCAACGACACUGUCGUACGCACCACUGAGUACCCAUGUGCCGGCCUCAUCGAGGGCCUGGAAUACACUUUCAGAGUGUCCGCCAUCAACCGCGCUGGCCAGGGCAAACCAUGCAAGAAGACUGACUUUGUCACGGCUAGAACACCUGUUGAUACUCCAGGUAAACCUGAGAUCCUGGAUGUAACCAAGAACUCGGUCACUCUGGUUUGGACCCGUCCCAAGAACGACGGUGGGAGCAAGAUCAUUGGCUACUACGUCGAGGCCAUGCAGUUGCCAGGAGACACCUGGAUACGCUGUAACACCAGUAGCCAGAAUGUCCCAAGAGAGGAGUAUACAGUGACUGGUCUGGAAAGAGACCUGCAGUACCAGUUUAGAGUAUUCGCCAAAACCGCCGUCAAUAUGAGCAAACCCUCUGAGCCCACAGACCCCGUGUUGGUCUGUGCCGAGAAUGUUCCUCCAAGGGUGGAGCUCAACGCUAAGAUGCAGAAAGGUUUGAAGGUGAAGGCCGGAACCACAAUCCUCCUGGAGGCUGAGGUGUUCGGUAAGCCAAUGCCCAGAGUGACGUGGAAGAGAGCUGAUGACAACCUGAAAUCAGGUGAAGGCCAGAUCCUCAGCCACGAGAGGAAUCACUUCCAGCUGGAGAUGACAGAAGUCACCAAGGAGCACACAGAAACCUACAUCAUUCUGGCAGAGAAUGCUAGCGGCUCCAAGACUGCCGAAAUCCAGGUCAACGUCCUGGAUGUGCCUGGCCCUCCUGCCAGUGCCAAAUGUGUUGAGGUGUUUGCCACCAGUAUCAAGAUGUCCUGGGAGCCUCCUCUGAAGGAUGGCGGCGCUCCCAUCAGCAACUACAUUUUCGAUAAGCGUGAGACUAGCAGAGCUAACUGGGCCCAGGUCUCCGCCAAGAUCAAAGGCAAUGUCCUUGAGUUCAAUGUGGAGAAGCUGAUUGAGGGUCGCGAGUACCAGUUCCGAAUCCGUGCUGAGAACACAUGGGGAGUCGGAGACCCCCUCAUCACCAACCCUGUAGUCGCCAAGAACCCAUUCACUGUCCCUGGCCCUUGCGAGGCCCCAGUGAUCACCAAUGUGAGCAAAGAUCGUAUGACAGUGAGUUGGAAGGAGCCUGCCGAUGAUGGAAAGUCCACCGUCCUAGGUUACAUGUUGGAAAAGAAAGAGAAUAAAGAGAUAAACUGGACAAAGCAGACCAGGAAGCCCAUGACAGAGAGGAGCCUGGAGGUCACAGGCCUAACAGAGGGAGCUGAGUACGAGUUUAGAGUCAGCGCCGUCAACGUGGCAGGAGUGGGCAAGCCCAGCUGGCCCUCCACUGGCACCACUGCACAGAAUCCUAUCACUCCUCCUGGCCCUGUUGUGAACCCCAGUGUGAUAGACACAACCAACAGCACCAUCAGCCUAACCUGGACUGCCCCCGCCAACGAUGGUGGAAGUCCUAUCAUUGGAUACUUGGUGGAAUGCAAGAAGACCGACACCACAGACUGGAUCCGCUGCAACGUCCCCAGGAACCUGCAGGACACCAGCUACACCAUCCAGAACCUCAUUCACAAGGCCGAGUACCAGUGCCGCAUCACUGCUGUCAACAAGGUUGGCUUCAGCGAGCCAGUUGAAGUACCCGGCAAGCAUGUUGCCAAAAACAUCAUCAUUGCUCCAGAGGCGGAGCUGAGUGCGGAGCUGAAGGAAGGCCUUGAGCUGCGUGCCGGUGCAACCAUGAGGCUGCAUGCCAUCAUCAAGGGCAGUCCCAUUCCCAAGAGCACCUGGGCAAAGAUGAACACCAACAUCAAGGACCGCCAGGGUGUUGUCAUUAAAUACACCAGCACUGACGCCCUGGUGGUGGUGGAGAAUGUCAACAGAUAUGAUGCUGGCAAAUACAUUCUGAGCCUGGAGUGCUUGGCUGGCGUAAAGAUGUACACCAUUGUUGUCAAGGUUAUUGAUACUCCCGGCCCACCAGUCAACCUCACGGUGAAGGAGUCAAACAAAGACAGCGCCUCCAUCUACUGGGACCCUCCUCAGCUUGACGGUGGCUAUGAAGUCACUCACUACAUCGUGGAGAAGCGUGACACUGAGAGGAAGGCCUGGUCCAUCAUCUCCAACAACUGCACCAAGACAUUGUUCAAGGUGCCGGACCUGGAUGCCGGACGGUCCUACUGUUUCAGAGUGUCGGCAGUUAACGAGCUCGGUGCCGGAGAGUGUUGCGAGACAGCCGACUCAGUCAAAGCAUCUGAGGAGCCUGGGCCUGUCAUGGACUUCAAGACUCUGCUGGUUACCAAGUACUCUUGCACUCUAAGCUGGAAGAAACCCCUCACCGAUGGUGGCAGCCGCAUCAUCUGCUACGUAUUGGAGGUUCUCAAUGGUGACGACAAAUACAAGGAGCUAAUGAGGUCCAAGAACAUGCAGUACAGCGCCAAGGACCUGGUAGAGGGCAAAGAGUACACCUACAGAGUCAAGGCUGUGAAUGACUCAGGAGAGAGUGCUGUCAAGGAGCUGAAUGUGGUCGCCAAAGACCAGAUCAUUCAUCCCAGCUGUGACCUGAGGGAGCUGCCCAACAUGUGCUACAUUGCCAAGGAGGGCAGCAUUGUUCGUCUAAAGAUCCCGAUCAUCGGCAAACCCACUCCCAAGGUCUCCUGGAAGAAGGGAGAUGAGGAGAACCUGACAGACACCGGCCGAGUAUGCGCAGAGUCUUCCGCAGUCAACACCACCCUCCUGAUCAGGGACUGCCUGAGGAGUGAUGCUUCCAAGUACACCAUCACCCUGAGGAAUAGCGCUGGAAGCAAGGAGUCCACUAUCUUCAUUAGGGUGGUGGGCAAACCUGGCAUUCCUAUUGGACCCAUUAAGUUCAAAGAUGUUACGGCCGACGGUGCUACGCUGAAGUGGGUUGCUCCUAAGGAUGACGGUGGCUCAGAGAUCACAAACUACAUCCUAGAAAAGAGGGACUCAGUCACACACAUGUGGGUGACUGUGUGCUCCACUGUGGAGACCAACACCAUGAGGGUGACUGGUCUCCAUGAGGGCACAGAGUACAUCUUCAGAGUUUGUGCUGAGAACAAAUAUGGCGUUGGAGAGGGACUCAAGUCUGAGCCAAUUGUUGCUAAACAUCCAUUCAAUGUUCCUGAUGCUCCUCUUCCACCUCAAAUCAUGAGCAUGCGCCACAACUCUGCUUACCUGGCCUGGUCUGACCCCAGGAAGACUGGAGGGUCACCCAUCACAGGCUACCAUGUUGAGUUCAAGGAGAGGAACAGUAUGUUGUGGAAGAGAGCGAGCCCGUCUGCUUUGAGGAUGAAGGAACACAAGGUAACUGGGCUGACUGAAGGUCUGGAAUACGAGUUCAGAGUCAUGGCAAACAACCUGGCUGGCACUGGCAGACCAAGUGCUCCCACCGAUCCACAGGUGGCCUUGGAUCCCAUUGAUGCCCCUGGGAAACCUGAUGUGAUCAGCAUCACCCGAAGCACCGUGACCCUCCAGUGGAUCGAGCCACAGUCUGAUGGUGGCCACAGACUGACCGGCUAUAUCGUUGAGAGGCGCGACCUGCCCUCUAAGAUCUGGGUGAAGGCCAACAACGUUAAUGUUGUGGAACCUGCAUUCACUGUCACUGAUUUGCAGGAGGGCUGUAAAUAUGAAUUCAGAAUCAGGGCAAAGAAUUCCGCUGGCGCCAUCAGCCCGCCCUCCGAGCAGACAGAUACUAUAAUCUGCGCAGAUGAAUAUGCUGCCCCAACUAUUAUCAUUGAAGCUCAGGUAAAGGAGGGUCUGACCGUCCGAGCCGGCGACACUAUUGUCAUCACUGCCACAAGCAUUUUAGGCAAACCUGCGCCAACCUCAUGCUGGUCAAAGGGAGGAAAGUAUUUCAAACCCUCUGAUCUUGUUCAUAUUGAGACCACUGCAACUUCCUCCACUCUGUCCGUCAAGUAUGCCGGCAGGAAGGACUCUGGGGAGUAUGUCAUCACUGCCAGCAAUCCCUUUGGUGUAAAUGAAGAAACCGUCAAAGUCACCGUUCUGGAUGUUCCUGGAGUUCCUGGACCCAUUGAAACCAGUGGUGUGUCGUCUGAAAAGGUGACUCUUACCUGGACAGCUCCUACCGAGGAUGGAGGCUCUCCAAUCAAGUAUUACACCAUUGAGAAGAGAGAAACCAGCCGCCUGCUCUGGACUAUCCUGGAAGAGAAGGUCAUCGACUGUCACUAUGUCGCUACCAAACUCAUCCAAGGCAAUGAGUACUUCUUCAGAGUCUCUGCCCUAAACCAGUACGGUACCGGUGAGGCAUCUCACUCCGAGGCAGUCAAGAUGGUUGAUAGAUUCGGUCCUCCUGGUUCCCCAUCUAAACCAGAAGUUGACAAAGUCGAUGGACAUUCAGUCACUGUAACCUGGAGGAGACCAGCCGAGGAUGGAGGAAGUGACAUCAUAGGUUACUGUGUUGAGAAGAAGGAGAAAAAGGGCAUGAGAUGGGUCAGGGCAUCCAAGAAAUCCCUUGCUGAGCUCAGCUAUGAAGUCACCGGUCUCACUGAGGGCAUAGAGUACGAGUUCCGUGUUCUUGCUGAGAACAGAGCUGGCGUUGGAGAGCCAAGUGAACCAUCUAUGCCGGUCAGAACAAUAGUCGCUGCCUAUGUGCCUGGACCUCCAUUCAAUCCAAGAGUCACAGACACAACCAAGAGGACUGCCACUCUGAACUGGGGGAAACCUCUUGAUAAUGGUGGACUUGAAGUGACUGGAUAUAUGAUUGAACACAAGAAGGAAGGAACAGAAGAAUGGGUGAAGGACACCCCUUCAUCUCCACUUAGGAUCACAGAGUUUGUUGUUCCCGGGCUGGAAACUGGUGCAAAAUACCACUUCAGGAUUAGCGCUGUAAAUGCUAAGGGAGCAGGUGAACCUGCUGAAACUCAGGAACUGUUUGAGAUUGUGGAGCGUCCAGCUGAACCCGAUUUGGAGCUGGAUGUUGAGCUGAGAAGAACCCUUGUCGUCAGAGCUGGCUGCUCCAUUCGCCUCUUUGUACCAAUCAAGGGACGGCCAACACCUACUGUCACCUGGACUAAGGAGGGUGGUCCCGUUCCACGUGCCGUCAUUGACAGCACAGAGUCAUUCACAAUGCUGAUCAUCCCUGAGAGUUCAAGGAUUGAUGUGGGUAAAUAUGAGCUGACCCUCGAAAACUCAGCUGGAAAGAAGAGUGCCGCUGUACAUGUGAGAGUUCUGGACUCACCUGGACCUCCACUUAACCUAAAACCAGUCAAGAUUGACAAGGAAAGCAUUACUCUUCAGUGGGAGAUGCCUCUCAUUGAUGGUGGAGCCAAGAUCACCAACUACAUCAUUGAGAAGAGAGAAUCAACACGCAAGGCUUUUGCUACUGCUGUUACAAAAUGCCCAAGCACCUCAGUCAGGAUAGGAGAUCUAGGUGAAGGCUGUGAGUACUAUUUCAGAGUGUCUGCCGAGAAUGAGUAUGGCAUUGGUGAGGCGGCUGAAACUGCUGAUCCAAUUCGUGCAUCGCAGACACCAACUCCUCCAGAGAGCAUUAUUCCUACUGAUAUCACCAAAAACUCUGUGAGUCUGGCCUGGACCAAACCCAAGCAUGAUGGUGGAAGCAGAAUUACGGGAUAUGUCCUUGAAGCCCAGAAGAAGGGAACUGAUCCGUGGGCACAUGUAACAGCAGUCAAGAACAUGGACUUCACAGUGAAGAAUCUUAAUGAGACGGAGGAGUACAUUUUCCGCGUAAUGGCUGUCAACAAUUCAGGUAGAAGCGUUCCACGUGAGAGCAAACCCAUUGUUGUCAAAGAUUCUACUUUGCUGCCACAGUUCGACCUCCGUGGUGUAUGUCAGAAGACUGUUAUUGCCAAGGCAGGAGAUGAUAUCAAGGUGGAAAUUCCAGUGAUGGGACGUCCUAGACCAAUAAUCUCUUGGCAAAAGGAUAGCACAGCCAUGAAGCUCACACAGAGAACCACUGUGGAAACUACUGCUGCCACUGUUAUCCUCAGCAUCGGUGAAUGCAACAGAGCUGACAGUGGUUUAUACACAAUGACAGGAAAGAACAUAGUUGGUUCUGUGACAGACAACAUCAUCGUUAAAGUGCAUGAUGUACCUGGGCCACCCAAGGGACCAGUUAACAUUGUGGAGAUAGCUCGUACCUAUUGCAUCUUUGCGUGGGACACUCCCGAGAAUGAUGGAGGUGUUCCAAUCAACAAUUAUGUGGUUGAGAUCAGAGACACCACUUCCCAAACAUGGACAGAGCUGUCUUCCACGGUCAUCCGUACUAUGUUCAAAGCCAUUCGCUUAAACACUGGAUCAGAGUACCAGUUCAGAGUAAAGGCUAAGAACAGAUAUGGUGUUGGACCUCCCAUCACCUCACACUCAGUGGUGGCUGCCUAUCCUUUCAAAGUCCCUGGACCUCCUGGUACUCCUGGUGUUGUUGCAUUUACCAAGGACUCCAUAACAAUUGGCUGGAAUGAGCCUGUGGUUGAUGGUGGAAAUGAAGUAAUUGGUUAUCAUGUUGAGAGGAAAGAAAGAAGCAGCAUUAUGUGGCAGAAGAUCAGCAAGAGUCUUGUGAGAGGAAACCUCUUUAAAUCCAGUGGGCUUGAAGCUGGAUCUGCUUAUGAGUUCCGUGUCAUGGCUGAAAACAUGGCUGGAAUUGGUAAGCCCAGCAAAGCCUCAGAACCAAUACUGGCCUUGGACCCUGUAGACCCACCAGGUCAACCUGAGCCAAUACUUGUCACCAAGAAUGUCAUUACCAUUCAGUGGACAAAGCCUGAGUAUGAUGGUGGUUUUAAAAUCACUGGCUACACAGUAGAAAAGAAAGAACUGCCUACUGGGCGCUGGAUCAGAGCCAACUUCACCAACAUCACUGAGACCACAUUCACUGUCAGUGGACUGACUCAAGAUGCCUCUUAUGAAUUCCGUGUUAUAGCCAGAAACUCAGCAGGUGCAGUGAGCUUGCCCUCUGAGACAUCAGACCCAAUUACCUGCAAAGAUGACAUUAUUGAGCCCCGCAUUAUGGUUGAUGCCAUCUUUAAGGAUGUUGUUCUACUGAAGGCAGGAGAGUCCUUCAAGCUUGAUGCUGACAUUGCUGGUCAACCAACCCCAUCUAUGGCUUGGACCAAGAAUGGAAAGGAGGUUGACAACACAAUGAAACUGGAUGUAAAGUUUACAGAACUGACAACUACUCUUACCAACAAGGACUCUAUAAGAUCAGAUGGAGGAGAAUUUGUUUUGACUGCCACUAAUGUUGGUGGAUUUGCUAAGCACAUUUUUAAUGUCAAAGUGCUUGACAGACCUGGACCACCAGUUGGACCUCUUGAUGUGUCCAAUGUCAACGCUGACAACUGUGUAAUCACCUGGGCUCCACCUGCAGAUGAUGGAGGUGCCAAGAUAGAAGGAUACGUGAUUGAGAAGCGUGAGUCAAGCAGACUGGUUUGGACCAAUGUGAUUUCAGACUUGCAAGUUACACAAUAUAAGGUGACCAAGCUGCUCAAAGGAAAUGAAUAUAUCUUCAGAGUUAUGGCAGUAAACAAAUUUGGACUUGGCGAGUCUCUUGAUUCAGAACCCACUAUUGCAGACAACCCAUAUGUGGUUUCAGAUCCUCCAGGGAAUCCUGAGGUAACAGCUAUUACUAAAGAUUCAAUGAUUGUUAUGUGGCAAGUGCCUGUGAGGGAUGGUGGAACUCCCAUCACCAACUACAAUAUUGAAAGGAAAGACAGAAUAGGCCUCCGCUGGGUAAAAUGCAACAAGAGGAAGGUCAAAGAUCUACAAUUCAAGGCAGCAGGCCUUGUUGUCGGACAUGAAUAUAAGUUCAGAAUUGUUGCUGAGAAUGCUGCUGGAGUGAGUGCUCCAAGUGUCUCAAGUCCAUUCUACAAGGCCACUGAUGCACUGUACAAGCCAGGGGCCCCAUGCAAUCCCAGAAUCUUGGACACAACCAAGUCCUCAAUUACUGUUGCAUGGAACAAACCUGUAUAUGAUGGUGGCUCUGACAUCACUGGCUACAUUGUGGAGACCUGCGUCCGAUCUGAAAAGGAGGAAGAGGAGGAAUGGACGAUUGUGACACCCAAAGAAGGACUCCUUGCCACUUCGUUUACCAUUAUUAACCUGAAGGAGAACCAGGAGUACAAGAUUAAUAUCUCUUCCGUAAACAGUGAAGGAGUUGGCGAUGCAGCAUCUGUACCUGACAAUACCAAGGCAGAGGACAGGCUCCUGCCACCUGAGAUGGAUUUGGAUGCUGAGCUCCGCAAGCUUAUCAGUCUUCGAGCUUGCUGCUCACUCAGACUGUUUGUGCCUAUCAGAGGCAGACCAGCUCCUCAGGCUAAAUGGACCAAAGGAGAUGGUGAACGUAUUGAGAGGGCAACCAUUGACAGCACAACAUCAUACACCUUACUUGUAAUUGAAAAUGUCAACAGAUUUGACAGUGGAAAGUAUAAUCUUACAGUUGAAAACAGCUCCGGAUCCAAGACAGUUACAGUCCAAGUCAGGGUGCUUGACACACCAAGUGCCCCACAGAAUCUCAAGAUUACUGCUAUAACAAAGGAAUCUGUCACUUUGAUUUGGGAGCCACCUGUAAAUGAUGGAGGAGUUAAGGUUAAAAACUACAUUGUUGAAAAACGCGAGUCCACAAGGAAAGCAUAUGCCACAGUCAAUGCUAACUGCCAUCAUACCACAUUUACAGUUGGCCAGCUCUUGGAAGGAUGCAACUAUUACUUCAGAGUUUUGGCUGAGAAUGAAUAUGGCAUUGGCCUUCCCAUUGAAUCUGGUGAAUCAGUUAAAGUGUCUGAGAAACCACAGCCACCUGGCAAAGUCUCUCUUAAGGAUGUUACCAAGAGCAGUGUCACCCUCUCCUGGGAGAAGCCAGCGCAUGAUGGUGGCAGCAGAGUGGGCUGUUAUGUUGUUGAGAUCCAGCCUAAGGGUGUUGAUAAGUGGAGCCAGUCCGUGAUCGUAAAGGAAACAGAAGCUACUAUUAGUGGACUCAAUGCAGGUGAAGAAUACAUGUUCCGUGUUGCAGCAAGAAAUGAGAAGGGAACAAGUGACCCACGACAGAUUGGUGUGCCUGUGAUCGUAAAAGAUCUUGUGUUUGCACCUGUUGCCAAGAUGUUGUUCAACACAUUCAGUGUGUUAGCCGGAGAAGACCUGACAGUAGAAGUUCCUUAUGUUGCACGUCCAAAAGCAGCUGUCUCCUGGGUAAAAGAUGGUCAGCCUCUGAAGAGAACUACCAGAGUAAACUUUGGAGCAACAGAGACAAUGCUGAACCUCAAGAUAAAAGAGGCUACUCGAGAUGAUGUUGGACAGUACCAUAUUACUAUUAGCAACACAGCAGGAGAGACAACAGCCGACAUUGGCAUUGUUGUACUAGACAAACCAGGACAGCCAGGAGGUCCAGUUAAGGUGGAGGGGGUCACAUCUGACAGUGUAACCAUCUCCUGGAACCUACCAGAAUAUGAUGGUGGAUGCACAAUCAAAAACUACAUUGUGGAAAAGAGAGAUACAUCCACAACUGCCUGGAUGAUUGUAUCUCCAAACCUGGCAAGGACCAAAAUAAAGGCAGGCAGGUUGAAGACUGGUUCUGAGUAUCAAUUUAGAAUCACAGCAGAAAACAGAUAUGGAAAAGGUCCAGCUCUUCUCUCAGAGUGUAUUGUGGCUCAAUACCCAUACAAGCUCCCAGGACCACCAGGAACACCAUCCAUUGCAGUCUGCACCAAAGACAGCAUGGUGGUGGCCUGGAAUGAACCUGUGAUUGAUGGUGGCUGCACUAUCUUGGGCUACCAUCUUGAACGCAAAGAGAGAAACAGCAUCCUUUGGGUCAAACUCAACAAGUCUCUUAUUACUGACCAAACCUUCAGGACUUGUGAUCUGGAACCAGGAAUGGAAUAUGAGUACAGAGUUUAUGCAGAAAAUAUUGUCGGAACAGGCAAAGUGAGCAAAGUAUCUGAGGGACAAGUUGCUAGAGAUCCUUGUGAUCCCCCUGGCACCCCAGAGGCAACAAAGAUCACUAAAGACUCCAUAACCAUUGUUUGGACCAAGCCUGAAUAUGAUGGUGGUGCAAAGGUUACAGGUUACGUUGUGGAAAAGAAGGAGCUUCCUGAAGGUCGUUGGCUGAAGGCUAACUUCACCAAUGUCAUUGAGACAGAAUACGUUGCAACUGGACUUGUGCAGGAUGAUCAGUAUGAGUUCCGUGUCAUUGCCAGAAAUGCUGCUGGUGUUUUCAGUCUGCCCUCUUACAGCACCGGUCCUAUCACUGCCAGGGAUGAAAUUGAACCACCACGCUUCAGUAUUGACCCAGAGUAUACACAGACUGUUGUAGUUAAUGCCGGAGACAACUUCAAAAUUGAUGCAGAUGUUCAUGGCAAACCAUUGCCCUCUAUAUACUGGAUGAAGGGAGAGCAGGAGCUGGGCAACACUAUUCAUAGAGAAAUUAAGAACACACCCAUCAAAGCUUAUAUAUCUGUCAAGGAAGCUAAACUUUCCGAUGGAGGCCAAUACACUCUGCUGUUGAAAAAUCCAGGGGGAGAAAAGGCUGUACAGGUCAAUGUUGUUGUUCUAGAUAAACCUGGCGAACCACAGGGACCUUUUGUUGUUACAGGAAUAACCAAAGACCGAUGCUGCCUUGCAUGGAAACCACCACUACAAGAUGGUGGCAGCAAGAUCUCUCACUACAUUGUAAAGAGGAGAGAGACAAGCAGGCUAGUCUGGACUGUUGUUGAUUCAAAAGUAGAGAAGAUUUGUUUAAAGGUCACAAAGCUCCUGGAAGGAAAUGAGUACAUCUUCAGAGUCCAUGCUGUCAACCAGUUUGGAGUGGGUGCACCACUUGAGUCUGCUGCUGCUACAAUUAAAGAUCCAUUUGAGGUGCCUGGAACACCCAAGAGCUUGGAAGUUUCAGAUAUCAAAAAAGAUUCAAUGGUGCUCACCUGGGAGGCUCCUUCCGAAAAUGGAGGCAGUCCUAUCACUGGAUACAUAAUUGAGAAACAUGACAAAGAAGGUGUAAGAUGGACCAGAUGUAACAGGAAAACAGUCACUGACUUGACUUUCAAGGUCCCUGGACUCUUGGAAAGGCAUAGUUAUGAAUUCAGAGUUGUAGCUGAGAAUGCUGUAGGCCUUGGUGAGCCAAGCGCCCCAACUGUGUUCAUCAAUGCACUUGAUCCCAUCUUCAGGCCUGGCCCACCACACAAUCCAAGAGUAACUGACACAACUAAAACAUCAGUAUUUCUUUCAUGGGGCAAGCCCGUCUGUGACGGAGGCUGUGAGAUUCAAGGAUACAUUAUCGAGUGUUGCACUACCACAGAGCAACCGGCGCCAGCCGAGGCUCCUGCUGAAUUCACAGCUGCCGAGGCAGUCGCCACAGACGCCCCUGCUGAGGAAUGGACAAUGUGCACACCUCCAACAGGUGUCAAGAAGACCAAGUUUGAAGUUGUAAAGCUGAAAGAAAAUCAGACAUACAAGUUUAGAGUAUGUGCUAUCAACAAAGUUGGAGUUGGUGAGCAUGCCAAUGUUGCUGGAGCUGUUGUUGCCCAGGACAGAGCAGAGGAGCCAGACCUUGACAUUGACCCAGAACUGAGAAAGAUUGUGACCAUUAAAGCUGGAGCUUCGCUCAGACUGUUUAUUCCUAUCAAAGGAAGGCCCACUCCUGCCAUAAAGUGGGACAAAGAUGAAGCUGCACUAAAAGAGACAGCUCAGGUUGAGGUGACCAGCAGUUACUCAUCCCUUGUAAUUGACAAGAUGAGCAGAAAUGACAGUGGGAAAUACACCAUCACUGCAGAAAACACCAGUGGAACCAAAUCUGCAUUUGUUGUUGUGCGUGUUCUCGACACACCGAGUGCUCCUGUUAACUUGAAAGUGAAAGAAAUAACAAACCAGUCUGUGACACUGGCAUGGGAGCCACCUCUGUUGGAUGGAGGGUCCAAGAUCAAGAACUACAUUGUUGAAAAGAGAGAAAGCACUCGCAAAACGUAUGCAGCUGUUGUAACAAAUUGUCAUGCUCUUUCAUGGAAGAUUGAGCCACUCCAGGAGGGUUGCAGUUACUACUUCCGAGUCCUUGCUGAGAAUGAACAUGGUGUUGGCCUGCCUGCAGCAACUGCAGAUCCUCUUAAGGUCUCAGAGGUGCCCCAGUCUCCGAAGAACUUGAUUGUUACAGAUCAAACCAAAACAAGCAUAUCUUUGGCCUGGGAGAGGCCUGAGUAUGAUGGCGGUAGCAGAGUCAUUCAGUACCUGCUCGAGGUGCAACUUAAGGGCCAUGAGAAGUGGUCUGGUGUUAACACAUUUAAGACAAUGGACACUACUGUUUCUAAACUGAAUCCAGGAGAGGAGUACCUGUUUAGAAUUUUCGCAAUCAAUGAUAAGGGAAAGAGUGACCCCAAAGUCAUUGCUGGUCCAGUGAUGACCAAGGACUUAGUCUAUGAGCCAGAUGUUCGACCAGCAUUCAGCAGCUACAGUGUCAAAGUAGGCAAAGACCUGAACGUUGAUAUUCCCUUCUUUGGAAGACCUAAACCAACAGUCUCAUGGACGAAAGACGGAGCCUCUUUGAAGUUCACUACCAGAGUCAACAUUUGCAACACAUCAACACAUACAACAUUGUGCAUUAAGGAGGCAACAGGUGAUGAUGGUGGCAUGUACAGUAUAUAUGUUGCUAACUCAGCUGGAAAGAAAGACACAACAGUUGAAAUUAUUGUACUUGACAAGCCUGGUCCUCCAUCUGGCCCUGUGAGGUUCGAUGAAAUCACAACACAGAGUGUAACUCUUUCAUGGGAUCCACCAAAGCACAAUGGUGGCUGCCAGAUUUCCAAUUACAUUGUACAGAAGAGAGCCACUACCACAGCAACAUGGGAAAAUGUCAGCAUCAACUAUGCCAGAACAACCAUUAAAGUCCCUAAACUGAAGACUGGAGCAGAGUACCAGUUUAGGAUCAUUGCUCAGAACCGCUAUGGCAAGAGUCAUGGUCUGGAUUCAUCUAGUGUGGUUGCUCAGUACCCAUACAAAGAGCCAGGCCCACCAGGCACUCCCUUCAUAUCUUCUCUCUCUCGGGACCACCAGAUUGUUGAGUGGCACGAGCCGGUCCAAGAUGGAGGCAGCCCUGUCCUGGGCUACCAUCUUGAAAGGAAAGAGAGGAAUAGUAUUCUCUGGAUCAAGAUCAACAAGACACUUAUUCACGAGACUAUUUUCAAGAGUCACCCCUUGGAAGAGAGUGUUGAGUAUGAGUACCGGGUUUAUGCUGAAAAUAUAGUUGGCGUUGGCAGGUGCAGUAAGGUCUCAGAAGGCUCUGUUGCCCGUGACCAAUGUGAUCCUCCUGGCACACCAGAGGCCAUCCAUGUGACCAGGGACACCAUUGUAAUCCAGUGGACUAAACCAGAAUAUGAUGGUGGCAGUAAUAUAACUGGCUAUACUGUGGAGAGACGUGAUCUGCCAGAAGGCAGGUGGGUAAGGGCAAACUUCACUAAUGUGAUUGAGACCCAGUUCACUGUCACUGGUCUGACUGAAAAUGCACAGUAUGACUUUAGAGUCAUUGCUAAGAAUUCUGUAGGCACCGUCAGUAAACCAUCCUACAACAGUGGACCAAUUACUGUAAGUGAUAAGUUGGAAGCACCCAAAUUCUCCAUUGACCCCGCAUUCAUCAAAACCAUUACCAUCAAUGCCGGUGAGACCUUCAAGCUAGAUGCCGAUGUCUAUGGCAAGCCACUCCCCACAAUCCAGUGGUUCAAGGAUGAAAAAAUAAUCGAGAAUACACUCAGACUGGAGAUUAAAAACACAGACAACCAUGCAAUGAUUGUCAUUAAGGACUCUGUUAGAAGUAGUGGUGGAAUUUACACACUCCAGCUGACAAAUGAGGCUGGCAGUGAAACUGUUCCAUUCAAGGUCUUGGUCCUGGACAGGCCUAGCCAAUGUGAAGGACCCCUCCACACCGCUGGAGUAGCUGAAGAUAGAUGCACACUGGUAUGGCAUGCCCCUCUACAUGAUGGAGGUAGUCCUAUUAAGCACUAUAUAAUCGAGAGAAGAGAGACCAGCCGUCUAGCUUGGACUAUUGUUUCUAACAGCUGUGAAACCACAUGCUACAAAGUCACCAAAUUACUGGAAGGUAAUGAGUAUAUGUUCCGUGUCAUGGCAGUUAACAGUUAUGGUGUCAGUGAGCCACUGGAGUCUAGCGGAGUGAUUAUGAAGACUCCAUUUGUUCCUCCUGGUUCACCUCAUAUCGAGGAUGUAUCCAACAUUGCUCACGAUGGCAUGACCAUCACUUGGUCAGCCCCUGAGACUGAUGGUGGUAGUGAGAUUACCAAUUACAUCCUUGAAAAGAAGGACAGAAAUGGAAUAAAAUGGACCAGAUGCAACAGACAAAAAGUCACUGAUCUCUCCUUUAGAGCUACAGGUCUAACCACUGGCCAUGAAUAUGAAUUCAGAGUGGCUGCUGAAAAUGUAGUUGGAGCAGGAGAACCAAGCCUUCCAAGUUCAUACUACAAGGCCAGUGAUCCCAAGUACAAGCCUGGUGCCCCAGCAUAUGUGAAUGUGAUUGACUCCACAAAGAGUUCAAUGACAGUGUCAUGGGGUAAGCCUCUUUCUGAUGGUGGCAGCACCAUUCAAGGAUACAUUGUUGAAGUCUGUAAGGCUGAGGAGGAGGAAUGGACAAUGGUUACUCCCCCCACUGGCCUGCGUGUCAACAAAUAUGAAAUUACCAAACUGACUGAGGGUCAGGAGUACAAGAUACAGGUCUGUGCUUUGAACAAGCUGGGAGUUGGUGAACCAGCAGGUCUCUCUGGAACAGCUAAGCCGGAGGAAAGGUUGGACCCACCACAGAUCCAGCUUAACUCUGAGCUGAGAAAGGGCAUCACUUUGAAAGCUGGUGGAUCUGUUAGGAUCCAUAUUCCAUUCAAGGGCAGGCCAACACCUGAGAUUAAGUGGACUAAGGAUGAGGGAGACUUGACUGAAAAAGCAGUGGUUGAGAAAGCUCUCAACUUCACACAGUUGUCCAUUGACUCAUGUGACAGGAGUGACUCUGGAAAAUACACCCUGAGCUUGACGAACAGCAGUGGAACUGUGUCUGAGUUUGUUGCUGUGAAAGUCCUGGAUACACCUGGCUCCCCACAGAACCUUGUGGUUCAAGAAGUCAAAAAAGACUCUGUCACUCUUGUAUGGAUUGCCCCACUGAUUGAUGGAGGUUCCAAAAUCAAGAACUAUGUCAUUGACAAACGUGAAUCAACCAGAAAGACAUAUGCAAAUGUUUCAACCAAAUGUAGCAAGACAACAUUCAAAGUUGAGAACUUGAUUGAAGGUGCCAUGUACUACUUCAGAGUCAUGGCUGAGAAUGAUUAUGGAAUCGGCCAGGCUGUUGAAACAAAGGCAGCUUUUAAGGCCUCUGAGGUACCACUGCCUGUUGGAAAAAUCUCCCUCACGGAUGUCACCAAGGCCAGUAUCUCACUGGCCUGGGAGAAACCUGAGCAUGAUGGUGGCAGUAGAAUUGGUGGCUACCUAAUUGAGAUGCAACCCAAGGGUACAGAUAAGUGGGGAGUGGCAACAAAUACAAAGACAUGCGAGGGCACUGUCACCGGCCUCACAGCAGGAGCAGAAUACCUAUUCCGUAUCAUUGCUUACAAUGAGAAGGGAAAGAGUGAGCCAACGGCACUAGCUGCCCCCAUUGUUGCCAAUGACAUAACAAUAGAUCCAAGCAUUAAGAUGCAAUUUAACACCUACAGUGUAUUAGCUGGAAAGGACUUGAAGUUGGAAUUCCCUGUGCUUGGCAGGCCCAAACCUAGAGUUUCCUGGACCAAGGAUGGUCAGUCUUUGAAGGUGACAUCCAGAAUCAAUGUCAUAAACACACCAACAACAACUGGAAUUAAAAUUACUGAGGCAUGCAAGGAUGACUUUGGCAAAUAUUCCAUCAUAGCAACCAAUAGUGCCAGCACGAUCACUGAGGAUGUGGCUGUCAUUAUCCUUGACAAGCCCGGUCCACCAAAAGGUCCAAUCAAGGUUGUUGAAGUGAGCAACACCUUUGUUCAUCUCUCCUGGGAGCCUCCAGUGUACACGGGUGGAUGCCAGGUAAAUAACUAUAUAGUGGAGAAGAGAGACACCACCACCCAAACAUGGCAGUCGGUCACCACACAGCUUGCUAGAACGGCUAUCAAGAUCACCAAGCUGAAGACUGAUGCAGAAUACCAGUUUAGAAUCAUAGCUGAAAACAGAUAUGGAAAGGGUGCCUCUCUGGAAUCAAAGUCCAUCGUUGUUCAAUAUCCAUACAAACCACCAGGGCCUCCAGGAACACCAUUUAUCAAAUCUGCAUCAAAGGAAAUGAUGAUCAUUGAAUGGAAUGAGCCAGUCAAUGAUGGUGGAAGUACACCUAUUGGGUACCAUCUAGAAAGCAAGGAGAGAAGCAGCAUCAUGUGGAACAAACUGAACAAGAUUCUUAUAACUGAUACUCAGUUCAAGAUCUCCAAUCUAGAGGAGGGUAUUGGCUAUGAAUUCAGAGUCUGUGCUGAGAAUAUUGUUGGCAUUGGCAGAUGCAGUAAAGUGUCUGAGUCCUUUGUAGCUCGUGACCCAUGUGAUCCUCCUGGUGCUCCUGAAGCUGUAUCUAUUUCUAAGACCGUAAUAAAAAUUCAGUGGACCAAGCCUCAGUAUGAUGGUGGCAGCAAAGUCAAUGGAUAUAUUGUGGAAAGGAAAGAUAUUUCCUCCCCUGAUGGACACUGGGUAAGGGCUAAUUUCACUAAUAUAAUUGAGACUGAGUAUACCGUCACCAGCCUGACAGAGAAUGAGCAAUAUGAAUUCAGAGUUAUUGCAAGAAAUGCAGCCGGAACCUUCAGCAAGCCAUCCGACAGCUCUGGACCUAUUACUGCUACUGAUGAAAUUGAACCACCAAGGGCUUCAAUGGAUCCCAAGUACAAGGAUGUUAUUAUUGUCAAUGCUGGAGAACACUUGCUUCUUGAUGCUGACAUCUAUGGAAAACCAAUUCCUGAUGUUGUCUGGCUAAAAGAGGGCAAGGAAAUGGACAAAGCCCUGCGCAUUGACGUAAAAACUACACAGAAACGUGCAGCCAUUACCAUUAAGGAUGUAACCAAGCUUGAUGGUGGCCACUAUGACCUGGUCCUCAAAAAUCUGGGUGGUACAAAAAUCUUCCCUAUCACUGUCAAAGUCCUUGAUAAACCAGGUCCACCUGCUGGACCCAUGAGAAUGACAGGAAUCAUGGCUGACAGGUGCAUCCUUUCCUGGGCUGAACCAACUCUGGAUGGUGGGGCUAGUAUCACUCACUAUGUCUUGGAGAAGAGAGAGACUAGCAGGUUGUCCUGGACAGUAGCUGGACCAAAUAUCAAGGGUCUGUACCAUAAACUAACAAAUUUACUUCCUGGAAAUGAAUACAUUUUCAGAGUCAGGGCAGUCAACAAAUAUGGUUUUGGCGACUAUCUCGAGAGUGAAGCCGUCAUUGCACGCAAUCCUUACAAACCACCUAGUGCUCCUGGAACUCCAGAAGCAAGUCAGAUCACAAAGGAAUCUAUGGUUCUGUCAUGGACUGCUCCAGAACAGACUGGCGGAGCUGAAAUGGAGGGCUAUCACCUUGAAAAACGUGACAAAGAUAGUGUAAGGUGGACAAAAUGCAACAGACAAAAGCUGACUGACAACCACUUCAAGGUCACAGGUCUGAUGACGGACCACUUCUAUGAGUUCCGUGUUGCUGCUGAAAAUGAGGCUGGAAUGGGAGACCUUAGUGAAUUGUCCCUACUUCAUAGAGCGUGUGAUGCCACAACACCACCUGGACCUCCACACCAUCCUAAGGUGACAGACUACACAAAGUCUUCUGUGUCUCUGUCCUGGGUCAAACCUGACUUUGAUGGUGGUGCCUAUGUAAAGGGAUACAUUGUUGAGAUGAGGGAGUAUACACCACUACCCGAAGAAGCAGAGGAAGCAGAAGUAGCACCGGCAGUAGAGGCCCUAGUUGAAAAAGAAUGGACCAUGUGCACUCCACCCACUGGCACACAAGCCACUAAACUCACUAUCACAGACCUGAAGGAGGCUGGAGAGUACCAGUUCCGUGUCUGUGCAAUUAAUUCUGAGGGAGUGGGGGAGGCUGCUAAUUUCCAUAGCACUGUGGUUACUUCUGACAGGGUUGAAGCACCAGAGAUCGAGCUGGAUGCUGAUCUCAGGAAGGUGGUAUCUGUCCGUGCAGGUGGAACUCUGCGUCUGUUUGUCACCAUCAGAGGAAGGCCGGAACCUGCUGUGAAGUGGGAGAAGGUUGAGGGUACUCUCACAGAGCGUACUGGAAUUGACACCACCAGCUCAUAUACCAUGCUCGUCAUUGACAAUGUUAACCGUUUUGACAGUGGUAAAUACUCACUAACACUAGAGAACAGCAGUGGUGCCAAAUCCGCUAUUGUUGCAGUGAGAAUUUUGGAUACACCAAGCGCGCCACAAAGCUUUUCAGUGAAGGAGCUCAAGAAGGAUUCAGUGACUCUCUCCUGGGAUACACCACUUACUGAUGGUGGUUCUAAAAUCACAAACUAUAUUGUAGAGAAAAGAGAGUCUGUCAGGAAGGCCUAUACCACUGUCACCAGCAACUGCUUGGUCAACUCAUUCAAGAUUGAAGAGCUGCCUGAGGGUGGAAUUUUCUACUUCAGAGUCUGUGCUGUGAAUGAAUAUGGCCAAGGACAGAUGGUUGAAACCAAAGAAAUCAAAGUGUCUGAGGUACCGCAGCCACCAAGCAAGGUUAGCCUUGUAGAUUUGACAAAGACCAGCGUGUCACUGACAUGGGACAAACCUGUUCAUGAUGGUGGAAGCAAAGUUAUGUGCUACAAUGUAGAAUUUAAGCCCAAGAGUGGGGAUAAAUGGGGCACAGCAUGCACAGUCAAGGUGACUGAAGCAACUAUUCCUAAUCUAACUCCUAAUGAAGCCUAUUUAUUCAGAAUUGUUGCAAUCAAUGAGAAGGGAAAAAGUGAUCCAAAGGAUCUUGGUUUGCCUGUGGUUGCAAAGGAUGUAGCAAUUGAACCAUCGGUCAACUUGCUCUUUACCACAUACAGCGUGAAGGCUAAGGGUGACCUCACUUUUGAGGUUCCAGUCAGAGGCAGGCCUAAGCCUGUUGUAUCCUGGAAGAAGGAUGGCCUUCCUUUGAAGCAAACAGCAUCAGUUACUAUCUUAAACACUGCAACCUCAUCCAAAAUUAUCAUCAAAGAGGCUAGCAGAGAGCAUGUUGGCAAGUAUGAGAUCACCCUGGCAAAUACAGGAGGAACUGUCACAGCAGAUAUUGGAGUUGUUGUCCUCGAUAAACCAGGUGCACCUAAAAGUGUCAAGGUGGAUUCGGUGACAUCAGACAGCAUCACACUGUCCUGGUCUCCACCAGAUUAUGAUGGUGGCUGCUCCAUCAGUAACUAUAUUGUGGAGAAGAGAGACACAAACACCCAAGAAUGGCAGAUGGUAGCAAGUAACGUUGCCAGAACAUCUUUCAAGGCUGGCCGCCUGACACACAGAGCAGAGUACCAAUUCCGCAUCUAUGCAGUCAACCGUUAUGGAAAGAGUACAUAUGUGGAUUCACCUGGAAUCACUGCUCAGUAUAACUUCAAACAACCUGGACCUCCUUCCACACCUAUAGUGAAGUUGGCCACCAAGUCUUACAUGUUGGUGAUUUGGAAUGAGCCAGUCAUUGAUGGUGGCAGUCCUGUUGUGGGCUACCAUCUGGAGAGGAAGGAACGUUCCAGCAUUCUUUGGACAAAGAUGAAUAGAGGAAUGAUUAAAGACACAGAAUACAAAGUCAUUGGAAUUGAAGAGGGCAUGAUGUAUGAAUACCGUGUUUACGCUGAAAAUAUAUCUGGUAUCGGUAAAUGCAGCAAGGUCUGUGAAGCUGUAGCAGCCAGAGAUCCUUGUGACCCGCCAGGAACACCUGUGGUCACUGCUGUUACCAGAACAUCUGUCUCCUUGUCUUGGGAUAAACCAGAGUAUGAUGGUGGAGCCAAGGUUUCUGGCUACACCAUUGAACGCAGAGACCUUCCUGAAGGACGCUGGACAAGGUGCAACUUCACCAAUGUGCCCGAGACCCGCUACGAUGCAACAGGCCUUACAGAGAACAGUCAGUAUGACUUCCGUGUCAUUGCUAAGAAUGCAGCUGGAUUGUUCAGUGAUCCAUCUGACACCACUGGCCCCAUCACUGUCAAGGAUGAUGUAGAUCCACCACGCAUUAUGAUGGAUGUCAAGUUCAGAGAGACAUUGCUUGUGAAAGCAGGAGAAACUCUGAAGAUUAAUGCUGACCUUGCUGGACGUCCUGCUCCUGUCAUUUCCUGGACCAAGGAUGGCAAAGAGAUUGAGCUGAGAGCCAGAAUCCAGAUUGUUUCCACGGACACCAGCACUUCUGUCAUUGUGAAGGAUAGCAUCAGAACAGAUUCUGGACAGUAUAUUCUGACUCUACAGAAUAUUGGCGGAACAGUUACCAUGCCAAUAAACUGUGUGAUUCUAGAUAAGCCAGGACCCUCAGCAGGACCUCUGCAGAUCACAGGUCUCACAGCUGAAGCAUGCACUCUGUCAUGGGGUCCUCCACAGGAAGCCGGUGGUGCUGACAUCACACAUUACGUUGUGGAAAAGCGUGAGACCAGCCGCUUGGCAUGGACAGUGGUAAAGGGAGAUGUCACAAAAACAUACCUCAAAGUCACAGGACUGCUCAAGGGCAACGAAUAUAUCUUCAGGGUUUUGGCUGUCAACAAGAAUGGACUUGGUGAGGCUCUGGAAUGUGAUGCUGUAAAGAUCACAGAUCCAUACACUUUUGCCACUGCUCCAACUAAUGUUGAUGUUGCUGCCAUAACUGGUGAUUCAAUGACCCUCACCUGGUGCAAGCCAGCCAGUGAUGGAGGCACCCCCAUCAUUGGAUAUGUGAUUGAGCGCCGUGAGAAGACUGGUAUGCGCUGGAUCCGUGUGAACAGAGAUCCAGUUGUUGAAUGUACCACAGUAGCAACCAAACUGCGCAAGGGUUGUGAGUAUGACUUCAGAGUCUAUGCUGAAAAUGAGGCUGGUCUCAGUCCUCCAAGUGAACGAUCUGCAUCAUUCAGAGCAGUCGAUGCUUUGGUUGUUGCUUCUCGCCCAACCAAGCCAAAGAUCAUCAGUUCCACCAAGGAAAGUGUGUCCAUUGUCUGGAAACCACCAAGACAUGAUGGUGGUACUCCGAUCCUUGGAUACAGUGUAGAAUAUAGAGAAUGGGUUGAGGCUAUCCCUCUUACCAAGAGCUUAGAGUUCACGGUCACUGGACUAAAGACGGAUGCAGAAUAUGAAUUCUGUGUCAAGGCAAUAAACAGAGUUGCCAGCAGUGUGCGUAGUUUAUAUUCAGAUGCAGCCACAGCAAUGGACAGAACUGCAGAGCCAUCGUUUGAUGUUGACAUUGAAAUGCGUAAAGUACUUAUUGUCAAGCAUGGCACAGCAUUUACUCUCAAGGUACCAUUCAAGGGCAAACCUGUGCCAUCAGUAGCGUGGGCUAGGGAGGGCGUUGAUCUGAAGGUCAGAGGAACCAUUGAAUCAACAGAAUCAAGCACUUCACUGACCAUUGAAAAGUCAACCAGAAAUGACUCUGGAGAGUACUUUGUCACUAUUGAAUCGCCACUUGGAACAGCAACAUUGCCCAUGGUUGUCAAGGUGCUCGACUCUCCUGGACCUCCUGUCAACGUUAAAGUUUCAGCAGUGACCAGGGAUUCUGCAACCCUCAGUUGGGAAGCUCCAGAGAAUGAUGGCGGUGAUGCAGUGAAGGCCUACCAUGUUGAAAAACGUGAGGCCAGUAAGAAGGCGUGGGUGUCUGUGACCAGCAACUGCCACGCAUUGACAUUUAAGGUGAAUGACUUGCAGGAGGGAGCCAUGUAUUACUUCAGAGUUAUUGGAGAAAAUGAGUAUGGAGUAGGUGUCCCUCAGGAGGCCAAGAAUGGAACAAAGAUUACAGAGGUACCAAGUGCUCCCAUGAAACUUGGAGUCGCAAAUGUUACCAAGGACAACGUUACGAUUGCCUGGACAAGACCAGAAUAUGAUGGCGGUAGCAGAGUCACUGGGUACCUAAUUGAUGCCUUGGAGAAGGGACAGACCAAGUGGGUGAAGUGUGCCACAGUGAAGACUAUGACCCACACCAUCAAGAACCUGAGGGAGUGUGCAGAGUACUACUUUAGAGUCCGUGCUGAGAACCAUGCCGGACUCAGUGAACCAAAGGAGAUGAUCGUACCCAUUAUCGUCAAGGAAAUACAUGAGGCUCCUGAAUUUGACCUGAAGAACUACCCCAAGAAUACAGUUUAUGUGAGAGCAGGAUCCAACCUGACCUUUGAGAUUCCUCUCAAUGCCAGGCCCAUGCCUAAGGUGACCAUGUCCAAGAACAAUGUUGUCAUCAAGGGAUCCAAGAGGCUGCUAACUGAACUAACUCCAGACAGUUUAAUCAUCACCCUGAAUGAAAGCAUUUCAAGUGACUCUGGCAAAUAUGAAGUCACAGCCUCUAAUGCGGGAGGUACCACCAAGAUCUUCCUUAUCUUCGUUGUGCUGGACAGACCUGGACCUCCUAUUGGUCCAAUCGAGGUCGGUGAGGUCGGAGAAACCACAGUAUGUCUGAAAUGGGCAGUUCCAGAGUAUGAUGGUGGCAGUCCUGUUACGAACUACAUUGUCCUGAAACGUGAAACCAGUACUCCUAACUGGGCAGAGGUGUCAACUAGCAUUGCCAGAAGCUCAAUCAAGGUCACUAAGCUGACCAAAGGAGAGGAGUAUCAGUUCAGGAUCAAGGCUGAGAACCGUUUCGGUGUCAGUGACUAUAUUGACACCAAGCAAGUCAUGAUAAAGCUUCCAUACACCAUCCCUGGGCCUCCAUCCACACCAUGGCUCGGCUUUGUAUCCAGAGAGAGCCUCACAGUCUGCUGGAAUGAGCCAGUCAAUGAUGGUGGAAACACUGUAAUUGGAUAUCAUCUCCAGAUGAAGGAGAGGAGCAGCAUCCUCUGGCAGAAGGUCAAUAAGACACCAAUCUCAGGAAACCAGUGGCGACUCACAAACAUCUGCCCUGGCCUCAUCUAUGAAUUCAAGGUGGCAGCUGAAAAUGCCGCCGGUAUUGGAAAGUUGAGCAAGACAUCUGAAGAGGUGCUUGCUAUUGAUGCCUGCGAGCCACCAGCAAAUGUCCAUAUCACAGAAGUCACCAAGAACUCAGUUAGACUGGCCUGGCAGAGGCCUCCAUAUGAUGGUGGCAGCAAGAUUUCCGGCUACAGUGUGGAGAGGAGGGAAGCUCCCAGUGACAGAUGGGUGAAGGCCAACUUCACAAACAUCAUUGAGAUGGGCUUCACUGUUUCUGGACUAAACCAGGAUAAGUCUUAUGAGUUCAGAGUAUACGCCAAGAACGCUGUUGGGUCCGUCAGCAACCCAUCGCUCAUUGCUGGCCCAGUCACUUGUGUGGACGCAUGUGGUGCCCCUGCUAUUGACCUUCCUCCAGAGUAUCUGGAUGUGGUUCAGUACAAGGCUGGGGCUUCAGUUAAGCUUAAAGUUGGAAUCAUCGCCACACCUCUGCCAACCAUUGAAUGGCUGAAGGACGGAAAGGAGCUCGUAGCAACAUCUACCUUGUCUAUUGAAAGUACAACCGACUCCUCUGCUGUGCUAAUCAAGGAUGCUGCUCGCCUUAACACAGGCUCAUAUGAGGUCAAGAUCAAGAAUGUUCUGGGCUCAGCAUCUGCAAACAUCAGGGUUGAAAUCCUAGACAAACCUGGAAUCCCAGCCGGUACCAUUGUAUUCAACUCCAUCACAGCAGACAAGAUGACCUUCAGCUGGCAGCCUGUGCCCGAGUCUGACCAUGGAGGUUUCCAGGUGACCCACUACAUUGUUGAGAGGCGUGAAACCAGCCGAGUGGUCUGGUCGACAAUUUCAGACAAACACGAGCAGACAAACGUCACCGUCAGCAAGCUACUGCGUGGAAAUGAGUAUGUGUUCCGUGUAAUGGCCGUUAAUAAGUGCGGUGUUGGCGAGCCACUGGUGUCGGAGCCUGUCAUCGCUAAGAACGCCUUUGUAACUCCUGGGCAGCCUCAUACUCCUGAGGUGAAUACCAUCACCAAGUCAACCAUGGUGGUGGAAUGGGACAAGCCCGGUGUAGACGGAGGUAGCACAGUGUCGGGCUACUACCUGGAGAGACGCGACAAGAAGAGCUUGCGCUGGAUCAGAGUUUACAAAGACCCUGUCACUGGCAUCAAACAGACAGUCUACCACCUGACUGAAGGAAACGAGUACCAAUAUCGCAUCUGUGCCAUUAACAGGGCUGGAGAGGGACCGUUCUCUGAUGCAUCAGACUACUACAAGGCUGCUGACCCAGUUGAUACACCAGAUGAGCCUUGCAAGCUGAAGGUGGUGGACUCCACCAAGACCUCCAUCACCUUGGGCUGGUCCAAGCCAGAAUGGGAUGGAGGCAGUGAGGUCACCAGCUACAUGGUGGAGAAGCUUGUUGAGGGAGAGACAGAAUGGGCUAUGAUUACCUCAAGGGGAGAGGUCAAGACAACAGAAUACACAGUUCACGACUUAAAACCAGAUGUCAACUACUUCUUCAGAGUCUCUGCUGUCAACUUUGCUGGCCAUGGAGAGCCUCUGGAGAUGACGGAGCCUGUGCAAGCCAAGGACAUCCUGGAGGCGGCCCAGAUCGACCCAGAUGUGGCCAUGAGAACUCACUAUAUCGUGAAGGCUGGCAAGGAUGUGGAGCUGUCUGUUCCUCUGAAGGGCAGGCCUGCUCCCACUGCUUCCUGGAGUAAGGAAGAAGAAUGCAUCGAUCGUGACCCCAAAUAUGAGUUCCACCACUCAGACACCACCACAGUUCUUGUGAUGCGUGAGGUGACCAGGCUGGACACUGGAAAGUACACAGUGAAAAUAGAGAAUGGUGUCGGCGAGCCAAAGUCGCUGACCCUUUCCGUGAAGGUCCAGGAUACUCCAGCUCAGUGCAAGACCCUGGUCCUGAAGGACGUGACCCGUGGAAAGGUUACUCUUUGCUGGGAGCCUCCACUUCUCGACGGUGGUGCUGAGGUCACAAACUACAUUGUUGAGAAAAGGGACUCUUCCAAGAGAUCCUACUCUGCAGUGACAAGCAAAUGCACAGACACAACAUACACCAUUGAAGACCUCUCAGAGAAGACAUCCUUCUUCUUCCGCGUGUUAGCAGAGAAUGAGAACGGUGUUGGUGAUCCAUGUGACACGCUUGAGCCUUUGAAGGCCACAGAGACUCCAGGGCCAGUCAAGGAGGUUUCUAUGAAGGAUUCAUCAAAGACCUCUGUCACUCUGCAGUGGCUGAAGCCCGAGUACGACGGCGGCAGCAUCAUCUCGGACUAUGUCAUUGAGCAGAAGCUCAAGGACCAGGAAUGGUCUUUGGGAGGGACUAGCAGACAUUGCGAAUUUGAAGUCAAUAAACUCAAGGAGCACUCAGACGUGUUCUUCAGAGUUGCUGCCAGGAAUGAGAAGGGACAGGGUGACUUUGUUGAGAUUGGGCCGAUCAAGGUUAUUGACUACAUUAUCACACCUGAAGCAAGCCUCGCAGAGUACCCAGGUGGCCGUAUCAAUGUUCGGCUGGGUCACAAUGUGCACAUUGAGCUGCCAUACAUAGGUAAACCCAAACCUUCUAUCCUGUGGCUGAAGGACAACCUCGCUCUAAAGGAGAGUGACCUAAUCCGCUUUAAGAAGACAGAAAACAAAGCCACUCUAAUGAUUAAGAAUGUAACCAAGGAGAAUGAGGGUAAAUACACUCUGACCCUUGACAAUAAAGUAAGCAGGAAAUCUGUCCACAUCCAUGUCGUCACACUUGGACCUCCAUCAAAGCCUGUUGGACCCAUCCGCCUGGAUGAAGUGAGAGCUGAGAGCAUCAUGAUUUCCUGGGAUGAACCCAAUGACGACGGUGGUGGAGACAUCACCUGCUACGCUGUAGAGAAGCGCGACACCUCCCAGUCUGACUGGAAGAUGGCCUGCUCCAGUGUAGAGGAUACUCAGUUUAAGGUCCCCAACCUAAUCAAGGGUGUCCAGUACCAGUUCAGAGUGUGUGCUGAGAACAGAUACGGUGUCAGCAAGCCUCUUAUCUCCCAGAAUGUCAUUGCCAAGCACCAGUUCAGGCCUCCAGGCCCACCAGGCAAGCCCGUUGUAUACAAUGUCACCAACGAUGGCAUGACAAUCCAGUGGGAGCAGCCCAUCUAUGACGGCGGUACCCCCAUCCAGGCCUUCCAUGUGGAGAAGAGGGAAAAUAACAGUAUCAUGUGGCAAAAGGUGAACACUGUACUGAUCAAAGAAACGGAUUACAGAAUCUCGGAGCUCAUUGAAGGUCUUGAGUACUCCUUCAGAGUCUAUGCCCAGAAUGAUGCUGGCUUCAGCCGAAUGAGUGAAGAGAGCAAGCCAAUCAUGGCUGUCAGUCCUGUUGAUCCUCCUGGUCAGCCCGACUACAUUGAUGUGACAAGUGACUCAGUGACACUGAAAUGGGAUGCCCCCAAACGUGAUGGUGGUAGCAAGAUUACCAGCUACAGCAUUGAGAAACGGCAAGGACAUGGACGCUGGUUCAAGGCCAACUUGACUGAUGUACACGACUGCCAGUACACCGUCACUGGGUUGGCAACAAAUGAACGUUAUGAGUUCAAAGUGACUGCCAGAAAUGCAAUCGGUGUCGUCAGUCCUCCCUCCAACUCCUCUGGAUUGAUUGUGGUCAGAAGUGAGAACGCUUCUCCAAUCAUUGAGUUUGGCCCAGAGUACUUCGAGGGUCUGACGGUCAAGGCAGGAGACAACAUUAGGCUAAAGGUUAUCAUCACUGGACGCCCUGUUCCCAAGGUCGUCUGGUUCAGAGACGGUGUGGAGGUUACCAAAAAGAUGAUGGACAUCAUCAAUGUUGCUGGAUCCAGCACCCUGUUUGUCAGGGACGCUGAUCGUACUCACAGUGGCCACUACACUGUGGAGGCUACUAACGGGUCUGGAAGCCGGAAGGAAGGCAUCCUUGUUCAAGUCCAAGACACACCUGGGGAACCGGUGGGACCCAUCACUUUCAGCAACAUCGCAGAGGGUAAAUGCACUCUGACUUGGAACCAACCAGAGAACGACGGCUGCUCAGAGAUCACGCAUUACAUCAUUGAGAAGCGUGAGACUGCCAAGAUCUCCUGGUCUUUGGUGUCUGACGAAUGUACAGAGUGCACCUUCAAUGUAACCAAGCUUAUCAAGACCAAUGAAUACCAGUUCAGGGCCUCUGCUGUUAACAAGUUUGGAGUUGGCAGACCUUUGGAGUCCAGCCCCAUCAUUGCACAGAUGCAAUACACUUCUCCUGAUGCUCCAGGCACUCCUGAUGCUACUGAGACGACAGGAGAGAGCAUAACACUCUCCUGGACACCUCCAACAUCUGACGGAGGAAACCCCAUUCAGUAUUACCUCCUGGAGAAACGGGAAAAGAAAACUGUCCGGUUCUACAAGGUGACGACCAAGAAGCCCCUCGUUGAAUGUGCUCACAAGGUGCUCCACCUGACAGAGGAUAUGGAGUAUGAGUUCCGAGUCAUGGCCGUGAAUGAUGCUGGUGUUGGAGCUCCAAGCAACAUCUCUAUGCCUAUCAAAGCCGCCGAGCCAAAGGAUAUUCCUUGUGCUCCAUCUGUGGUCUGUGUGUCCGACUCGACCAACACCUCCAUCAGCCUGGAAUGGUCCAGGCCUGCCGACGACGGCGGCAUGGAGAUCCUGGGCUACAUCAUUGAAAUGGUGAAGGGAGAAGAGACCGAAUGGAAGAGAGUAAAUGAGGAGCUGGUGGCAGAAACUAAUUACACGGUGACUGGGCUACAGACAGGAGCUGAAUACAGGUUCCAUGUUGCAGCUUUAAACCAUGUGGGUAGAGGCGAGGACAAGGAGAUUCCAGAGCCUGCUCAGGCUGUAGACAGGCUCACGCCACCACAGGUGGAUAUUGACGCCACCUUCAGGCAGACACACAUUGUCAAGCCUGGAGGCUCAGUGUGCUUGGGCAUUCACUUCAGAGGAAAGCCAAUUCCCAAUGCCACAUGGGUGAUGGAGGAAGGCGAGCUGGGUGUCAUGUCAGAGAUCACAACUACAGACGGCUACAGUUCUUUAAACAUUGAAAACUGCUCAAGGAAUGAUACAGGCAAAUACACUGUUAACCUGGAGAACGCUAGUGGCAGCAAGGCUGUUACAUUCACUGUAAAGGUUAUGGACACUCCUGGACCUCCACAUGGUGUUGUCUUAAAGGAGGUGUCCAGGGGCUCCGUCACACUUAUCUGGGAGCCUCCUCUCAAUGACGGUGGAGCACGAAUCCAUCACUAUAUCGUUGAGAGGCGCGAGGCUAGCCGCCGCACAUGGCAGCAGUCUGGUGGCAAUUGCAAGCAGCAAAUCCUGAAGAUCCAGGACCUGCUGGAGGGCGUGCCAUACUUCUUCAGGGUCUCAGCCGAGAACCAGCACGGUGUGGGUGAGGCGUUUGAGCUCACUCAGCCUGUCAUUGCCACCGCAGAGCCAGCAUCUCCAAAGAGAAUGGACAUCCUGGACACCACAGACAGCUCUGUGUCCCUGGGCUGGCUGAAACCAGAGCAUGAUGGCGGGAGCCGGAUCCAGUGUUACAUCAUUGAGGCCAAGGCAAAGGAUACAGACAAAUGGGUAGUGGUUGCCAACACCAAUAAUCUCACCUAUGUGGUUGAAAAGCUCAACAAGGGUGAUGAGUAUGACUUCCGUGUGAAGGCCAAGAAUGAAUCUGGUUCCAGCACACCCAGGGAAACUCUGGCUCCUGUGCUAGUCAAAGAGCCUCACAUUGAACCUGCCGCUGACCUCAGUGAGAUCACCAACCAGCUAAUCACCUGUAGUUCUGGCAGAACCUUCAUCAUUGAUGUUCCCAUCAGUGGAAGACCUGCUCCUAAGGUCACCUGGAAGCUAGAAGAGAUGAGGCUAAAGAACUCAGACAGAGUCUCCAUCCAAACAACUAAGGACAGAACCAGCAUCUCAGUCAAGGAGGCCAUGAGAGGAGAUGGUGGUAAAUACUACCUGACUCUGGAGAAUGUGGCAGGAACCAGGACCUUCACUAUUGAAGUUAAUGUCACAGGUAGACCCGGUCCUCCAACCGGACCCAUCGAAAUCUCAUCCAUCACCUCUGAGUCCUGCGUAAUUAACUGGCAACUACCAGAGGAUGAUGGUGGCACUGACAUCACCAACUACAUCGUGGAGAAGCGUGAGUCCGGCUCCACCGCCUGGCAGCUGAUCAACUCUAGCGUUAAGCGCACAACUCUCGACGUCAGUCACUUGACCAAGUACAUGCAGUACACAUUCAGGGUUUCUGCUGAGAAUAGAUUUGGUGUCAGCAAGCACACUGAGUCUGAGACUAUUGUUGCAGAGCAUCCUUUCACACCUCCUGGCCCUCCAACAAGGCCUUCAGUCUUCAAUGUCACUUCUAACACAAUGACCCUAAAAUGGGAGGAGCCCUACCAUGAUGGCGGAAGCAAAGUGACAGGCUACUGGAUCGAGAAGAAGGAAAGGAACAAUAUCCUGUGGGUGAGGGAAAACAAGAUCCCUUGCUUUGACUGCUACAGCAAGAUGGAAGGCCUGGUUGAAGGCCUAGAGUACCAGUUUAGGGUUUAUGCCAUGAACAGUGCUGGACUGAGCAAAGCCAGCGAGGCCUCCAAGGGAGCAGUUGCUCAAAACCCAGUUGAUUCACCAAGUAAGCCAGAAGUCACAAAUGUUACAAGAACCACCGUGUCCCUCAAAUGGUCAGCUCCACUGAAUGAUGGUGGUAGUCCGAUUGUGGGCUACAUCAUUGAGCGUAAGCCGUACACUUUGACCGGUGAAGGCCGCUGGCUCAAGUGUAACUACACCAAUGUGGUGGACACGUUCUACACUGUUACCGCACUGGGAGAAGGAGAGCCCUAUGAGUUCAGAGUCAUCGCCAAGAAUGCCAACCAGGUCUUCAGCAUCCCCUCAGAGUCCACUGGCUCUGUGCAGUGCAAGACCGAUUUUGAGCCGCCAAAGGCCCAGCUGGACAGCAAACUCCUGUCUGAAACCGUCACGGUCAGAGCCGGUUCAGACCUGGUUCUGGAUGCUGCAGUUGGAGGCAGGCCUGACCCCAAGGCUUCCUGGUCAAAGGGCAGCAGGGAUCUGGAGUUGUGUGAAAAGUACCACUUGCAGUACACCAACACCAAGGCCAUGGCCAUCAUCAAGUUCUGUGACAGAGAUGAUACUGGAAAGUACAUCCUCACGGUCAGGAACGUUAGCGGAACCAAGACUGCUGAGGUCAACGUCAAAGUGCUUGACACCCCUGGAGUAUGUGAAGGCUGCAUUGAGAUCAGCAAGAUCACAGAGGAGUCGUGCACACUGAGCUGGAAGCCUCCUCUCGAGGACGGCGGUGAUGACAUCUCCCACUAUAUCGUGCAGAGGCGAGACACCAACAGACUCAACUGGGUCAUCAUGCAUGCCGAGUGCAAAGAGCUGACCUGCAACAUCACAGGACUGUUCAAGGACACAGAGUACCUGUUCAGAGUCCGGGGAGUCAACAAAUACGGAGCUGGAGUCCUCUUGCAGUCUCAGCCAAUGGUUGCCAGAAACACUUUCACUGUGCCAACUCCUCCUGGUGCUCCAGAGAUCCUGGUGUCAGGAAAGGACUUUGCCACCAUCGAGUGGCUGAAGCCAGAGAGCAAUGGCGGCAGCCCGCUGAUCCACUACCUGGUGGAGAGGCAUGAGAGAAAGAGUGCCCGCUGGGUGAAGGUGAACAGGGACGGAGCUUUCCUGGACACCAUGCUGAAGGUGUCCGGUUUGACCGAAGGCAACAUCUACCAGUUCAGAGUGACGGCCAUCAAUAAGGCUGGAGAGAGCGAACCCAGCGAGGUGUCUCUGUAUGUUGUAUGCAGAGUGCCAACAUGCACCCCUGCUCCUCCUUCUAUCCCUCGUAUGACCGACACUCACGCUGACAGCAUCAGCCUGGCCUGGUCCCGCCCCGUGGAGGACGGAGGAGCUGAUGUGAUGGGCUACAUCCUGGAGAUGCAGGAAGCUGGAGCAGAGGAAUGGAAGAAGGCCCAUGAGAAGACUUUACGUGCUGCAGAGUACGUGGUGAAUGGACUUUCAGCAGGCAAGAAGUACUGCUUCAGAGUGGCCGGCAUCAACAUCAACGGCACAGGAGACUUCAGUGAGCCAUGUGCUGAGACUGAGCCAGUUGAGAGAAUUGAAACUCCUGACUUUGAGCUCCACGAUGACCUGAAGAAGACCAUCUGCCUGCGCGCUGGUGGAUCCCUCCGCCUGUUGGUAAACGUUACUGGUCGUCCCGCUCCCGCUAUCACCUGGAGCAAACCUGGUGUUGACCUCCACAGCAGAGGCUUCAUUGAUGUCAACAGCACAUCCACCACACUCAUCAUUGAUAGGGUUCACCGCUACGACGCUGGCAAGUACACACUGGUAGCCGAGAAUUCUGCCGGGAAACAGGAAGUCAACAUUCUGGUCAAGGUCUAUGAUACUCCUGGACCAACUGGAGCAAUCAAGAUCAAGGAGCUGACCAAGGAGUCUGCAAGCAUUUCUUGGGAAGCCCCAACUGUGGAUGGCGGUGCUCCUGUCAACAACUACAUCAUUGAGAGGCGUGAGGCAUCCAUGAGAGCCUACAAGACCGUCACUUCCAAGUGCAGUAAGACCUCUUACAAGAUCGACGGCCUCAUGGAGGGCAUGCUGUACUACUUCCGGGUCCUCCCUGAGAACAUCUAUGGUAUCGGUGAGCCCUGCGAGACUCCUGACGUCAUCCUGGUUUGUGAGGUGCCUCUGCCACCAAACAAGCUGGAGAUGAUCGACGUCACCAAGAGCACCGUCAUCCUGGGCUGGGAGAAGCCCGAGCACGAUGGUGGCAGCAGACUGACGGGCUACGUCAUCGAAGCCUGCAAGUUUGGCACUGACAAAUGGAUGAAAGUGGCCACACUGAAGACGACUGAAUUUGAGCACACCAUCGAGAAGCUGAACGAGAGCGAGCAGUACUUGUUUAGAAUCAAAGCAAUCAACAGUAGAGGAGCCAGCGAGCCCAAAGAGCUUGUUACUGCCAUCACUGUACAGGAACAGAGAGUCAUGCCCGUGGUGGACUUCUCCAGUAUUCCUCAGAAGGUCGUCAAUGUCCUGGCCGGCAAGACUCUGGAGUUGGACCUGCCCAUCAUUGGCAGGCCUCCUCCAAUCUGCUCCUGGUACUUCAGAGAUAACAAGCUGAAAGUCACAGAUCGUGUCAAGAUCAAGAGCUCUGGCAAGUUCUCCAAACUAGCCGUGUCCGAGACCACUAUCGACGACACUGGUGACUACUCCCUGGAGGUGAAGAACGCUGUCGGUGUUAUCAGCGAGGUCAUCAAGGUCAUCAUCCUCUCUAAACCUGAUGAACCAAAGGGACCCAUCAGGAUUGAUGAGAUUGAUGCUACCACCGUCAGCUGCAGUUGGGAUCCUCCAGCUAGAGAUGGCGGAGCUCCUAUCAGUGGCUACAUGGUGGAACAGCGUGAUGCUCACAGACCCGGCUGGGUGCCCGUCUGCGAAUCUGUUAGCCGACCUACCUUCAAGUUUGAGAAACUGAAUGAGGGUGAUGAGUAUGUCUUCCGUGCCGCUGCCAUUAAUCGCUACGGCACUGGAGAAUUCCUUCAAACUGAGAACAUCACCUGCAGGAGCUUGACGAAUGUGCCUGGACCUGCUGGCCGUCCAACCAUCUUUGAUGUUUCUCGUGAUGGCAUGACCGUGGCCUGGAACCCGCCAGAUGAAGAUGGCGGCCUGGAGGUUUCUGGAUACAUCAUCGAGCGCAAAGAAGUCAGGUCUGACAGAUGGGUGCGUGCGAACAAGAAUCCCAUCACCAUGACCAGAUACAGGUCGACGGAGCUUAUUGAGGGCCUGGAGUAUGAACACAGAAUCACUGCCAUCAAUGCCAGAGGACUUAGCAAACCAAGUCUGCUAUCCAAACCAGCAGUGGCAACAGAUCCCAUCGAUCCACCUGGCUGUCCUCAGAACCCAAGGAUCACCGAUACCACCAAAUCCUCUGUGUCGCUGGCUUGGAGUCCUCCCGACGAUGAGGGAGAUGCAAGGGUGGAUGGUUACCUGAUUGAGAUGCAGAAGGUGGGAACCAUGCCUUGGAUUAAGUGCAACACCACACCAUCUUUAAUCUGCGAGUACACACUGACCAAAAUGCCACAAGGAGAGGAGUUCAAAUUCCGUGUGAUGGCCUGCAACGCCGGCGGCUCCGGAGAGCCUGCUGAAGUCCCUGGAACUGUGGCAGUGACUGAGAUGCUUGAAUCUCCUGACUAUGACCUUGAGCUGAAAUACAAAGAUGUGUACGUUGUACGCCAUGGAGGUGUGGUUAGACUCUCUGUGCCCAUCAAGGGUAAACCUCAACCAACCUGCAAGUGGUCCAAGGAUAGCGGCACAGUCUCCACCAUGGCCAUGAUUGCCUCCACGGAUGACACCAGUGAGCUGGUGAUCAAGGGAGCCGAAAGGAGUGAUUCUGGAGUGUACGACCUCCUGCUGGAGAAUAGCGUUGGCAAGAAGAAGGCCCAAAUCAAGGUGAAGGUCAUCGGCCGCCCAUGUGCUCCGGAGGGACCAAUGGUCUUUGAGGAAAUUCAGGCCAACUCUGUCAAGGUGUCGUGGAAGAUGCCCACGGAUGACGGUGGCUCAGAGAUCCUAGGUUACAUCGUAGAAAGACGUGAGGUUGCCAGAAAUGCCUGGUACACCGUGGACUCCAGAGUGACUGACACUCAGCUGGCUGUCAAGGGCCUGAAGGAGGGCACAGAGUACCACUUCAAGGUCACAGCUGAAAACUCCUUCGGUAUCAGCGCCUCUCUGAAGUCAGAGCAGCCACUGGUACCCAAGACUCCUAUCUGUCCCCCUGAGCCUUCAAGUACCCCACCAGAGAUCAUGGACAUCACCAAGAGCUCUGUGGCCUUGGCCUGGUCCAGACCAAAGGACGACGGUGGUUCUACCAUCACUGGCUACUUUGUUGAAUACAAGGUGGUGUCAGCUGAAACGUGGUCCCGACACCAGACCAAGAUCACCUCCACCAUGUUUACUCUGCCUGGACUCACCCCUGACGCAGAUUACCAGUUCCGCAUUGUUGCUGUCAACAAUAUCGGCGAGAGCGAGGCUGGUCCUGUGUCUGACCCAGUCACAUGCAAGGAUCCAUUCGACAAACCAAGUCAACCAGGCGAGAUCGACACAGUGAAUGUAACAAAGAACUUCGUCACCAUCCGCUGGCAAGCACCAGAGUGCGAUGGUGGAAAGGAGGUCUUAGGCUACUGGGUGGAGUACAGGAAGUCCAUUGAGAGCACCUGGAAGAAGUCCAACAAGCAGAGACUGAAGGAAAAGGAGUUCACCAUGCCUGGACUGGCUGAGGCAACAGAGUACGAGUUCAGAGUGUUUGCUGAGAAUGAGACGGGAAUGAGUAGACCUCGUAGAACUGCCACAUGCAUCAAGACCAAACUGAGUGUUGAAACUAAACCAGGCCUGAGAAAGGAAAUGGAUGAAGUAACUGCCAAGCUUGGCCAGCCUGGUAUCAUGAAGUGCCAGAUUAUUGGCAGACCUCUCCCUGACAUCAAGUGGUACCAUGCCAGCAAGGAGAUUAUUGAGUCCCGCAAGUAUGAGAUGAGCUCUGAUGGCCGCAAUCACUCGCUGUCUAUUAUGACAGAUCAGCAGGAGGACGAGGGAGAGUACACUUGCAAAGCCAUCAACGACGCCGGAGAAGCCGAGACCACAGGCCUUCUGGUGUUGGAGGCUGCUGCAUCCUUCCACCCUGAUUACCCGCUGAAGGAAACCUACUACGCCGGCCUGGGAUCUACUCUGCGCAUCCAUGCCGUCUACAUAGGCCGCCCUGAGCCAAAGAUUAUGUGGCUGCAUGGAGCAAAGACCCUGGAGAACACAGAGGACACCAGCAUUGAGACCACCGAGCACUACACACACCUGGUGAUCAAGAACGUGCAGCGCAGAAUUCAUGGAGGCAAAUACAGGAUCAGACUGCACAACCACUUUGGCAGGGCUGACACUGCAUUCAAUGUCGAGAUUUACGACAAACCCGAGGUCCCUCAGGGUCCCAUUGUGCUCGAUGCUCUCCUCAAGAACUCCGUCAUAAUCAGCUGGAAGGCUCCCAAGGACGACGGAGGUUGCAUGAUUACCAACUAUAUAGUGGAGAAACGUGAGGACAAGGAAGGCGCCGAGUGGGAACUGGUGUCGUCAUCCAUAAAUGGCAUAUCCUGCCGUGUGCCCAACCUCAUUGACAGUUCCGGAUACUUCUUCCGUGUGUACGCCCAGAAUCGCUAUGGCAACAGUGAGCCACUGGAACUCGCAUCCCCAAUCCUGAUCAAGAGCCAGCUGCAGAAACCAUCACCGCCUCUGUCACCAGUUGUUUCCGGAGUUACCAAGGACUCCUGUGUGGUUUCCUGGAAGCCUCCGCUCAGCGAUGGUGGCUCCAAGAUCAAGAGUUAUAGCCUUGAGAAGAAGCACAAGAAGGACAAGAAAGAAUGGAGCGAUUGGACUCUGGCGACCACAGACGAGAUCAAACAGACAGUGUUCUCCAUCAAGCAUCUGACUGAGGGCGUUGAGUGCAUCUUCCGUGUGAAGUGUGAGAACCUUGGGGGACAGAGUGACUACAGCGAGGAGACCGCUCCUAUCGUUCCAACCACAGCCGUUGAGAUUCGUGCACCUGCUUUCAAGGAAGAGCUGAGGAACAUGAGCAUCAAGUUCAAGAGCAAUGCUACCCUUGUCUGCAAGAUCACAGGGCAACCCAAGCCUGUAAUUAAAUGGUUCAGACGAGGAAAGGAGAUCCACUCCGAUGGCAAAAAGAUUAAGAUACAAGAGUUCAAGGGAGGUUACCACCAGCUGGUCAUCACCGAGGCUGAUGAGGAAGACUCCACUGUGUACCAGAUCAGGGCCACCAAUCAGGGAGGCUCCAUCUGUGCUACAGUCUCUCUGGAUGUGGAAAUCCCUGCAAAGAUUCACCUGCCAAAGAACCUGAAGGACAAGGAAGCCAUCCCCGCUCUGCGCGGAGAGGUGGUCAAUAUCAAGAUUCCUUUCGGCGGCAAACCAGAUCCUGUCAUCACAUGGCAGAAGGGACAAGAUCUUAUUGACAGCAAUGGCCACUACCAGGUCAUCGUCACCAGAUCAUUUACUUCUUUAGUGUUCACCAACGGAGUCGAGAAGAAAGAUGCUGGUUUCUACAUUGUCUGUGCCAAGAACAGAUUCGGCAUUGACCAGCAGACAGUUGAGCUGGAUGUCGCUGACGUUCCUGAUCCUCCACGUGGUGUCAAAGCCAGUGACGUCUCCAGAGACACCGUCACACUGAACUGGGUGGUCCCAGCGAACGAUGGAGGCAGCCGGGUUAUUAGCUACAUCAUUGAGAAAUGCCCCACCACUGCUGAGAGGUGGGAGCGUGUUGCCCAGUCCCGCGACACCCACUACACUGUUACCAAUCUUUUUGGAGGAACCAGCUAUCAAUUCAGAAUCAUUGCUGAGAACAAAUUUGGACAGAGUGCUCCAUCUGAGACCAGCGGACCUGUCAUGACCAAGGAGGACAAAUCCAGAGUUCUGCUCUACGACAGGGAGGUUGACGACACUGGACGUGUCCCCAAGGGCAAGGUUAACUCUGAUGCCAAGAACAUGCAUAACAAAUAUGCCAUUGCAGAGGAAUUGGGCCGAGGACAGUUUGGCAUUGUCCACCGCUGUGUUAACAUCAGCUCUGAGAAGACCUACAUGGCUAAAUUCUUCAAGGUGAGAGGCGCCGAUCAAGCAAUUGUCAAGAAAGAAAUUACAACAUUGAAUCUGGCCAAACACACCAACUACCUUCUCCUCCACGAGUCUUUUGAGAGCCCUGAGGAGCUGGUGAUGGUCUAUGACUUUAUCUCUGGCGUUGACAUUUUUGAGCGCCUGAACACAGCUGAGUUUGAACUCAAUGAGCGAGAGAUUGUCAACUAUAUCCGGCAGAUCUGCUCAGCUCUUGAGUUCCUACAUGCUGAGAGCUAUGGACACUUUGAUAUCAGACCAGAGAACAUUGUGUACACAACUAGAACCAGCUCUAAUGUGAAGAUUAUUGAGUUGGGCCAGUCCAGACACCUGACUCCUGGAGAACAAAUCAAGAUCCAGUAUACCACUGCAGAGUACGCUGCUCCUGAGAUGCACCAGUGUGACAUGGUUAGCAGUGUCACUGACAUGUGGUCGGUUGGUGUCCUUGCCUAUGUGCUUCUCAGUGGACUUAAUCCAUUCACAGCGGAGACCAACCAACAGAUGAUUGACAACAUUUCAAAUGCAGCUUACAGUUACGAUGACGAGUCCUUCAAGCAGGUUAGUGUCGAGGCAUUAGACUUCACCGACCGCCUAAUGACAAAGGAACGUAAGCAUCGUAUGAAUGCUGCUGAGGCUCUGGCUCAUCCCUGGCUGACCAAGCCCACAGAGGAGAUCGGCACCAGAGCGAUCCAAACAGGAAGGCACAAGAGAUACUACCAGACAAUGGUGAAGAAAGAGUGGAAAACUGUCGUCUCUGCAGCUCGAGUGGCCAGCGGGGGCUCCAUCAGAUCCCAGCGUGGUGUCUUUAUCGCCAAGGUGAAGAUUGCUCCGUUUGAACACGGUCCUGUUGGAGGCCAGAUUGGCCAUGCAGUGGUGAAUGAGGGAGACAAUGUGAAAUUCACCUGCAGCAUUGACAACUAUGAUAGCACUACUGAAGUGACAUGGUACUGUGGCGUCAGGCAACUUGAAGCUGGUGUCAAAUGUGAAAUUGAGUAUGAAGAUGGCCUGGCUGUAAUCACCAUCAACAAGGUCACAAGAGCAGACGAUGGCACCUACAGAUGCAAGGUUGUGAAUGAGUAUGGUGAGGACAGUGCCUACGCAGAGUUGUUCGUCAACGGUGUUAGAUCUUACCGUGACUUUUUCACCACCCGUGUGGUCAAGAGAACAAAGCGCAGAGUCGACACUGCCAGGAUGCUUCAGAAGCCUCCGGAGUUCACCCUUCCUCUGGUCAACCGUACAGCCUACAUUGGUGAGGAUUUGCGCUUUAGCGUAACCAUCACUGUUCACCCUGAGCCUCGCGUCAUCUGGCACAAAUCCGGACAGAAGCUCAUCCCUGGAGAAGAUGAGAAGAAAUACACCUUCAUCAGCGACAAGGGUCUGUACCAGAUGAUUAUCCACAAACUUGAUGAUGAGGAUGAUGCAGAGUACAGCGUUGUGGCCCGUAACAGGUAUGGGGACGACAGCUGCAAGGCCCGUCUUACCGUUGUUCCUCGACCCAAACCAGCAGACCUCACCCUGAGGCCAAUGUUCAAACGCCUGCUCGCAAACGUAGAAUGCAGGGAGGGCCAGAAUGUGCGCUUUGAGAUUAGAGUAUCGGGCCAUCCCAUACUGAAGUGGGAGAAGGAUGGCAUGCCUUUAGCCUUUGGACCAUCUAUUGAGGUUGUACAUGAGGGUCUGGAUUACUUCAUCCUUCACGUGAGAGACACUCUCCCUGAGGACUCUGGUGUGUACAGAGUUACUGCUACCAACUCUGCUGGAUCUGCCAGUUGCCAGGCUACGCUCAAAGUGGAACGCGUCACUCAUGUAAAGAAAGAAUAUGAGCCCAGUGAAAAGGAGAAGAAAUUGAUGGCUGGAAAAGAGUUAUUAGAAAAAAAGGUUAGGCUGUCUCAGAUUUUGUCUGACACUGUCUUUAUACCUUUACCACCUGUAGCAGUUCAGGCUGUCAGGGAGGCAGCCACCAUGUUCAAACCUGCUGUGACGACUAAGAAGGGUGAGAAGACCGAGGCUGAGAUAAAGAAAGAAAAGGAGGAGAGGAAGAAGCGGGCAGAUGAGAAGAGGCUGCGUAUGCCCUAUGACGUCCCCCCUCCUCGUGUCAUUAACCCAGCUGUUCUUGAGGAGGAUGUAGAAAUAAAACACUUUCAGCCACUCUCUGACAUGAAAUGGUACAAGAAGCUGCGGGAUCAGUACGAGUUCCCUGAGCCUAUGGAUAAAAUCAAGCAGAAGAGGAUGAAGCGAAUCCGCCUCUCCAGGUGGGAGCAGUUCUAUGAGGUGCCUAUCAGGAUUAAGGACCAGUAUAAGCCUAAGUGGCGCAUCUCGUCCAUGACUCAGGAUGACUUGGAGACUGUGAGGCCUUCAAGGCAUCGCACUCCUUCCCCUGAGCUGGAGGCCUACCGCAGGAUCAGGAGACGGUCCCUGGGUGACCUGUCGGACGAGGAGUUACUGCUGCCUGUGAAUGAGUACCUGGCCAUGAAGAGAAUUGAGGAGGAAAGGCUUCGUCUGGAGGAAGAGCUGGAGCUCGGUUACUCUGCUUCUCCACCUAGCUUCAGCCCAGUUCGGUUUGAGCUGUCCGCCCUGCGUCCUUCAUCUCCAAGAAAAGUCUACAGUGAUGACGAAGAGGGAGAAGAAAUCCGCACAUAUGACUCCUACCGAAUUCCAUCUAAAUACGAGGCUGGCCCAAGUUUUGUUGACCUCCGCCAGCGUCACGACAAAGCCACAUACAAACCUCCAAGACAGAGGGCGUAUGAAGAGAGGGAGGAUCAGGAGCUGCUGCGCCCAUACACCACUGCUCAGAGGAUGUCUACUUACAAGAGUGAACUCAAGCACAUGGAGUUUGAGGAGAAGACUCGAACCUUCAAAAAGGAAUCAACUGUAACUGUUGCAAAAGUCUCUCGAGAAAUUGAUUCUGAACACCUGACAUCUUUUACCUCAGAAUAUGUUCCUAAACCAAUCAAGAAGCUCCAAAUGCCUGAAGUCGGGAGGCGUUCUCCUACCCUAGAACGGUCUGCCAAGACUGAAGAGACCCUUCCUAAAGUUGACUAUGCUUCCAGGUAUGAAGAGAGAAAGCAGGCUCUGAGGUCAGAGAGAAGAUCAAUGGAGAGGACAGUUGAGGUGGUAACACAGGCUCCUUUCAGCCUUGAUCACGCCCCACGUAUUACAAUCAGGAUGCGAUCUCAUCGCGUACCCUAUGGGUCCAGCACAAGGUUCACCCUGAAUGUCCAGACCAAACCAGAGCCUGAGGUCCAGUGGUUCCAUAAUGGAAAAGAGAUUCAUCAGACAAGCAAAUAUCACAUGACCAACAUCAGUGGGGUUCUGACUCUCAAGAUCAUCAACUGUGUGACUGAAGAUGCCGGCACGUACCGCGUGGUCUGCAAGAACACCAAAGGAGAGACUACCGACUAUGCUACGUUGGAUGUAGCAGGAGAAGAAUAUGCUGCCUUCUCUUCAUUCCGCAAAGAUGAGGAGCCUCCAUCCGCCCAUCUGCCCGAAAUGACCAGAACAGAGGUGUAUCACGUCUCCUCCUCUAAAACAACAGUGAAGGAGAGUGUGACUGAAACUGUGAAAAAGACCACCACUAUUGUUGAGAAGCCAAGGGAAAAGCCUGGUGUUCCUGCCAAGAUCCUGACCAAACCACAGUCACUGAUUGUAGAGGAGGGAAGCCUUGCCAGGUUUGAGUGUGAUGUGGAUGGCGAACCAGCACCUUCUAUUAACUGGCUGCACGAAGGAACAGUUAUUGGUUCCUCUGCCCGUCACCACAUUGUCUCAACUCAGUACAGCUCCUAUUUCGAGAUCUCAGCUGUUGAGACAUUAGAUGAAGGAAGCUACAGUCUGCUGGUGGAAAAUGCUGGAGGCAAACAAGAGGCCCAUUUCACUCUGGCCAUUCGCAAGUCUGAGUCCAAGGAGGAAGUAGUCGCCCCUCCCAGAAUCACCUCCCCAGAGGCCAAAUCCCCUCUUGCCAAAUCCCCUGAACCUGUCAAAACUCCUCAGAGAGUCAAGUCCCCUGAACCAAUCAAGUCACCUCAGAGAAUGAAGUCUCCAGUCUCACCAAAGUCCCCAACACCAAAGUCCCCAACAAAGAAGCCUACCUUCUUGGUCGGGCUAAGUGACGUCACUGCAGCCUCUGACUCCAUCGUCAAGCUCUCAGUGAAGGUGACCGGAGAGCCUAAACCUGCAAUCUCAUGGAUGAAGGACGGACAGGCUUUGUCUCAGGGAGGGAAGUAUGAAACCUUUGAGGAGUAUGGCUCAGCUUAUCUUGAGAUCUAUGAAGUGGAGGUCUCCGAUAGCGGGCUGUACACGUGCACUGCUACCAGUGGUGCUGGAGUAGUGUCAACAGCCUGCACAGUCACUGUACGAGGUAAGACAACAAGUAUCCCUCAUCAACCUGCCGCUAAAACAAUCUCUGAAGUCAUGAAACAGGAAAUGGCCCAUGAUGAGGUCCUGUCCUCUGUGAAGGAGGUCAAGUCCUCCCACAGCCAGAUGUGCACCACGGAGGGACAGUCUCUGACGCUGAGGGCCAACAUCUCCGGGGCCUCCGACAUCAGGUGGAUCCUAAACGGGGUGGAACUGGCCAACUCGGACCAGUACAGAUACGGAGUGUCUGGAAACGAACAGACCCUGACCAUCAGGUCGGUCAGCCAGCGUGAGCAGGGGAUCGUCACAUGUCAGGCUCAAACGAAGCGAGGCCUGGUCCGGUGUCAGUUCGACAGCGCGGUCACGGCCGAGCGCUCAGACGCACCCCACAUCCUGGUGCAGCCCAGGUCCCAGAAUGUGAAUGAGGGACAAAAUGUCAAAUUCACAUGUGAACUUGCAGGAGAGCCGACCCCUGAAGUGGAGUGGUUGAAAGACAACAUGAUUAUAUCUGUCACAUCAAACAUGAAACUGAGCCGCUCCAGGACUCUGUACACUCUGGAGAUUUGUGAGGCCACAGUUGCAGACAGUGGGAAAUACACGAUAAAAGCCAAAAAUCAGUGUGGACAGUGCUCUGCAACCUCUUCCCUCAACGUCAUCACUCUUGUUGAAGAACCAACACAAAUCAUUAUUGUGGAGCAAAGAUCUUCAACUGGCGCUGCUGCCAGCAUGCAGAAACACAUGUCGGGCUCAUCAGCUCUUAUGGAGGCAUCUUCCAUGCAGGCCGUCGGUUACAGCAGCAGCUCCCGCUCUGCUGCCGAGUAUUCGUUUGAGAGCAUGUCUGCGGCGAGCAUGUCCGCCAUGACGGCUGAGUCCAUGCUCUCCAUGAGCUCCAUGAGCUCCAGCAGCCAAAUGAUGGAAAUGUCUACUCACUCGCAUGCUGAGGCCUCCUCCUCGCUGAGGGCCCUCACAGCCGGGGGAAAACAAGGCGCGCCCCCGAAGAUCGAAGCUCUCCCGCAGAACGUGAGCGCCGAGGCGGGGAAGCCCCUCACUCUGGCGGGCGUCUUCUCCGGAGAGCCCGCCCCCUCCGCCCAGUGGCUCCGCUCGGGUCGACCCAUCCCCGGCGGGGACGAGCGGUGCCGCGUGGAGAGCACCGCCGCCCUCUCCACCCUGGUGAUCUCCGCGGUGAAGGAGGCCGACGGCGGCGCGUACACCCUGCGGCUGUGCAACGAGCUCGGCUCCGACUCCGCCACCGUCAACGUCAACGUCCACGUCCGGUCCAUGUAA